AUUCAGUGUGCUCUCAAACAGAAAAGCAGAUCUCUACGAACUCCUCAGCGGCCUUUAUUUGCGCGCUCCCGUCUCCCCACUCUUGUCCUCUCCGCGCGUCCCCGCCUGUGACUGUGUUGUGUGUGCGUUUUGGAGCAGCUGUCGGUCGGUCGGGUCUGAGCCGUGGGUCCUCACAGACACGGAGACAUGGGCGCACUGUGAUUAUCUCCACCUUUCAUGAAAACCCUCAGUCGGAUUUCACUUUUACAACAACUCUGGCGUGUCUGCGGGACUUUGUUGCACAUGUUUUUUUCCCCUGAUGCGUGGCUGAGAGCGCAGUUUCCACAGACACGAGCAUGCUCUUAUCAUUGUCUUUGUCUGAUAGGACACGGGAUUAAAGGCAGCCCUCUGUAGUCAAAGGAGGCUAAUUCAGACCGCAGCCCGAACUUUUUUCUCGGGGUAGGGAUGUCUUCAGCUCGGGGGGAGUAUAUCCAGCCCUGGUGGACCUACUGGCUGCACAAUUUCCCUCACAUCAACCUGAGGUUUCAGCCCAUUGACAACACCUUCCAGCCUGAAGACGCCAACUACCAGCAGGUCAGUGAAAGAUGGGACACAGGGAAUUAUCAGGGGGGCUCUGUUAUCUGUACAUGUUGAUUUCAUUGUUUAUAUGGAAGUCAAAGUGUGACAAAAUCUGCAGUAUGAUGCUUCCAGUGCCAUUAGAUGUGGAUUACAUUGUGCGUUAUGGAUGCAUUAUGACCCUAAUGUCUCUGAAUGUCACUGAGAUCUCUGCUGGAAACUCAAACUUCUGCAGCUUUGUGAAUGGAUGCUGUUCCUUGUUGAUUUUAAACCAACUUCACACUGAUUGUGAUGCCCUCAGGCUGUGCUGUAAGGCUAGUUUUUCUCCUCUGGCCCAAUCUUUCCUGGCAUUGUUCUGCAUCCCUGUGUUAUGAAAGUGCUGACAUUUAAAGUACAGUAGUUAUAGACAUGCUAAACCUCAGGAAAAGCCUAUAUAACGUGACAGUUCAAGCAGAUAAAAUUGAGAUAUCAUCUGAAAAGUACAGUUCUCAUUUGGGUGGUCUAUUCCCUUCCUUACAUUUUAAAUCUCACAUAAAUCUCCUCAUCCUUCUGUGAACUGUCAUUCAGAAAAUGAUCAGUUUGCACAUUUCUGUGUUUGCGGUUUCUCCUUUGGGAGUCAAAGUGGUUCCCAUCUAAUCCCACAGGCGGCAACAAGCUCUGUUUCUCACGGUGUUGUAGCAGGCUGGGAUUAAACGUUGGAUGACUAAUGACCUGCAUGUAACCACAUGUGAAGCUCUAUGAAUGUUUUAUUAUUCAGCCGUUCAAUUAUUCAUGUUUUACAGCUUAGCUCCAUGUGAGAACAGGUAACUAACGGCUUCAUAAUGAGAGCGGAUGACAUUGAAGUUAAUAGAUGAGCCGAGUGAAAACAAAAACACCAAAAAUAGCAAAGGAGCACGAGUUUGGUCUGUGUUGUAACUCGUUUCCAGUGAGAGUUGGAUUCUGCCAGGGCUGCCCUUUGUCACCUUUAUGGACAGAAUUUCUAGGCACAGCAGGGGGGUGGAGGGUGUCCAGUUCGGCAGGCAGAAGAUCAUAUCGCUGCUUUUUGCGGAUGAUGUGGCUCUUCUAGCUUCGUCGAGCAGUGACCUUCAGCUCUUGCUGGGGCGGCUGAGAGUGAAGCGGCUGGGAUGCGAAUCAGCACCUCCAAGUCCGAGGCCAUGGUCCUGGGUCAGAAAAAGGUAGAUUGCCUUCUCCGGUUUGGAGAGGAGGUCCUGCCUCAAGUGGAGGAAUUCAAGUGUCUUGGAAUCUUGCUCACGAGUGAGGUAGGAUGGAUCGUAGGUAGGAUCGUGGUGAGGAAAGAGCUGAGCCGUAAGGCGAGACUCUCGAUUUACCGGUCGAUCUACAUACCGAUCCUCGUCUAUGGUCAUGAACUUUGGGUAAUGACCGAAAGAACAAGAUCGCAGAUACAAGCGGCCAAAAUGGGUUUCCUUCGCAGGGUGGCUGGGCUCAACCUUAGAGAUAGGGUAAGGAGCUCGGACACGGGAGGCGCUCAGAGUAGAACCGCUGCUCCUCCACGUCGAGAGGAGUCAGCUGAGGUGGCUCAGGCAUCUGGUUCAGAUGCCUUCUGGACGCCUCCCGUUAGAAGUGUUGUGACAUGUCCCACCGGGAGGAGACCUUGUGGCCGGCCCAGGACCAGGUGGAGGGAUUAUAUAUCUCGCCUGGCCUGGAAGCGCCUGGGAAUCCCCCUGGAGGAGCUGGUGGAAGUGGCUGGGGUGAGGGUCAUCUGGGCUUCCCUCCUGAAGCUGCUGCCCCCACAACCCGUACACAGAUAAGCAGUAGAAAACGAAGACGACAACAAAAACAGUGUGACAUCUACCCCUUUUUAUGUUGUUUGCUGUACUAAAAUAUGAACAACGGGGUGGAGAUAAUGCAGGUAAACUAUGUACGUGCUAAGCUAAGUGACAUGUUAGUGAAUCCAAAACUUCCUCACAGAAUAUAUAACUUAAGUAACUUCUGAAUCACAGCUACAGGUGACUGAGUUACUGUAUUGUUGUAUUUUACCACCCAAAAUUAUGAGGACAGUGUCUGGUUUGUUCUAUUUACAUCAAAAUAGCAGCUUCACUGUAGUUUGAAGAGCAGACAACCACAGACAGUAGAUGAAAAACGACCCUUAGAUGCUUUAAAUGAUGAAGAGUUUCCACACAGACAGACUCAAUAGAUUCCACCACAGAUUUACAAACUUUCAGGGCUGCUAAGGUUUGAAGUUCAAGAUCAGUGUGUUGAAUUUUCCAUUCCUGAAAGCUUUCUUUCAUUUUCAGAACUGUGAGAAAAACAAAUUGCAAAACAUCCAAAGAACAAAGGUUGUGAUUUCCAUCCGUGUAGAUUAAGAAAGAGGAUAAGUAGAUGGGAAUUUUUUUUUCCCCCCAGGCUGGUUUAAUAAAACCAGAACCAACAUCUGAGCCAGGGUGUACAUAACAGGCCAAGCCACGUUUGAAUAUAAUAAAUCAUAGAGGAUAAGAAAACCGCAGUUUGUGAUAAAUGUCGCUGUAGCAUGAAACAGACUGAGCGAACAAUAUCUGUGGGUGUAGGACACAUCGCCGCGAUCAGAGUUUGACAUUUAGACUCAAAGAGUUUGUGUUUCCAAUGAAAGGAGAAGAAAGACCGUUUUCUUUGGUUGGAUCUCUCAGCUUUUUAGGAACAGACACACCUCAGAUCGAUUAUAUCUGAGUUUGGUUGGUACGCUGUAGAGAACCCGCCCGUUCCAAGAAUAGAAGCACCAAGAUAAGUUUGGAUCCAAUCUCAGCUGCCCAAACCUCACAGAUUAGUUUGCUAACCGCCUGUUUUUGUAAUCCUUCAUUUUGGCCAUUGCUGAGUCGAUUUAUUGAAGCCAGAAGUGUGAUCAGCAGAACAUUGGGGCAUGCCAGUAAGAGCACUUGGCCAAUUCAUUCACUGGCCUGUUAACCGCUGUGUUCCCAUCAGAAUAAGGUUGUAAGAGAUCUUGUGUAACGUGGCUAACUCUUAGCUUCCUGCCAGGUAACUUCAUGCUGUACACAUCACCUUUCCAGGUCUUCUCUGAUCCACUCAUAUGACACAAAACAAGUUUUUCUUUUCUUUUAUUUUGAAAGUAAAAGAAAAAAAUGCAUGUAACUGUUUGCUUGAAUAAACUGCUGUAAGGCACUUUUUGUGUGUGUCAAUUUUGGCGCCCCCUGUGGACAAAGCAGUCCUUAGAUAUCUUGUCUUCCACUUGGUAUAGUCAGGUCUUCUAUCAAUGUCAAUUCUCCGGGUCCGCUUAGCGCUGAACCAAUCAUGUGCUGAAUUAGAACCAAGUAGCAAACAACUGCAUAGUAGCAGGCAGCAGCUACACGCAACCAUAGCACUUUAACACAUGGAGCCGACACCAAUAAGCAUUGUUAAUUUUCAUUUUUUAUCGUAAUAUAUAUCAAUAUCGACUGAUAUGAAAAAAAUAUACUGUGAUAAACUUUUUCCCAAAUCGCCCAGCCCUAGUUUCAGGCAUUUAAAAAUUACAACACAAAGUUUAUCAGUCACGACACUAAUAAACUUGUUUGCUUAUGGGUAUCAUAAAAAUGCACCAAUUUCUUAGACAUUAAAAAAAAUUCCUCAUAGGAGCUUUAAGCACAUUUUUAACAUCUAAGAAAUUCGUCUAGAUUAAUCAAUAACCAAGUUUUGGGAUCAUGUGUAUUUCUGCUUUUUAGUUAGUUCAUUUAUUGAGGAGCUUAAUGGAGAAUAGCUCACUUUCGAGGCCAGUCCCAAGUGGCCACUUGAGGAACUGCAGGUGUCACCUCUAUUAUGGUUUUAUUUGAUGGCUCUGUUGUUGCUUAGUCAUGACGCCACCUUUUUGAUUUCCCCGUGUACCUCUUCAGCUGCAGUAGUUUUAGUUUGAUCCUCUCCCGCUCUAGAUCUCCAGUGGGAGCACUUCUGGUUUGGAUUUGCUGGUAUCGGAGACGGGAUGGACAGCAGCAAAGUGAAGGAGUGUUUUUUUUCUCCUCGUGCUGCCACUUUUCAUUCUGCGUAGAACAGUAGAAGCAUAGAGUCAUCGCCACAGGGUGUGUGGGGGAUGUUGGUGGUGAGUCUCUGCAGGAGAGCAGCGCUUCCUCCUGAGAAAACUGUCAACCACAGACAGACAGACCCUCCAGUCAGGGGUGGGAAACCCCCAUCACACAACCACCAACCUCUCUCAUUCACAGUGACUUUUGUUUCCUCGCUUCUCACACUUACUUGUCUCUAACGCAGCCACCCUCCUGCACUCUUGCGCGGAUAUAGGUCAAGCCCUUCAUGCUCCCACUUUGUAGAACAAUUUCCUUUGAAGCGCCGAAGCUAAUGACACAAUUUCAAGCCGAUGCAAGGCUAUCUAGGCCAUUACAUUCCCUGUCCUUUGUGGGGAAGACAGCUUAAUUCUGAUCACUGCAUCCUCUUUUCACUGCAUUAGUAGGAGUGAUAAUACGCUGGACAUUCAUCAAGGGUAAGACUAUCUGAGAAAACAGGUGAUAAAUUUCCCCUGGGUGUGCUUAUGUAGUUGUUAGGUUGUGAAUUAUUCAAUGCUGGUGUUAGUGUUGCCACUGAGGUGACCCGUGUCAGCUUGAUGCCAGAUGUAGAACAGUGACGACAUAGAAGCUGUCCAGAAUGAUUUAGACCACUUUAGAGUUCAUCUCAGCACUUAAAGUAGGUCCAUUAUACUCACUCUCACCUUCAUUUGCAACCCCCCAAAAAAACUCACUAUUAUCUCAUACUGGGGUGCAUGAGAACCCUAAUUUCUAUACUUUUUCUCCUCCUUUCUCCUUCGGCUGCUUUCCAACUAGCAUAAAGUUAAACGCAUCGUGGGGUGUUACUUUUUACACAGCUCUGUAAAAGGUAAAUCGGUAAAUGGACUGUGUUUUUGCAGCACUUACCUGGGAUUUCUUCCGCAUCUGAAACGGCUCCUAUCCGGAUCCCAUUUUCACUAUACACCUAUUCCUACCGGAUCCCUUUGUGAGGCAAAUUUCGUGGCGGAUUACGGAAGCAGGAAUCGCGAGAACUCACAAGUACCAGCGGAUUCAUGUGCAGUCGUGUGAUGACAAGUUGUCUUUAGCCAUAUACGCUAACCAUAUAAGCAGUAGACUGAGUCCUUCCAGUGGAGGAAAUCUACUUCUAGACGUCUAGAAUCAGCAUUUCUUCAUCCAUGGUGUCAUCGGGAUGAAAUGCUGUUUAAAAACCUUUCACUUAACUUGAAUGGUUACGAUCAGCUAGGGUCGGGGGAUACGGCCUUUUUGUAGCCGUUCUGGCUCCAAUAGCUUUUACAACACCAGUCCCACUCACCCAUUCACUCCACAUUCACACUGGCGGCGGAGGCUACUAUGUAGAGCGCCCAUUAGUAACAACAAAUACCCCUCACACUCCACUGGGCGCAGCCAUUGAAGUCAAGUUGGGGUCAGACUUCUUUCUCAGAACACUCAUGUUUCCAAGAUCUGGGAUUGAACCCCCAACCUUCAGCCCACUCUACUACCGAACCACAACAACCCCUUUGUAGUCGCAAAGUAUGCAAAAGUUAUGCCCUUACAGAAAACGUCUGAGGCUAUUUCUGCCCACUUGGUGUUGUCACAUUACCUGCUUUUCAUGAUGUUACUAAGAUCUUGCGUUCCUGAGUUGUCUUGACAGGUUUUUAUAAGAUUCUAGAUACAAUUCAGAUGCAAAUCCAGCUCAUACUGGCCUUUGUUUUCAAAAGAGUCCUCGGGGAAGGAAAAACAGCGGUAAUGGUCCUUCACAACCAAAAGACCACAACUUUACGGGUCUUGGUGAAUCAACAAAGUGCAGAUUGAAGGGGGGAAUUGGACUCUUUAACUUCUAGGCGGACUCACCCUUUCACCUUGUCGUAAUGGGAUGGCACAACCUGACAUCAUGUUCAGGCCAAGUCUCAAAACGAGCUAUUUAGAGGACUUCUCCAGGGGUGUUUUCCACCAUCCAUGUGUCUCAUUAUUAUCAAACUUUGCCAACACUAUAAUGAUAAAUAUCGAGGUCUCCUUAAAGUCCACGUCGUUGUACUCUUUAGCAAUGCAGGAAAAACCGCUGUGGAUGUUUUAAACUUUUUAAACAAAGUCUCAAAUGUAUCUUUUAUUAUUCAUGUUCUGAAGGUGGAGGCUGAAUUAUUCACACAGGUCCCUCUGUCUCUGAAACAAACAGAUCUGCUGAUUUAAUCUUUUCGAAAAGCAAAAUAAGUUUCAUGUUUAAUGGCAGCGGUUUUCUGAGCUGCUGCAUCUUCAUUAGAAUGUGUUCUUGUUGGUCUCUGCUCCUAAAAAUCAUUGUACUGUUUUGUACAAUUCGUGUCUGACAGAAGUACGCUUUUAAACACAAUCUGAAAUAAAUCUAAGCAUUCAAAUUCCACUUUAUUCCAAGUGAUAAACAAGAGUAAGCCUUCCAGCAUUUACCACCUUUGCAGAGCGCUGCAUGCAGUGGAUGUGGUGGACAUACUGUUUUUGCAUCGGAGUGCUCUGUGUAAAUGAUGCCAUCAUGCAUCUGUACAUGAGCACUGACUAAAGAAUGUGCCGGUACUGUGACCUCCAAGGAUUUGCAGAUCCGGACAUGUUGCAAUCCUUCAAGAUGAAAUAACCUCCUGUCCUGUAUCCCACAAUGGUGCUUUUACUUGGAUGGUUGGUAAGAAAUCUUGGAAAGAUGAGCAUGCAAUUUGUGAACUGAAGCCGAUUCAGAUUUGAUUUUGAGUCGCACAACCGGUUGUUUAAUAAGGCUGAAUUUCAGCUCAAUUGUAGGUUGUUUUCUGUGCAGUGUAAUAAGGGGCAUCCGAGUUAAUAGUGGCCCGAUCAGUAGCUGGUUGGAUGAAUUUCUGACAUGCCGGAAAUAUUGGUUAGCUCUUCGCUGUACUCGGUAAACCCUGAUUAAACUCACUCAGGUCAUACUUAACAGUCAGAGCAUAAUAAUGAUAAUGCUCCAGAAACAGUUCAAGCACAACCUCCUUCAUAAAAAUGUAAAUAAUAAAACCCUGUGUUAAAAUCCAGCUCCAACUAAGAAUGAGGAUCUGAGCUGGAGCUGUACGAUCAAGAAAUUUAAUUUAGACCGAGUCCAUUCUUUGUAAUGGAAUUGCUGAAUCAAUGUGUCGUUGGUUUCGCUGUGGUGGAGGUAUUGAGCAGAGGGGCCGCGCCUGAAAGUGUCUGUACGCCGUCUCAGAUGAGCUGUAAUUGGUGAGUUGUAGUGUGGGCAAUCCUGCUGAAUGCCUCCGCUGGCUGAGGGCCAGUGAAUGUGAUGGAAUGUGAGAGGUUGUGAUCUUUCACUGUUCUUUGUGUUUGUGUGUGUGAGUGUGAGUGUGUGUGUCAGUGGGAUUCCCACCGUCUGUUGGACACUUGUAUUGUGUGUAAAGGAAUGUGUCUCAGCUGAAUCACCUGACUUGAUUUUUUUUCCCCUGUAAUUUCUGUCCUCUGACAAUAAAGAAGUUAUUCUUCAUUUUUGCGGCCAAACAUUUCCCAAAAUCUCGUCACAUGCUGCAAAAAUCUGCAGAGACAGGCGGUUCAGUACACUCCAGAUGAGCUACAGUAGGACUUGUUGUCUUGAGUCUAUGCAGUGGUUGUUACUGACUGAAUACUCAGCAUGCAGGCGCCCGCUCUUAAAGGGAUAUUCCAGGGUCAAACACACUGUAACACCGAGUUUGACGCCCCCUCGAGAGAUGAAUGUUGCCGACUGCUUGUUUCUCUAGUUAUACCAACUUAAGUAACGGACGCAGGAUAGCAAUACACAGCGGUCUGAGGAGCCAUAAACAAACCUCAACCAAAGCGCCACUCUAUAGCCACAAAUAAUGCGUCUGCAGUGCAAAAUGGUUAAUAUGGUGAUUAUUACUUCUAGGAAAUGAUAAAGAAAUGAUCAGAAAUGUUCUUCCUUGAGCUGUGGCACCCCGCUGUAGUCCGUAAUGGACUGGCCCGAGGUCUUCCUACAAACAAGUGGCUGCUGGAAGAGAGUAGGUGAGUUGUGUUUAGUCUCUUUGCUAAAGAAAUUCUCUCUCGGUCGUCCUCAGAUGAGCUUCCAUCGGAGUCUCCAAAGAGCUUUCAGCUCCUGCAUCCUUCUUCAGGACGUCCACAUACAUUAGCGCUGAACGUCCUCGCGAACGGUGCCCGUGUGUUGGUUCCCAUAGGACCAGCCUGCCGGCCGGGAGCUCCUGCUAUCUAUGGCAGUGGCCGGCCAGCCUCAUCCUCCUGGAUGCUACCUUCUUGCUGAGCCUCGGCAGUUGCCAAAUUAGACAAAGUUAAAAAGAUGUUUGGUGGCUAGUACUAUGGCUGGGUCCUGUUGAUGAAGUUAGGUGCUGUUCUGAGCAUUAUUUGUGGCUAUAGAGUGGCGUUUUGGUUGAGGUUUGUUUAUGGCUCCUCAGACGGCUGUGUAUUGCUAUUGUGCGGUCAUUACUAAAGUUGGUAAAACUAAGGAAGCAAGUGGUUGGCAACAUUUAUCUCUCGAUGGGGUGUCUAACUUGGCGUUACAGUGGGUUUGACCCUAAAUUAUUUUAUGCCAGAAUAUCUAAUAUAGAUUUUUUGCAUUGUUAAUAAUCUUUUGUAGUGAUUUCAUGAGCAGAAUGACGUCUGAUGGAUGUAUUUUGGGUUCUGCUUUCAUGCUCUGCUGCCCGAGUAUUGUGCAUCACAUUCCCUUGGUUUCCUGACUUUUAGGGUUUGAAUUUGACACUCCAGUAUCCUGAGGGCACGCUGUGAUGAUGUUGCUCUCUUAGAGAUCUCUCAGUCCUCCUCUGCCAGGACUUUCAGUUCUUUGAAAUGUGUUUCUCUGUCCCGAGGCCCAGAGCAUGGAAAGAGGGCAAAAACUGAAAAUGAAGAAGCUCAUCCAGAAAUAGGACAAGGGCCUAGAUUUUAGGAUAUCUGAGAGAGCCCACGUGUUUAUAUGUGUGUGUGUUUGGAGACUGAUAUCAUGUGUAGGUCAGCAGGUUCUAGUCCAUAUGAUUUCCCACUUCCUUUUUUCUCUCUAAUCCAAACAAAUAUCACACUUUCUGUUUCGUUGUUCCAUGUUUACAAAGUUUUAUCAGUGGGUGUCAAUGCCACAAUGCUAACCAUAAUGCUUAUGUUCAUUAUGAGGAUAACAAGUGUGGGAAAAUGUGCUUCACUCUGACCUUUGUGCUCCUGUUUGUUCAGCGUGUGUGUGAGUCUGUCUGGUCUCAGAGACGGUUGACUGUGUUUGCAAUUUUCAAACUGGUUACACCCCAAAAAUGGUUAAAGUGAGUGAUUUGUUUUUUAAAUUUAUAACAUGAACUCAAACUCUAAGCAACCCCUCACCAAGUUAAAGGAAUACUUUUGGAGUGACACAUUUGAAGACCAUUGAUUGCAAAUAAAUCACAUAAAACUUUUUUUCUUGUGUUCAUACAGCUAAAGUAAGCCAAAGUAAACCCCUGUGUAGUUAACCAUUAACAGUAAAACUGAGACCUGCCAGAUACAGAUGAAUAAGAACAAUGCGAGGGUCUUAUUUUGACACAUUUAAAGACCAUUAAUUGCAAAGAAAUCACAUGAAACUUAUUAUCCUUUUGAGAAUGAAGAAAGCUUGAGUAAAACCUCACUAUAAAUAACUAUUUACUGUGAAACUGAGACCUGCCAAAAACAGAUAAAUAGGCAAAAUGUUGGGAUGUCACUUUGGCAGAGUUAUAGAGACAUUAUUUACUGAAAAAAUGCAAAAAAAAUUCAGUCUUAUUCUGGAUUAAUGUUGCCAUAAUAAGCCAUAGUGGAACCUCAGUAUAACUUAGUAUUUACAGUGAAGCUGAGACUUGCCAGAAACAGAUGAACAAACACGUUGCUGGGAUAUUAUUUGCAUUUUCACUUAUGCUGCAAAAGUACGCUGAAAUAAAACCUCAAUUUAACUUCCUGUUUACAGUGAAACCAAGACCUACCAGAAACAGACAAAUGGGCACCAAGCUGGAGUGUUAUUUUUCCAAUCUUUGAGACACAUUUGUGGCAAGUAAAUCACAUCUGAUUGAUUUCUUCUUUGGGGGGCUUAUAUUCACAGAGUAAGCAAGAGUGAAAGUGUAAUAUAAUUCACUAUUUACUGUGAAACUAAGACCUGCCAGAAAUAGGUAAAUGGGCACAAAGCUGGGGCGUUACUUUUUCAGACUUUAAUGGACAUUUAUUUCAUUUAAUCACUUACUGUUGUUUUGUAUUUUGGGGCACAUACUCUCAAAGUAAGCCAAAAUGAAACCUCUGUGUUAGCUACUUUUUACAGUAAAACUGAGACUUGCUAGAAACAUAUCAAUGGGCUUAAUACAGACAAAUCUCAUGAAAGGUGUUUUCUAUUUCUGGGCUCAUUUGGCUGAAGUGAGUCAGAGUGAAACCUCAGACUGAUUUAUUAUUUACAGUCAAACUGAGACUAUAAAUAGUGUGUGGUAGCUGUUCAUGCUAGGGCUAACUGAUUGUUUCACCAUAUUUGUAGAGAUGUUUGCAGCCUCUAAUGGCUCGUCAGUGAAAGGCAAUGAUUGCAAUGGGUUUUGAGAUUGGUUUCCUGUACCACAAGCUCUCUCUGUGUGUUUUCGUCCGUUGCGUGGUCCACGGUUGACAGCCAGACUGUAAUGAAUGUAAAUAUUGUGAUUUAUGCAUCAAGCAUGCUCUGUGGAGCACAAAUAUAGCCUUAAAGCUUAUUGGUAUGCUGCUGUAGAGAAAAAAAAAAGCCUUGGUUUUUGUCUUGAACACAAAAACAGCCGAGCUCAACAUGCAGGAAUAGAUCUUUAACAAUAUUCUGAUCGUACCUAUUCAGGUAGAUUUGACACGCUCUGUGAAUAUCCACAGACUUUCGAGGGCAUCCGUCUGUCGCCCAGCAGAGAAACACGUUCUGAUUCAUGAGGGCAGCACCUUUUGUGGUAGACUCAUCUCACUACCUUAGCGUGCAGCUCAGACGGCUUCUAUUGAAAGCCUACAUCUCACUAUUACCUCGCCCUUGAAAGAAACAAGAUAAAUGAACAAGCGGUAGACGUACUAUUCAAUUACAGGAGCAAACACACGCUCUUAACACACUCGUUCUCACCGUCUCACUGGCUUUUCUCAUAGAGAUUCCCUGGAAACAAUGUUCCAGCCGAGUGCGUCCGCACUGCCUCCUCUCUUUCCUCCAGACUGUUUUCUCUUUUUUUUUUUUCCCUGUUGUCUUUGUUUUCUCCAUUUCUGGUUCAUCAGCAUUUUCUUCACCUUCUCCUUUUGUGCAGCGAUGUAAGACCUAUCCCACAGCAGUAUAAAUGGAUGUGCCAUUGUGUCGGAAUAGCUGAAGAGGGGGAGGUAAUGUGAAACUUUGAGGAUAAAAUACCGUCCCCCUCUUUGAUUAUGUCCUUGAAGUGAUGAAACGAUGUUGUUUUACUGACUGUUUCAUUACAUAAUAAUUAUAAUUUGGUGUUUUCAUUGCGCUCCGGUUUCUUGAUGCCAUUACAAGCAGCUGAGCGUCUCUGAUUGACUGUUUUAACAACAGAAUGCAUAACCUUUUUGUGUAAAGCUGUGUCAAGUUUCUGCGGUGGAAAAUGGAGAUUUAUGCGCACAAAGGGCCGAAAAUCCAUUAUCUGUUCAGCGGCCAUGCUGAUUGCAUUGGAAAUUGACCAACUCCUAUUCCCUCCCCCUGAAGAAAAUCAAUCUUAAAGCUGUUAUUCUUGAUUUCCACGCUCCUUGUCUGACCUCAGCGUCUCGCUGUCAAAGUGAAAGACUGUGUAACGUUAUUGUUGAAACAGAGAUUCACCACAGCUCGGCCUCUGGAGCUGUCAUGAUGUCUUUUUUUAACGCAAUAGACACCCUGAUGGUUAGGAGUCUGAUAGUAAGUCAGGAAGAAUUAGCAGAUAUUGAUUUUUAUCCUGGUGGGAAUCUUCGUCAGUUAAAGCUCCAGUGAGGAGUUUUUUGACAUCUAUGAAACAGACUUAAAUAUUUAUCGGUCUUUUUAAAGCAAACAAGGCCAUUAGAAACAAAAUUGACAUUUUUAUACUGAUUUUUAAUGCCUAAGUAGGAUAGAUAGAUAGAUAGAUAGAUAGAUAGAUAGAUAGAUAGAUAGAUAGAUAGAUAGAUAGGUACUUUAUUAAUCCCAGCGGGAAAUUCAAAUAAAGAAAAAUACUUUUCUUUAAAAUUUUCCACAGUAGGUAUGUUCAGAAACUAGCACACAUGAGAGUCAAAAGUCAGCUUGAUAAGAUAUUUUGCCAUAAUGCACUGCUUAAAGCUCCUGUGGUGAGUUUUUAUGAGGUAAUGGAAUGUGCAAAAGUAAAGGUGACCAUCAUUUUGCUAUUUUUAUACUGUAUAUAAAAUUUAAAGUUUAUUAUUUUUUCAAUGUUGCAACAGACAAUUGAACAUAAAAAAACAGAUGUAAUGGAGGUCAAAAAUAGUAAUAAUUAUAAAAUAAAUAAAAACACAAAAGAAAAUAAAAGAAUUUUGCUAGUUUGCCUUUUUAGUUGCAGAUAUUUAUUUCCUAAAAGAAAUCUAGACAACAAUGCAAAAAUAAAUGCUUUUAAUUUGUCCACCCCUGAAUAAUUCAGUGUUUGGAUCAGGCCACCCCAGUCAAAAGAGUCUGGAGACGCCCCUGCUUCUUGGUGCAAAUCUCAUUGCAAGUUAAUAAUUAGCUCAGAAACAGGCGGAUUCAUGUUAAACACGGGGCUUUAGGACUCGACUUUCACCCUGUCAAUCAGACAAAAACUUUAUGUCCAUGUGGAGUUUUGUAGAUUUGACAAAUGUUAUCCCCUUGCAUUAACUUGUAUUUUGCAGUCAACACUCAUGGUACGGCUGCACAAUCAAAAUCAUCAUUAUUGCAUGGUGAGUGUUUGUUAUUGACACGUCAUGAAAAAUUCAGUUUAUCCGUCAAAUUAUCCACAAUCGGGUCACAACCCUCCACAGCAGCAUUCUACAACUCCUCCUAAGGGACUCUUUAGGCGUUCCCAGACCAGAUUGGAUGUAUAAUCCCUUCAGCAAGCUUUGGGUCUACCCCGGGGGCCUCUUCUCUGUUGGGCAUGAAGGAAAAACUCUACAGGGAAGCAUUUAGGAGGCGUCAUAAUCAGGUGCAGGAACCAAAUCAGCUUGGUUUACUGAUUGAGAAGAAGCUGUGUGAUUUAAAGCAAAUGUGCGCGCUUUCAGUUCUGAGUAUUCAUUACACUUCCAGACAUUACCACAGUAUUGACAAUGUUUGUCUCAUAUGAUGCGGGCCUAAUCUUUCACGAGCUGUUAUUUAGCUGCAGGAGGGAAGAGCGGAUGACUGCUGAAGCUCUUUUAGCUGCAGGUGUUGAGUGUCUGCAGGGGAGAUGUACGCUCACAAUAAUGUAGCACCACCUGCAGAGCCGUCAUCAAACAUUGCCUCCAAAGCGUGGGGAACAAAGCGUCGUCUAGGGUACGCCCGCCUGAUUAAUUUGUCAAAUUUAGAUUUCAGGAACAAUUUGGGCUUCCUGUGAUCAUAGACACGAGCUCCAUCCUGGUUCGUGCUGCAUUUGAUGUAGUAGACUCUAAAGCAGAGGUUCAGGUUGUACUUGGAUCAGAUCUUUUGCGGUGUCUGUGGCUGGUUCUUAUGUGGGGUUCCACAGGGUUCAGUUCUAGGUCCUAUUCUCUUUUCCAUUUACUUUCUACCUCUUGAUAAUAUCUGUAAAUACAAUGUACAGCUUCACUGUUAUGCUGAUGACACUCAAAUUUACAUCCCAACCAGACAUGGAGACCAGUCAAACAUAACUCCUUUUAUCUGCCUCAAGGAAAUGAAAUCAUGGAUGCAAGACCACUUAAAAACACCAAAUGAUAAAGGGAUAUUCCGAAAUUCCAUAAAAGUUAUUUAAAGGGAUAUUCUGGUGUACAAUAAAGUUAGGAUGCUUCUCUAGUUAUACCAACUUUAGUAACAACUGUAUGAUAGCAAUACAGAGAGCCACGUGCGCAACCAAAACGCCACUCUAUAGCCACAAAUAACACUCAGAACAGCACCUAACUUCAUCAACAGGACAUAUAGGGUCCCAGUCAUAGUACUAGCCAGCUUGGAGCUGCUUGUUUGUAGCAAGACCUCGACCAAUCCAUUACGGACUGCAGCGGGGUGUCGCAGCUCAAGGAAGAACAUUUAUGAUCAUUUCUUAAUGAGUCUGCAGUGCAAAAUGAUUAAUAUGAUGAUUAUUACUUUAAGGAAAUGAUGAAGAAAUUAUCGUAAAUGUUCUUCCUUGAGCUGCGUCACCCCGCUGCAGUCCGUAAUGGACUGUUGCAGGGUCUUUGUUCAAACAAGCUGCUACUGGAAAAGAGACAGUGAGUCGUGUUUAGUCUCUUUGCUAAAGAAAUUAGGCAAAGUUAAAAAGAUGUUUGGUGGCUAGUACUAUGGCUGGGACCCUAUAUGUCCUGUUGAUGAAGUUAGGUGCUGUUCUGAGCAUUAUUUGUGGCUAUAGAGUGGUGUUUUGGCUGAGCAUGUGGCUUGCCGUACUGCAACCUGCGGUCAUUACUAAAGUUGAUAAAACUAGAGAAGAAAGCGUUCGGCAACAUUCAUCUCUCGACAGGGUGUCUAACUCGGUGUUACGGUGGGUUUGACCCUAACCUAAUUUACGUUGGAAUAUCCCUUUAAAUAACUAUGAUCAAUCCAUUGGCUUCAUACUGUUCAGAGUCCAUAAAGACAUAAAUGAGCAGCUAUGUCUUAGAUUACCAUGCGUGGAGAAGGGAACAGCUAAAUUUCAUGUAUAGAAAGACAGUAAUUGGUUAGGAUUGAUAGUUUUCUGUGCACGGGCUCCUGUUUUCUCUUCUGAUUCUGACUCAGACGCCUCAAACAAGCUGUUUCCGGCUGAUUUUCAUGUGUUGUUGCCGUGUGUGGAGCCAGAUGUUGAUAAAAAAACAUGACCUGCUAAAGCCACACCGUCAGACAUGUUCCAAACAGCAUAAUUAAGUGUGUUUUGGCCUUUGUUUUCUGGUACUGAGGAACUUCUUUUUUUCACUCUGAGUUGUGUCGAUGCCUAAUGAGACUCUCAGCUUUGAAAUCAUAUUUGCAUUUUUAUUAUUUCAAACUGUGUUUCCAGAGGCUGUAAUGAAGCCGUGCACUUAGUCUUUGUUUGUGUCAGGCAUACAUAUACAAAGAGGCACUCAUGUUGUCCCCCUCCAGCUCUCCAGAAGGUCAUUAACCCCAAUCUGUCUCUGUAGAGCCUAAAGCCAGUGAUUAGCACCACCUGAUUGGCUGGAUGGUAUGUCAAGGGUCUGCACUAAUAAGACAGUAUGGCCGUCCCUCCUGCUGAUCUAGCCACAUUUCAACAGGAAAUGACAGCUCUGGGAGUCAUAUACUGUGUUGCUGUCAUGUGGGGGUUGUGAUUGUUUGUCUUCUUUAUGAGUUUUAUUUAGUGGUGAAGACCACAAUAAAAACCUUCAGCAGUUUCAGAUCAAACCAAUGUAUCUUCCUAGAGGUGCUCACACUGGGACAACUGUAUGAAUUCCUCCCCCUUCAGUUGAGUCUGCUCCUCUGUUGACAUGAGGACCUGGGGAGGGGGAGGGUUCCCUUUUCUGGUCGGGGGUGAAGCAUCGUAAUCUCGACCCCUGUCUCCCCUCUGGGAAUGAUUCGAUCUGGGGUUCACAGAUGGUGUCAAGAAAAAGGGGGAGGAUACAUUUUGAUGCACUUAAACCUAGAGUAGACUGAUAUAGGACUUUUCAGAUACUGAUAUAUGUCACUUAUUGCCGAUAUUGUAGUCAAUAUGGUGUUAGAAAAAUUUCACUAAGAUAAAAAGGGUCCCAUCCAGGGGUGUUAAAAAUAAACAGAGAUAACACUUCUACAUUAGAGUUGACUGAUAUAGGAGUUUUACUGAUACUGAUAUAUUUCACUUAUUGCCAACAUUGUAGUCAAUAUAAAAAUUUAACCAAGACUAAAAAAGGAUCCCAUCCAGGGGUGAUGAAAGUAAACACUAUUACAUUAGAGUUGACUGAUACAGGAGUUUUACCGAUACUGAUAUAUUUCACUUAUUGCCGAUAUUGUAGUCAAUAUGGUGUCAGGAAAAUGUUACUAAGAUAAAAAAAGGAUCCCAUCCAGGGGUGAUGAAAGUAAACACUAUUACAUUAUAGUUGACUGAUAUUGGAUUUUUGAGACCGAUACUGAUAUUUGUCACUGAUAACCAAUAUUGCAACAAAUAUCUGUGUUUUGAAAUUUUCACCAUUCCGGAGGUGUCAAGAGGAAAUGGAAAUCGCAAGCCUAGAUACACUCUGGAUGAAAGUCGACAUUGGAUUUUAGAGACUGAUACUGAUAUCUGUUGCUGUUUACUGAUACUGACAUAUUUCACUGAUUACCAAUAUUACAGCCAAUAUGAUCUGUUAACGUUCUGACUGGAAUAAAAAAACACAUUUACAGUAGGUAUCAGGAAUAAAGAGUGAAAUAAACUACAAUGCAAUUAAAAGUAGAGUGGACUGACAAGAAAAGACAGUGUUUCUUUAUUGAAUGUGUUUUGAAGAAGUUUUUAUCUGUUAAUAUCAGUAUAUGAUACAUGACCAUACUGAUAUAUCAUUGCUUAUUAGAACUUUAAAACAAUAGAUGACUAAAAGUUACUAAAAAUGCAUAAAACCUAAAAAUCAGUAUUGAGAAUUACAAGAGAGUCACUCAAACUCACAGACCGUAUCGGCCCGACAGUAUCAGCCAACAGAAAUAUCAGUCAGGCUCACGAAGGAUACACUGAAUAAACAUCUUCAUGUGUUUUCACAAAAACCCAGAGGAGAAUAUCUUGACCGAGCUGUACACCUCAGAAAACUCCUCAGACAUCAGUUUGUAACAGCACGGUUUCCAGGGCAAACAAGGCAGUGCAGAUUUGAAGGAUCCUUUAGCAACAUUGCCUCUCCUCCCUCCCUUUCCCCUCUCCUCCUCUCAUCCAUAACCCAUGGGUGUCUUUACUGGGACUUAAUGGCGUCACAGCUGUGAACACGGGCGGACCCAGCCGAGCGUACUCUGCCGGAAACAGUGCCGGUCCCUGGGGCGUUAACCUGAGUGUCACAGGGGGGCGAGCGGCAGCGGGGGGGAGACAGUGAGUCGGACUGCUCCAUUGAUCUACGAGAGGAGGGGGGCAGUUUUUCUUAGUGAUGCUGCUCCUUAAGGCGGCUUUUAUUGAACCUUUUAUGGUUGUAGAAAUACGGUGAUUUUUCACACCGUGCAUCAAAGUAGGAAAUGUCAGAGGAAUAAAGUGCAGCUGCUCUGAGAUUCGCUUUGUUCAGGUUUGUUUUUUUUUUCUUUUCAGAUGCGAUCCAUCAAUUUCCUCUCAUGGCUGUGCGCUUACUCAUCCCGAUUUAUUUUUGCUUUUUUUGUUUACUGCGCUUCCUCUUUGUUGAGAGUAAGAAAACAACCAAUCAUGUUUUUAGAGAUAAACUUCAGACCAGAUUGAACACAGGAACAACAAAUGUUGGCAGACCUUGAGUGUUGGAAUUUAGGAUGAUAAAAAAAAAAAAAAGUUGUUGGAGCGUUAAAGUCCACUGGACCCAAACACAGAAGUUUUCUGCAUCUGUGAUUUAGUUAUUGACCGCUGUGACCUGUGGCUUCCUCAUGUUCUUGGCUAUGGCGCUGAAAUUCACUCAAGUGUGGGCCAGUAAUGCUCAACUCCACUGCAGGGGAAACAACAAGUAUUUCAUAGUGUUUGUGGUCAUACUUUUGUUUCUUACUGCAGAAUAUUCCUCCUAGUGUCUGAGAAUCAGUCCUUUUUUCCCCACAUAUUGCAGAAACCAGCUAACCAAAUGUUUACUGACAUUUUUUUAUGGUUUAUGCCUCCCUGAGGUCAACUGUCAUUUAUAUAACAGAGUCAAACACAAUCAAAAGUGGUAAUUUAAAACACUUUUUGUUGAUCUGACAUCAUGUUUUAAAGGGAUAUUCCGGCGUAAAAUUAAUUUAGGGUCAAAUACACCGUAACAUCAAGUUAGACACCCCGUCGAGAGAUGAAUAUUGGCGACCUCUUGCUUCUCUAGUUAUACCAACUCUACUAACGACCGCAGGAUAGCAAUACACAGCGGUCUGAGGAGCCAAAAAUGAACCUCAACCAAAACGCCACAGAUAAUGCUCAGAACAGCACCUAACUUCAUCAACAGGACAUAUAGGGUCCCAGUCAUAGUACUAGCCACCAAACAUCUUUUUAACUUUGCCUGAUUUCUUUAGCAAAGAGACUAAACACAACUCACCUACUCUCUUCCAGCAGCCACUUGUUUGUAGCGAGACCUCGGGCCAGUCCAUUACAGACUACAGCGGGGUGCCGCAGCUCAAGGAAGAACAUUUAUGAUCAUUUCUUCAUGGAAAUACAAUCAUGCCGAGACGCUAAGUCAGAAGAACUACCACGUCUGCAGUGUAAAAUGAUUAAUAUGGUGAUUAUUACUUAAAGGAAAUGAUAAAGAAAUGAUCAUAAAUGUUCUUUCUUGAGCUGCGUCACCCCGCUGUAGUCCAUAAUGGACUGGCCUGAGGUCUCUGUACAAACAAGCGACUGCUGGAAGAGAGUAGGUGAUUUGUGUUUAGUCUCUUUGCUAAAGAAAUGAGUCAAAGUUAAAAGAUGUUUGGUGUCUAGUACUAUGGCUGGGACCCUAUAUGUACUGUUGAUGAAGUUAGGUGCUGUUCUGAGCAUUAUUUGUGGCUGUAGAGUGGCGUGUUGGUUAGGCGCGUGGCUCUCUGUAUUGCUAUCGUGCGGUCGUUACUAAAGUUGGUAUAACUAGAGAAGCAAGCGGUCGGCAACAUUCAUCUCUCGAGGGGGUGUCCAAAAGGGGGUGACCUUAAAUUUAUUUUAUGCUGGAAUAUCCCUUUAAUGUUACUUCACAGGCCCUUUAAGAAUAGGGAAAAAUCAGGAAUCGCUGAAAAGGAAUUAAAAGACUAAAUCUUCCUCCUCCGGUGUCAGAGUGUCAACAGAGUCUCCCGCUGCUCACUGCGAGACUCUCACUGCAAAGGUGAACCUCAUGUCUUCUCGCUCCUCUAUCUGUCCUGACACACGUUUAACCCCUAUCAUGUUGGAGGAACGUCACUGUCCAUUCAGGCCACGCACACACGUACACACACACACACACUUCGGUGCACUCUCUGCGCCCGGAGACCUUCUCCACCUCCGCACAGCUGUCUGCCACCUGCUGUGGAGCAGCCACGCUCGCGGAAGACAUUUCGUAUCACUAAAAGUGCGUUUAGCACAUCUCCAAGCCUGUGGAAUUCCACCGAAACACUCCUCAGUCCUGCUGUGCAGAUGUGCUGAAACAGAUGGGACUGUUCAACAUCUCCAUAUAUUAAUCAUGGUCACUACCUGUGUAGCAAAAACGGAGUUUUAAUGAGUGCUCGGCUCAAGGCAUCAACCGUAUACCACUUAGACUGAAGUGAGUUUGCAUCCUUCAUCUCCUCUUUUGACCGGCUCUUCCCUCUCAGCUCCAGUGAAGUGGCUUUCAGAACAGUGCAGCUUAUUAGGAGGUAUAAAUAUAUUCAGGUCAGACUCACUGCCUCGCACUUGAUGCCUUAAAAAAGGCGAUAAAGUUGGAGUUUUUCCAAAGCAUCUGCUCUUGAUUUUACGAUUGAUUGACAAACUUGUUUUAAUCAAUCCGCGGUUCAAGUACAGACCUUAAUUUGGAUUGUGGACUGCACACAAACCUGGACACAGACUUUCUGUUAUGCUUAAUAAGCCUAGAAACUGGCACUAAAGUAGAGGCUUUUGUCCCUGCAGCAGCCAGAAUGUGUCUGCCUCAGUCAAAUUAGCCUCACCUCACAACUGUGCUGAAAUCUUAGCCUUAUUAGAACCAAAAAACUGUGAAAGUGUUGAAUUAUGCUGUCAGAACAGUCAUUUUAACUCAGGUGCUAAUGGGCUUUCCUGGACUUUCAGAGCCAGCCACAAGUGGACCCAAGUAGUUUCUAAUUAAGAGAGUUUUAAUCAGGCAGCUAGCUUAAUAUUUAUUUAAUAUGGAUGUUACUAAAUGAUAUCAAAAAAUGAAGCUAUAGAUUCACCUCUUGGUCACAUCUUCCUCAGUUGUGAAUUAACGUGACCUUUUUCUUUUGAGCUGAUGAGUUUUUGGCGCUCCAUGUGUUUCUCCAUUUGGCUCUGUGGUUGUGAGCGGAAGCUAGCCUUAGUUACGAUGGGUACUUUAGCUGCUCUUAGAGGUAGCACCAUUUAUAACAUAUAUACUCUACUUGUCACAACUGUAUCAGAGAACUGUAUCACUGCAUGUUUUAUUUGACGCUUCCUUAAAAGCAGUUUUGGAUUAUUCAGAUUUAAACUUAAAGGUAUAUUCCGUCGUGAAAUAAACAAACCUCAACCAAAGCGCCACUCUUUAGCCACAAAUAAUGCUCAGAACAGCACCUAACUUCAUCAACACUACAUAUAGGGUCCCAGCCAUAGUACUAGCCACCAAACAUCUUUUAACUUUGCCUAAUUUCUUUAGCGAAGAGACUAAACACAACUCACCUACUCUCUUCCAGCAGCUGCUUGUUUGUAGCGAGACCUCGGACGAGUCCACCGACUGCAGCGGGGUGGCGCAGCUCAAGGAAGAACAUUUAUGAUCAUUUCUUGAAGUAAUAAUCAUCAUGAUAAUCAUUUUGCACUGCAGAUGCGGUAGGUCUUCUGCCUUAGCGUCUCGGUCUAAGUGCAUUUCAAUGAAGAAAUGAUGCUGGAAGAGAGUAGGUGAGUUGUGUUUAGUCUCUUUGCUAAAGAAAUUAGGCAAAGCUAAAAAGAUGUUUGGUAGCUAGGACCCUAUAUGUCCUGUUGAUGAAGUUAGGUGCUGUUCUGAGCAUUAUUUGUGGCUAUAGAGUGGCGCUUUGGUUGAGGUUUGUUUAUGGCUCCUCAGACUGCUGUGUAUUGCUAUCGUGCGGUCGUUACUAGAGUCGGUAUAAGUUGAGAAGCAAGAGGUCGGCAACAUUCAUCUCUCGAUGGGGUGUCUAACUCGGUGUUAUAGUGUGUUAGACCCUAACUUAACUUUACGCCGGAAUAUCCCUUUAAGUUUCUCUGCUGAUCCUCCUCCUGUGUUAACUGAACUCGUCUUGAAUCAGUCCGUUAGUCAUCCUCUGGGGCCGAGUUUAUGUGUUGUAUGUCUCUCGUCUCGCUGUGGUGUGUUCAUAUUCCAACAAUAAACAGAGACGCUCAGGUUUUCUCUCUAUUUUGGGAAAGUUGUGGCAUUAUGCAGCGUAACCGCCUGGAGGCUAAGACAUCUACAAUGCACUUGUAAGAGGAGAAAACUGGGCCAAGCCUGGAGUAAUGAGGCUCUUUGAGGUAGCCACAUAGAUGAGGUAGUCGUGCCUUUGUCUUCCUGCGAGUUCCCUCUCUCUCAUCCACUCACACCCUGCUGUCUCACUCUUUCUUUUAUUACUUUCAAUAUUCCCCCUCUCCGUCUCCCGGUCACCCUCCCUUCCUAUUUCUAUUUUCUCUCCUCUCUCCUCCGACUCUCUCCAUAUCUCAGGGAUUUUCUUUCCGCUCAGCUACAUCUUCCUUCCUCCCAUUGCCGUGUCAUCGCCUCCAGCUUUCCCCACCCCCCGUCUUUAGGGACAAUUGAAAGGAAACAAAACAGAGAAGACAGUAAGGCGAGCCUCUUGAGUUGGGUGCAACAUAUCAAGUCUACCUCUGCGGAGAAGCUACUCCGACCUAAUUUAGACAGCGGUUCGCUCAGAGCUGUCGAUUUUAUGUUUCUUACCAAAGAGCGGACGUGUGCGCGCCGUGGUCAGGUGAAGAUAAAUGCUGUUUUGAAACGUAAUGGAUGGUUGGACUACUUUGGCGAGUGAUGGGUCUGUAGUGUGUCUUUGUACACUCGCCAUCCCUGUGUGCAACCUCACACUGAAUGGAUGUACAUAAUUCAGGAGCCAUUAUUUUUGCACGCUGAAACCAAGAAGAAAAACAGUAGUGGGAAGCGACGGAGUAGAAGGAAGAGGAAAGUGUUGCGUCCUUUACAGCAACCUGCAAUAAAUGUUCAUCUAAAAAAAAAAAAAGAAAAAAAAGAAGCGGGAUACAUUUUUCCAGUUUCUUCUGACGUUGUAGUUUCUGAGUAUGUUUCAGUGUGAAGUAAAAAUGUUCUGACAAUACUCUUUCCCUUUCUGCACAAACUCUGAUACCUUGAGUACUUCUGCGUUAGUCGUGCGAUAAAAAAUUAAAACAUUCAUCAUUAUUUAAUAGCUGUAGACCUUACUACCAAGCUUGUAUGGAUAUGAUAGGACUUUUUAUCACUGCUUCAUGACUUGAGUAAACACUAAAAGCAUCUGACUUUAGAAAACUAGCAGAGUACCUAAAAAACCAGCAAACUAGGCUUAGCAGGUCUUAGCUACACCUCACAGUCUUCAGAAACAUUUAGCUAAAAUGGGACAGAAUACCCAAGAAGCCAAUGAGCUUGAAACAGUGAUUUGAAUGGCUGCCUACCCUUUGAAAGAGACUUAAUUUAUAUAGUUCUUUUCCAAACUAAGUGUUUCACAGCAUAAAAACAGAACAGAAAUACAGAUAAAACAUAAGACAAAUACAAUAAACGGCCAAAACAGUCAACAAGAAUGAGUUAAAAUUCAAUAAAAGAUGAACACCAUUUAAAAGUCGAUACAAUGAGUUAAAACUCUCUUAAAAGUUAAAAAAUAAGUCUAUACUUUUUGCUGAGAGUGACCAAAAGAAAGGUAGAGCAGGGUGUCAUAAGUGUACGAUGUGAUAAUCAAUGCUGCACAUGGAUAGAAAACAGGAGUGGUCCCAGAACUGAUCCCUGAGGUACCCCAUAAGACAAAUCUAGUGGUUCAUUCCAAAAAGACUUACCACUUAAAUGAGAAUAAAACAAUUUAAAACUUGAACUAGAGACCCUGACUCAAAAAUCAGAAACAUUUAGCUAAAAUGGGACAAAAUACUCAAGAAACCAAUGAGUUGGAAAAAAUUGUGAUUUUAAUGGCAGCCAACCCUUUCAAAGAUACUAAAAGUAAUAAUGACAAACUUAAUUUAUAUAGUGCUUUUCCACACUAAGUGUUUCACAGCAUAAAAAUAGAACAGAAAUACUGGUAAAACAAAAGACAAAUACAAUAAAUGGCCAAAAAAGUCAACAAGAAUGAGUUAAAAUUCAAUAAAAGAUGAACAUUGCACCAUUUAAAAGUUGAUACAAGUUUGAAGUUAAAAGUCUCUUAAAAGUUUAAAAAAAAUACGUCUUAACUUUUUUAGAACAGGGUGUCAUCAGCGCACAAAGUGAUAAUCAAUGCUGCACAUGGAUAGAAAACAAAAGUGGUCCCAGAAUUGACCCCUGAGGUACCCCAUAAGACAAAUCUAGUGGUCAGUUCCAAAAAGACUUACCAGUUAAAUGAGAAUAAAAGUAUUUAAAACUUGAACAAGAGACCCUGACUCAAAGUUUAAGAUACUUAGAGCGCAGAUUUUUCCUUUUAAGGAUGUAACACAAAAAUGAACUAUUAUUAAACUUCCCCAAAAACGUACUUUUUAAAAAAAUGAUUGGCGAAUCACUUCUGUGUUUCCCGUCCCUGAGCAGUUAGUCGUUCUCUGGUCUAGUCUGGUCUUCCCCCUCUUACCACACUCCCUCCUUUCACUACUCAGUCCGGCUGCAGAGAAUCACAAGACAGAAGCAGUGAGCAGUUGAAGCAGGCCUGUCACAUGCUGCUAAACUCAAAUAGACCGCUGUAACUCGCCUCUUCACUCCUCCUCUUCUCCGUUCACAAGGGCGCCGACUAACCUGCACAUUACCAUGACGAUAAGAGCGUCUGGGUGGCCCUGUGUUUGAGCAUCAGUGGGAGUCCCCUCCUCGUCUGUCCAACAAUCAAAGGCUGUCUCCUCACACCCCUCCCCCUCUUUCAUGUUUAUAUUAUCCACCUGCGCCCCACAUCUCCAUCUCAUUUUCCACCGUUCACCUCAAUUACACCCAGUUUGCACCAAACCCUCGCCACCCCGCCGCCCACCAUUCAGCCUCUAUCUCUUUGUCUCACCUUGGUGCUUACAGCCAUCCAUCUGUCUGAGCGCGCCCAUUAGCACAUUUACUAUCCCGUCUCUUGAGCCUGGGCGCCACAUUUCCACUAAUUUCCACACCUUUUUAAUGGGCCGGCAGAAGAGGAGGAAGUCCAGGGAUCAAUGGCUGGAGAUCGGCCCGUCCUUCCUUUGACACCUCCUGCAUUUCCCUUUUUUUUUUUUUAUCAUCAGCAGAUGUGUGGCCUUCACCAUGAAAGGCAUGUAGCCGUGAAAUGGGACAAGAUGAGGCACUGAAGCCAGGAGAGAAAGAAAGAUUGAUUCUUGGUGGUGAGAUAGUGACUGAUAAGAAUGAAAUUUCACGGUGAGGAAAGAGCAAAAGCAUGAAUCCAAAUAUUCCUGACAUUUAGGUGUAUCUUGACAUUUAUUUUUAGCAGUUUUAUUAGCAAAGUCGACAGCAAAAGGACCGUGUCAGAGGAUAUAAACAGCUGUUUUGAGGCUUCUCGAGGAUUUUUCAAUUUGAGAUUUACUCUGCUCUUUUAUGGCACUCGUUGACAUAAUCCUGCAGAUUCUUCCAUUUCUGAAUUUUAAUCCCACUACUUGACUUGUGGGACACAUCACUUCACAGCGUGAGAGCAGAUGGCUCAGCACCAAGAAGAUUUCAAACAAACUAAAAAGGAAGCGUAAAGUGAGGGGUAAGAGGGGGAGAGGGAAAAAAACACACAGGGAGCGAGCUUGAAUAAACCCAUCUGCUCACAGAUGGAUGCAGAAUUCAUUUGAGACCGUCAGGACAGUCUUGGUGCUAUUUUUGUCACAGCACUCCAUCUCUCGCAGAAGGUGGGAUGGGGGCUAAAGGAGGAGGAUGGGGAGAUGCAUGAGGAGGUGUCCGCUCUACAGCUGGAGACAAUAGAUGUAGCUGCUUCUGUUUGUGGAAACGUAUCUGUUGUUUGAUGAGAAAUAUGUUUUUACUAAGUAUCAAAGUUGUACUUCAAUUUACUUUGGCGUUGUCCAAUUUGUUAUUUUGGGGGUGUGGUCUCAUAUACUAUCUUCUUAUUAUGAUUCACAGCAUUAAACAGAUCCUGAGCCAAAAAACUUUACCUUUGAGGUUUAAUAUUAAAGAAGGUUUGUGCAGUUGCAUUACUGCUCAAACCUUUUCAGUACUUGUUGUGUGUUUCAUCUGUACUCCUUUGAGUCGAGCGGUCCUCUCAUCCAGGACAUUUCAUUGCAUUGUUGACCUUGUUUAACAUGCACAUGACAAAUAAACAAAUCUUGAAUCUUGAAAAGUAUUUGUUCAGUUUUAAAAAAUACAGGAAUGAAAGCAGUGUUAGGAUAUGAGCUUCUCAUGACCUUUGAGGUAAUAUACCCGGGUAAUUUGAUGCAGGAAAACAUAAAAGUUAAAGACAGAUACUUGGUUAAAUUACUUCUUGCAGCAAGAAGGCCAGUACAAGGAACUGGUGUAAUGGAGUGUUCACACCAGGUGCAAGUAAAAUCAUCAAGUUGCUAAAUUUGUGUGAAUCAAGAUGUGUGAAUGAAUAGUGUUCACUCACUUCAUUCGCACAUCAACGAUAAUUUCAACGGUAAUCUCUGUCAAUUCAACUGAUGGGAUCAAGUGAUAGACAAAGGUUCUUACAAUUUACUCGGUAAUCCGACCUCCACACUCACUUUCCUCCAGGCGAGCUCCUUUUUAUUCCAGUUUCAUUAAUUGUAAGAAAAGGUAUUAUAUAAUCCGGGGCACCCACACACUGACACCAUCAUUUUGUCCUCCAUUUAAGAUACCAGUGAACAACCAUCUGUUUUCAUACGUCAUCCGGCAACCUUUGUAGAGACAUUUUUGGCUCCCGCCCAAUUUGCGUCAUUCGUGCCGCCAGAGGAGUAGAAGCGUCUUAUCAUGUCUCUGUGUAAUUCAUUGGCGUGAAUGAUUUUACUUGUGCUAGAUGUUUGGAGACAGUAAGGAGAUCCCCCCAAUCAGAAAAACUGUCAGGACACAGUGAAAAAAAAUGACUCCAGCAACAAUUAAACACCUAAUAGUGGGAAAAAUAGAACAAAUAUACAUUUGUGCCAGGGUUGGGCGAUAUGGCCUCAAAUCAAUAUCACAAUAUAUUGAGCAGAUCAGAACACGCCUUCCAUUUAACCAGUCGGAAUGGUUGGUAACAUUAAGGGCUGUCCCGGUACAAUAUUGAUAUUGGAUAUUGUUCCAGUAUCAGCCAAAAAAACACGAGGGGAUUUUAUUUUUUAUUUUUUUGACACCGAUGAUACUAAUAUUGGCAAAAUGACGCUGGUUAUUGUAGGAAAUUUUGGUAUCGGUAAAUUUUCGUUUUGUCGCCCAGCACCAAUUCAUGCACAGCACAUGAAAACAAUAGACAACUUUAAUUGAGGCUACAUGGACAACUUUUUUUCUUUUCCUGGCACGACAAACUUUCUGUUUGACUUUAUGUUUUGUUCUUUUUAUGGCAAAAAAAAAAAGCAAAUAAAUUUAAGUGAAAAAAUAAAAAAAUACAGUUCAUAAUCUAACCGAUCAGGUGUAUUUAUCUGUGUGUAUCUGAAAAGCUAAGGGACAGAAUGAGGAGAGAGGCUGUAUUGAUCACAAGCAUUGAGCCCUCAAGUCUGGACACUUUAAAGGACAUACUAUCAGGACGACUGAAUCAGUUUUGACUCUUCUUUUACAUCAGUUUUAAAAUGUGCCCUCUUUUUUUGACCUGGUUUUCUUUUUCCAGCAUUUGCUCUUAAAUACUAAUCACACAUUAAUGCUCUGCUAAUGAGACCCUGAUAUGCUUCAUGAUGGACUUUCUUACUCCAAUGACUCAUUCUACUUUUAGUGAAGUGAGCCAACAGAUAAACUUCCCCAAACUUAGUUACAUAAAUCUUUCUGGGAAGCAUUACUCAUAUGUGACCCAUCAUUCCAGGUCAAAUUGAUAAUUCUUCGCUCGCAGUCAAACAGGAUGAAGCUUUUUGUUUCCGACUGCAUCACGUCAUUUUUCUCCCCCCAUCUCUGUCUCCGCAGUCGCUCAUUUUUCUGGGCUGUGUGGCGGCCGCCGGGCUCGGCCUUAACCUACUGUGUCUCGCCAUCUACCUGAGCUGUCUCUGCUGCUGCCGCAAGGAGGAGGAGGAGGAGAGCAAGAGACCCAACUCCUGCUGUGUCACCUGGUCGGCUGUCGCUGCCGGACUCAUCACAUGGUAAGAGAAAACAGGACGUGGACGAGAUGACUAAGCGCUGAUUGUUGAUGUCUGCCACGCUGUAUGUUGUCUCUCCGUCUUGAUUGGUCAUUGAGUAUUCCUAAAGGAGAGCUGCGGCGUCAUCUGCUGUGUCUGAAAUUUUUAUUCCCUCCUGAGACGGAGAACUUCUAAGUUCAUAGUUUCUUGUUUCUGUUUGUUUGCUCAUGUUGCAUGCCUGUCUUCUAUUCCUAUUCUGGUGUUCAGGGUCGUUUUUAUUCUGGUCUUCAUGCCUGUCGGUCCGCCUGAGCUUCUAUUUGCUGCUUUGCUUUUACUCGUGCAGAUGUGGUUGAGACCCACAGCAGCUUUGGUGUCACACUCUAUUUCCUUCUUUUGGAUGAGCUGGUUUUUAAUCUAUCCGUGUUAAGACUCUUGUAUCUCUGUGAAGCGUCGAUGAUGAAAUCUCUCUAAUAACUCCGACCCUUUCUUGCACAAGAUUGCGAACUGUUUGAUAUUUGUGAGCAGCUUUUUUUCUUGAAUGUUUGAUUCGAAGGUGCCUUCCUCUGCUUUGAUUUCAUUCGGCAUUAACCCGCGUCUCAGCCGGUUUGAUAUUAACGUUGAAUAGAAAGAACGAUUUCUCAAAAAGUUAAAGGUUUGCAACUCUUUUACUCUAGGUGUUGGCUGGAGUUUAAAUUAAAUCAGAGUGAAAGAUACUAAAAUAUGAAAAUUAUAAAAGCUAGAAAGUGUGUUUUCAUCUCUGAUUUCCUCUGGCAGCCUCUUCUAUUAUGAAGGCGCUCUAAUGGACACAAACCCUGUCACUGUCACUGAGCUGCAGGGGCAGAUCCAAGGGUUGGCAAAGGGUGUCCGUGCCCCCUCUUCUAAUCAGUGACCUCAAAUCCCGCCUUUGAUUGGCUAUUUUCCUUGCGUUGUUGUGAUCACACCAAAUGCAAACAUGAUCAUUAUUUUUAACAGCUGAACAUAUCAUGUUUAAUCUUACCCCCAUUUUUCACCGCAUCCAGAACGGCUCCAAUCCGGAUGCGGUGAGGCGAAUUUCGUGGCAGAUUACGGACAGCGAUAAUCGCAAGAACUCGCAAGAACCCACGGAUACACGUGCAAUCGCGCAAUAACAAGUUGUUUUUAGCGACAUAGGCUAACAAUAUAAGCAGUAGAUUGUGUCCUUACAGAGGAGGAAAUCUACUUCUAGACUUCUAAAAUCAGCAUCUCCUCAUCCAUGGUGUCAUCGGGGUGAAAUACUGUCUAUAAACCUUUCACUUGUUCAUCUUCACCUGUUUGCAUGGUGUGAGAUGCAAUCUGCCUGAAACACGGUGCGUUUUAUUUUGAAAAGAAGCUGCAUGUUUUAUUUUGUGUCUGUGCCCGACUUUCUUUCUAGCACAUCUGUGCUGAAUUUAUCCGGCAUGCUCUGGCGUCCGUAAACAAUAGAACCCUUGCGAUCAGCUGCAGAGUCCGGCGAUCCGCGGCGGAACGUAAAGAAGCUGGUGGAAAUUGACACAUUAACUUGAAUGGAAACGAUCAGCUACAAUCGGUGGAUACAGCCUUUUCGUAGCUGUUCCAGAUGCGAUGGAAAUCUUAAUGCUGAUUGGCUAUGGUGGCUCGAAUGAUUUGCUUGAUUUCAGAUUUUUUGACUCUUACAAAUAAGCGAGUGGCGCAUUGAACACCAAAUUAGCACAUUAUUGGCUCAGUUCGCUCAGUUUGCACCUCCUCAUUUACACCCAACAAGAACUCCUAUCCAAUUGCGUCUUUUAUUUUCUUUACAUGUUUUUCACUUGUGCCAAUGAUUUAAUUUGUGUUUGGUGAGAACGCAAGAUCAGACGCAGGACAACCGUCUGGAUUUUGUUGCAACAGUCUGAUAUUCGCUUUCUUUCCGUUUGAACAACAUUUAUGUGAAUAGAUGCUAUUUGGAUAUAUGUGUGCACCAUAUACUGUGUAAAGCACUGGCAUGAUCUCUAACACUAAGUUUUAUUGUUGGUGCAAAGAUGGGCGUUUUUGAAUGGGUGUGUAUGUGGCUUCAGUGGCUUUUACAGCCAGCCUCCAGUGGACACUCACGGAACUGCAGUUUUUAGCACUUCAUCAGCUUCAUAUCUCAUGUCUGGGAGCCAGGAUCAAAAGUAUGGCCCCGCCCCUUUUGAUCCUGGACUCUGGUGGAUCUGAUGCUGCUGAGGUCAGCACAUUGAGAGUUAAAAGGUCAUACAGCCAGAGGCGAGAUGUUUCUGCGCCUUAACAGCGGACAUUAAAAUCUUAUUUGAAACCUCCUGGUGGAAGAAGCAGACGUGCUAAAACUGGACUGAUGCCAGUUAAAGUUCUUGAUGCAUUUCAAAUGAGCCGAGGUUUUUUGGAUGGAGAUUUCAGCUGAGGCAGGCGUGUUUGAGGUCCCUAGUGUAGCCCAAACGAAAUGAGGCAGAGGCACCUGAAUCUUCAUCAGGCCACACGUAAAAAAUCUCAAAGUAUUUUUGUCUCAUUUCUAGUAAAAGAAAAGUAUUCUAAGGCUUAAGUUAAGCCACUUUACUUCAACGAAUCCAGAAAUAUGGCUCAUUUUAAGAUAUCUCCUGCCAAAGUAAACGACUCAUAAUGACUUUAUUACAAAGUCUGCCAAUAAAGAAGAAAGUUUUCAGUGUUAAGAAUUUUCUUAUUCUAAGAACUCUUACUCAAGAAACGUAAGAAGUACAUUUUUCCUUUUCCAACUGCAGAUUUCUUCAUCAUUAUAAGCAACUUAGGUCCUAUUUUUAGUCUGUGAUUCUUUGAAAUGAGCCUUUUUUUCUCAAAUUAGGCCUAACGCACUCUUUUUCUCCAAAUAAGACAAAAAUGGGAUUUAAUGGGAUUUGAGGUUUUAUACUGCGAAUUUCACUGUAUCUGAGGUGAUGUGAAGACGAGGAGUUACGCAGACCUUAGCGUUGACCAGAAGCUACGGUGUGUUUUGUCGCUAUUCGCCAAAGUCUCUUUGUGUGACAAUUCAGGACAAAUCUGGGACUCCAGGUGCAGAGAAGGACACAAAACAGAAGAAAAGGUUUUUUUUAAUCAAUAGUUCAGGGUUCACACACAGAAAGUCAGGCAUAUAAAUCUAGCAAGAGCAAAUCCCCAAAGACUACAUUCAAAAAACCAGGCGAGGAAACCAAGGCUAGAGAGUAUUAAAACACCGGGGUGACCAUGAAGAGAGAGAGGGGGUGGAAAACUGCAGAAGACACUCCAAAGAGGAACGAAGUGUCCAUCAAAUCAAUCUACCGGUUUGUUUUUCUCCCAAACGACAGAAUAAAUGUUAGCACCAGGCGUGUACAGUGCCUUCAGAGCUGUAAAAGAUAUUGGCACAGUCAUCUUAUUAUUCACAAACCCUGACUAAACACAGGCGCCGAAUAAAAGGAGUCGACUCUGACUCUACGGUUACAUCUCUGUUGGAGGAGCCCUCCUGCUGUGGGCGUGUUAUUAAUAUUCUGCUGACAAAAACGCGCUCUUAUUCUGCAUCAGUGCCAGUGACAGCCAACUGGCAGACGAGCCUCUUCACCUUGAUGCUUCGGUUCUGUGGGUAGCAUAUGCAACCGAGUCUGCCAGAUAUGAAAAAAACAAAGAAACAUACAUUAUUGGCAUACGAGUCGGAGCUGGGUUUGUCUUGGCUGCAGAUUUAGAGGUAUAUCGACAGAGAAUAAGAAAUAAAAACCUCCAGAGUUUAAAAGAAAUCAUUGGAAAUGGUUUUAAUUUGAGCAAUGAAGGCCGCUGAACCCUUACACACACGCUUUACAUCUUGAUAGGAUUAUAAUACGGAUAUUACAAAAGGUCCUGAACUAAGUACAGCUCAGAAAUUAAAAUGGAUUUUUCAUACCCAAUACUCGCAGCACUUGUAAAUAACAUUUCCCCCCAAGCUAAAUGCUUAAUGCCUCAACCUGCAGACUAUAAAGCUUAUGAAGCGUAGCCGACUUGUUUUGCUUCUAUAAAAGCCGUCAUGUUUACGUCCCCGGCUGAAUAAAGCAUGUCACAGGUCCCCGAUGCUGAGUGAAAUUACAUUUUUCAUCAUCAUAAGACUGGACUUUACAGCUCCUGGUCAAUUCUCAGGCCUGAUUGUAAUGUCUUCUGCAUGAGGAAAUCAGAUUUGUUGGAUAAACGCUCGAACAGUUAAAGGAGGAGAAAUGUUUCUCGUUUUUUUAAGAUGAUAUCUGACCCCGUGGUUCCCUGCAGAUUUAACAGCGGAGGAGUGGAGUAGUGGAUGUGAUUUGUUUUGGCUUCAGGCUGCUGGAUCUCAUCAUAUCUGUGCUGAACUUUAAACUACGCUGGUGUAGGAUUAUAUUUAUCCGGAAUUACGAUAAAUCAUAUCAUAGCUAUAACUGAUCAGGACACGGAUAAAUGAAAACUUAUGGAUGACACACACAGAUCACCUAAAGGGUGUCAUCCUCUUUACAUUCUGCGUCUGCUGUGUCAUGGUUACCUCAUUCGUUUACUUGAAAAAGCAGAUUUCUCCCAAUAACUUGAUUGCAGUUGUAUUUUUCCAAGAGUGCAGGAUAUUUUCAGUGCCUGAAGUUAAGGUCAUGGGUUCAAGUCCCAGCAGUAACCAAUUAAUAUGAUGAUAAUGGGCUAAGAGAACACCAAGGGGGUCCAGACUAGGGCUGGGCGAUAUGGCCUCAAAUGAAUAUCACAAUAUAUUGAGCAGUUCACCUCGAUAACUUCUCCACAAGCUGCUCACCCCCUCCCACAUUAACUUAUAUCAGCACUCUGAUACAAGCAGUCCAUUCCAGAUUCCACUCCGGCACCUCUAGCUAGCAGCGCUCUGAUCCAGCAUGCAGAGCCCACGUAAUCAUAACAACAGUGUGUACUUAUGCUGCGUUCAAGUUACCUUGGACGUCAGAUGUUGGAGCUGGGAAUGACGUCACACCCAAGUUACAAGUGUUUCAGUUACCAAGUCGGAAAAAAGCAAAAUCGGAAGCGGAAACAAGAUGUUGCAGGAGGACGGCAUAUUUGUCCAGAAGUUACUUAUAUUCGGACAAGGCAAGCGCUAAAAUGACUUUUGUAGAUGUAGCCAUCUUGUUUCCGCCUCCGAUUUUGCUUAACUGAAACGCUGGUAACUUGGGUGUGGCGUCAUUCCCAGCUCCGACAUCUGACUUCUGAAGUAACUCAAACGCAGCAUAAGGUACUAACAAAGUAGCAAGGAGUAGAAGUAAAGUCGGCUGUGUGGCAGUAUUUUUCGUUAAAGUCCGAAAAAGACGCUGCAGCUGAGUGCAUAACUUGUCAUGCAAGUUUAUGCUAAUAUCGGAUCAAUAUCGGUAUUGGCCGAUACUGAAGACUACAAUAUCGGUAUCGUAUCGAAGUAAGAUGUAUCGGGACACCCCUAGUAAAAUUACACCAAUCAGACUGCUGCUUUUUUCUGGUCAAUUAGAAGGCUCUUUUCAUUCAGCCAAUCAGAGAGCUCCUUUAAUUCGGCCAAUCAGAGAGCUCCUUUCAUUUCAUUACACUGUGGAAAAGCUCUAAAAAAAAUAGAGAAACCUUGAAAACAUGAAAUCUUACAGGCAGCUCAGGGGUGUGGCGGUUAAGGUUUCUGGGUUGUGGGUUCAAAUCCAGACUCGGGUCCUCUCAAAGCAUGAAAGGUCGUUACUCAGAGAGAAACUUUCUAUGUGAGAUAAAAAUGAAAAGAUUGUGUCACACUGCAGCGCGGCACAAAAACAAAAAGGUGAAAUGCAAAGACUUAAAGAAGUGAGUACAGCGAGGCAGGACCUGCGGUGUGAUAUGACUGCUGCCUUUGGGUGAAACAGUCCCGGGUGCAAAUCCAGAUCAGGGAGAGUGCAAGACUGAGGGAGGAAGGAGAGGAAGAGGGGAAGAGAAAAGAAGGAUAAGAAAAAAAAUUGGCUUGACUCAUUUUUUUUGGCUGAUUCUUGGAGAACCAAUUUUGCUGUGCACAGUUCAAUGCAUCUUAUUAGGUUUUAAAAUCCCACAAAAAAACAACUCUUCCUCUAAACUGCCAAAAAAUUGAUUAGAAAAAGUUUCCCCGUUUAUUUUUUCGUUAGAUUUGAAUAACAGUCUUUACAGUCUACACAUCAUCCCUUUAUUCCUCUCACUUACACUCACAGACUAAUCCCUGUAGAUUAAGAGGUAAAGAUCCGUCUUUAAUUCUGUUUCCUAAAUACACGAACCGAUGCAGCUUCAGCUUCUUACGUCACAAAUUAAAAACCAUUAGGUCUGUCGCUGACAUGUGCUCUCUAAUUGAGUUUGUAGCUGCCGGAUCAGAUACUCCACCAAACCAUGUGACAAGUCAUGUUUAGAAACCGGUGAGCGGCAUUAGAUUAAGCUUCAGGCGUUAUCUUACAUCUAUCUUGUUUCAGACGACAUUCGUGGUUAAACGGAGGCACGCAGCCGCGUCACGGUCCAGUCAAAGAUCCGGGAAGCUCAGCUGUAAAGGUUACAGUUUAUGUUCAGGGCGAGACCUUCUGGAGGGAGUAUCCUCGCUGAAGAGCUUCGAACAUGCAUUAUGUGUAACAGCCAGCAGGGGACGCCUCUACAGAAGUCUAAAACAGAUUUUAUAAUGACUUCAUUCUCACCUGAUUGGUGCAGUUUGAAAAGGAAGCAUAGAAAACAGAUCUGCUGAUAAUAAAGUGGAUCCAAUCAGAACUGUUCUAUUUUUAACAUUUCUGAUCUGAUUGGUUGACAGACCAAAACAAAGAUGGCGGCUUCUAUCUAGCACAAUCAGCUGACAACAUAAAUAACAAAAAUUCACGCGUAAUUAGUCCUUAGGGUGACCAUACGUCAAAUGUCCACGGUUUUGUACGAAAGUUUCGAGUUUGUGUCACGUGGACUUACUGAGUUAGAAGCUCAUAAAAGACACUCGAUCCGACCCGAAAAACGUUCAAAAUUACCUUCGUGCGACUCCAUGACUCCGCCCCCGCAUUGUCGUGUCCUCUUUUUGAGAAGUCAGAAUAUGGUCGCCCUAACCCCCAAUUUCCACCGCGUCAGGAAUGGCUACGAAAAGGCUGUGUCCGCCGAUCAUAGCUGAUUGUAACCAAGUCAUUGUGUCAAUUUCCACCGGAUUCUUUCCGUUCCACUGCGGCUCGCCGAACUCUGCAGCUGAUCGCAAGAGUUUUAUUUUUUUCGGCCGCCAGAGCAUGCUCGGAUAAAUUCAGCGCAGAUUAACCGGUGAUGGAAAGGAAGUCGGGGCACAGACACAAAAUAAAACAUCCGUCAUCUUUUCAAAAUAAAACAAUCCGUGUUUCAAGCGAAUCAUAUUUCAUAUAUUUAGCCUAUGUGGCUAAAGACAACUUGAUAUCGCACGAUUGCACGUGAAUCUGCGGGUUCUUGUGAAUUCUCGUGAUUCCUGGUGUCCGUAAUCCGCCAUGAAAUUCGCCUCACAAAUGGAUCCAGUAGGAAUUGGUGUACGUCGAAAAUUGCCGUCGUUCCGGAACAGCCAUUCCAGAUGCGGUGGAAAUCCUGGGUAAGUCCUGGAUGUCACAGAAAAACACAGUUUAUCUCCUUUGAGCUGAAAUUUUAAACACAGUCUGUCAUUUACAACAAAACAGACAAAAUCGAACCCUAAAUCCAAGAGAAUCACACCUUUUCAGACGUAUUUUGGGGCGAAAAUGUCUUAUAUUAGGUUUUUGUAGAAAAGUCCCAUUUCAUGUUGGCUCAUCUUCUGUAAGUAGUUCAGUCUGUGAUCUUAAUGGGAUCUCAAGGUGCAGCCAACAGGAGGAAGAAGAAGAAGAGGAGGAGGAGGGGGUCCAUCUCAGCUUUUCGCAGUGAUGUGGUUUCGUUGGCUUCUUCAGGGUCGCACUUCCAGCAGGCUUUAAGCAAUCACAGGAGAUGAGGGUCGGUACCUUUUACUCAGAGGCCGUGACUCUCUGCCAGGAAACCCUGGACCGCUCCUUCUGGGUGGGGAAAAAGUAUCAGGGGGGCUCGCCACACCGUAGACACUAACGGGAAAGUGCUGAAGCCAGCUCUCAAAAUCGAAAUCAACCAACCGACGGGUGAUGUAAAGGUGGGAAACUGCGCUUUUUUCAUACCGUCUAAAGUUCUGCAUCACCGAGGAUUUACAACCUCAUUUCAUUACAGUCACAUAUCUGUGCCUCUGCCCACAUCCACUUAACCUAAUUUAUCUGAGUGUGAAUGAAAUAGAAGGAAAAGAAACGCUGAAGGAUCCUUCUAAAAUUUUAAAGUUCAUAUUCAAGUUAAGAGCACGAUGGCACAGAAGACUACGCCUUUAAUUCGCUGAUUUAUUCCAUGUCACAGAUCAUUACAGGAUCAUUAAUCAUCUCUGUGCAGCUUCUUGUAACGUACAGCGACUCAAAAGUGUCGUUCCUCCCUGCGUUGGAGAUUAACGUGGAAAAUCAAAAGCGGAAAAGCAGAAAUCGGCAUUGUUAUGUAAUAGCAUACAGUAUAUCCACAGAAAUACAUUUGAGUCUUGUUGACAGGUUGUUGGAUGCUGACAGAGAACCUUACCAAUUGUUUGAGGAUUAGAUUUUAAACCUUUUACAGGAAAACGUCUCCCAGCUAUGAGGCUUUUCUGGUUUUCUUAAAGACAGACUACUUUGAGUAAACGGAACAGGAAGUGCUCGACGCUUUAGGACCUUAACAUGAAAGCAGAUUCACGACCGAAGCUGUUUGGAAACAACGCUCCGGGCUGACUUUAGACAAACACAGAAUCCACAAAAGGAUGUUUUUAAAAUCUUCUCUUUGCCUUCUGUCUCCAUCUUCUUUCACUUUGACUCUUUGAACACAUUCAGUGAAUUGAUUCUGAUGCCAUAUGAUCAGACAUGAUAUGAAACUAUUGGAUAAACAGGGAUGGGAGCCUGACUCUGAAACUGCUCUGUUUAAUGACAGGGUUUUUGUUUAAAUAAUUCAAUUAGAGUAAAGUCGAAGUUUAGGUCUAGUUUUUUAGUUUAUUGAAGGGAUAAUCCGGCGUAAAAUUAAGUUGUGGUCAAACAUACCGUAACAACGAGUUAGACACCCCCUCGAGAGAUGAAUGUUGCUGACCGCUUGCUUCUCUAGUUAUACCAACUUUAGUAACGACCGCAGGAUAGCAAUACAGAGAGGUCAGAGGAGCCAUAAACAAACCUCAACCAAAAUGCCACUCUAAACACAACUCACCUACUCUCUUCCAGCAGCCGCUUGUUUGUAGCGAGACCUCGACUAGUCCAUUACGGAAUACAGCGGAGUAUCGCAGCUCAAGGAAGAACAUUUAUGAUCAUUUCUUCAUGGAAAUGCAAUCAGACCGAGACGCUAAGGAAGAAGAACUACCGCGUCUGCAGUGAAAAAUGACUAAUAUAGUGAUUAUUACUUCAAGGAAAUGAUAAAGAAAUGAUCAUAAAUGUUCUUCCUUGAGCUGCGAUACUCCGCUAUAGUCCGUGAUGGACUGGCCCAAGGUCUUGCUACAAACAAGCGGCUGCUGGAAGAGAGUAGGUGAGUUGUGUUUGGUCUCUUUGCUAAAGAAAUGAGUCAAAGUUAAAAAGAUGUUUGGUGUCUAGUACUAUGUCUGUGACCCUAUAUGUCCUGUUGAUGAAGUUAGGUGCUGUUCUGAGCAUUAUUUGUGGCUAUAGAGUGGCGUUUUGGUUGAGGUUUGUUUAUGGCUCCUCUGACCUCUGUGUAUUGCUAUCGUGCGGUUGUUACUAAAGUUGGUAUAACCAGAGAAGGAAGCGAUCGGCAACAUUCAUCUCUCAGGGAGGUAUCUAACUCAGUGUUGCGAAGUGUUUCACCCUAGAUAAAUUAAUAUCCCUUUAAAGACGUCAAAGUCGAGUUGGACUUCCUCUUAACUCGAUUAUUUCCAUCUGUCUCUUUUUUAUCUUUUAAGCAGCGGCUCAGACUCUCAGUUGUAAACUCUGUCAUGUAGGAUACAGUAAAAAUAACAUCACUCCGAUGAAAUCUGUCACACGCUUAUGUCUCAAAAUCCUGCGCUCCGUAUAUUUAUAGUUGGAAAUCCCAUUAGAGUGACGUGUUGUGGUUUGUUGUAAAUCUAAAGAGCUUACGUGGUCGGACUUGAUAAGUUGUUGGACUUAAAAAUCAGAAGAUGAAGGGGGUAGGAGGAAACAUCCUGAAGGGGAUCUGCUCUCCAUCUUUGAGUAUGCCAAUCUACGGGACACACCGGACUGAUCCCCCCGGUGGGUUUUAGCGUCGAACCCCAAAAAAAGGAAAACUGGCUUCAUUUCAAUCUCAUCAGUCCAGAUCCUUCCCCUCAUUUGGCUCUUCCUGUCCUCCUCCUGUCCUUUUUUACCCCUCCACUAUCUACACUUAGUCUCUUUCAUCCUCCCCUCCUCCGUCUGUCUCCGCUGUGAGUCUCUCCGUCCUCCGUUGUAAUGAUGUUUGACAGAAGCUCGCGCUGAUACGCUGUGAUGUCCGUCCUAAUUAACGGCGGUCCGAGCAGAGCAGAUGUCACUCAGCUCUGCCUUUACUGAAGCGCGUUAAUAUGUAAUUACACUGUAAUUAUCUGAUACCGAAACUGAACGAACGGCUCCUGCUGAGGGCACCGCAACUCAAACAAAGAUAGAAAUAUUUAACUUUAAUAAACCCGGAAUAAUUUGAGGCUGAUUAUUUCUGGCUGCGGCCAAAUUAAAUCCAAAUGCGCCCAAUUUUCCAAACUAUAAUUGUUUACAGUUUGUCUAAAGCAGAUAGUUUCGAGGUUAACAACUCUUUCAAAUUUACUUUGGUUCGGCGUCAUUAAUUCGCAAACAUCACAAGAUAUGAAUUCAGACUGCAAAUUAAAACAUGAAUAAUUCACACAAAUCCUCCCAAAAUUUGGCAAUCAGUUAUUUGACCAAAAAAUAUGAGAAAAACACAUAUUUAACUAAUUUCUAAGAGACAAAUUUCAACGAGUAAAUCGGUAAAGAAAAAAAAAAACAUGGAUCUAAAAAUUAAAGGCAAAAACAAGAGUCGUAUAACUGAGUGAUGAAGUAAGACGGUGAUUAUGUAAGAAGGUAAGUCGGUAGUAAUCAAGUAAGUCAAUAAGUAAGCAAGCCAAAAAGUAAGCAAACAACAUUAAGUAAGUAACCACGGAGACGAAGUAAGAAACUGCAGUCAUCAAGGUCUUAAGUAAUUAAGCAAAUGAACUGACAACUAGGAAAGGUAAUUAAGCAAGUAAGUCAGAAAAAAGCAGGUUAGUUAGUGAGAUAGGAGACAAGUAAAGCGUAGAGACUAACACAACUCACCUACUCUCUUCCAGCAGCCGCUUGUUUGUAGUGAGACUUAAGGCCAGUCCAUUUUGGACUACAGUGGAGUUUCGCAGCUCAAGGAAGAACAUUUAUGAUCAUUUCUUUAUGGAAAUACAAUCAGACCGAGACGCUAAGGCAGAAGAAAUAACGUGUCUGCAGAGCAAAAUGAUUAAUAUGGUGAUUAUUACUUCAAGGAAAUGAUAAAGUAAUGAUCAUAAAUGUUCUUCCUUGAGCUGUGUCACCCCGCUGCAGUCCGUAAUGGACUGGCACGAGGUCUCCCAAAUAUAAACAAUUACUUUGCAUCAGUAAAAAAUAUAUCUUUAUAUAUUUGCAUCUAAAAGAUAAAGGCAAAAAUUAGAGUCAUAUAACAGUAAUAAAGUGAGGAUGUGAUUCAGUAAGAAGGUGGGUAAGGAGAUGACAAGUAAGACAGUGAUUAUGUAAGAAGGCAGGACGGUAAGUCGGUAGUAAUCAAGUAAGUCAAUAAGUAAGCAAGCCUAAAAGUAAGUAAGCAAACAAGACAUUAAGUAAGUAACCACAGAGACGGAGUAAGAAACUGCAGUAGAUAAUUGAGCAAAUGAACUGAUAACUAGGGAAGGUAAUUCAGCAAGUAAGUCAGAAAAAAGUAGGUUAGUUAGCAAGAUAGGAGACAAGUAGUUCAGGAGGAUAAAGAUUACGCAAGCAAGAUGGUAAGUGAAUAAGCACAAAGAACCAAGGAAGGAAGGAAGCAGGAAAGAAGGGAAAGAGUUAAAGGUAAAGCAAAUAAGAUGGAAAAACAGAGUCAGUAAGCAUGUUAGUAAUCAAGUCACUCCACAAGUAUGUAAGCAAGUUAAGCGAGUACGUCAUCAUCAAUGUGAGAAAAUAAGACGGUGAACGAGUAAAUAAGCAAACAAAACGUUAAUAAAUUACGUAAGCAAGUGAGCGAGACAGUAACUUUGCAAAAUGAGUUAGUAUACACGCAAGAAGCUAAGCCAGCGAGGAGGAAAGUAAGCAGAUAAAGAUGUUAGUUUGUAAGUAAGUUAGUAAGAUAGUGAGUUAGUGACCGCACAAGGUAUUUUAAAGACAAGGGAAAAAUUAGGUUUUUAUUCGGUGUAUGUCUCGAUACACAGGGAUGGUUUAAACUUUGGCACAUUUUGUUAUGAGUUUGGUUAAAAGUCCAAAAACAAGUUUGUUUUGAUUCAGAGUAAAUCUUCAGAGUUUGUUGAUUGGCUCCGUAAUAAUCUCUACAAACAACCUUUUGUUUUUCAACAAGUUUACCUGCAGAUGAGUUUAUUUUAGUGACAGAAUUGCGUUCAUUAGAAGAGAGACGAAACCAUUUGUCUCCAAACGAGCUUAAUUAACACGGCUGUUGAAUACAAGUGAUUCUUCUUUCUCGGGUAUAAAAAUAACUCUUUUACGCCCUUCAGGUUUGUCGCUGAUUAGAAAGUAGAAGAGAAAGAAGGAGAGAUAAGCUGUUUACACUGUUAACAGUUUAUAGAAACAUUUUCCACACCACACUCCUUGGAUUAAACGUCGACUUUAUCAGCAGUUUAGGCACUCGUUCACAUUUCUGUGGUCACUAUUUGAAGCAGCUGAGCGUUUACGAUAAGUUGUUUUGUUUCUCAGAACUUAAAUUGGCUGUUUUUAAAGUUUUCUUGCCCUGGAAACGGGGUCAUGAAGCGGCGUUUUAUUCCAAAACCAUAAUGCAUAUUGAUGGGAUUUCUUUGAAUGGCCCUUGCCAAAGGCCGAGUACGAUACAAAAUUCAUGUUUCUAUAUUCAUCAUCGUAGGAGUCAUUGCUGCUGUUCUGGGGCAGGAAACUCAAAUAUUCCGACAUGUUGGAGUUCAUUCAGGAGCCGAGGGCGUUUUUCUACCGGCUAAGGCUUUUGGUCCUUUUUCUGUAUUUUCCCCUCAGCGUCUUUUAUCCACUUUGUCAUUUAUCAACGUGACAGUUCGGGCCUCUGCUUGGGACAUGCCCACUCAAAUCUAUGAUAUCCUUUCUCUUUGAAUUAGACCGUAGAUAAUUUAAGGAGCAGCACCGAGGGAAGCGGAAGGACUCUCUGUACUCUCAGUUCCCCCAUAUUAAUUAGAUCCUGCCCUUAAAAUAUUUGCAUACUUCAAAGAACUGCUUGUUUCUUCGGGCUACUUAUACCCAACACAUUCGGCGGGUCUGCAAAAGCAGGGAACCUGUUUCCAACUCAGAGAAGAGAGACGGCAAACUCCUGUUUUAAGUUUUUGAGUGACGAUUUUGAUGAGAAAGAAAAAGAUUGGCACUAUGUUUCAUUUCUGCUUGUAUCUCUGUCAACACAUCUGUUUACACACUUUUUGAGGCUAUUUCUUACCCUGCCCUCCUUCAUCCAUCUCUAAUCUAUCCUUUCUCCAUGCAGCUCCCUGAAUUUUUAUGGCAAAUCCUGCAGGAUAGGUGGUUUUAUCUGCAGGGGGGUCUGCUAAUCAUGCUCCAUCCUUGUAGGACAGAUUAGCACUAGCUCCUGAUUUCAUGCACCACCUGUGUUUUGCAGCACUCUGUCUGCAUCCCCGGUGGUUCCAGGUGAAUCCUGCAGGGAGCACAGCACGCCAAGGUUUCAUAUACCCCUAUCCAGAGCAUCAGAGAGGAGUCGAUACAAGGUUGAGGAUAUUCUACGAGGUAUUAAUUAGGCUGGCUCCUGCUCACCUCCCCCUUCGGUGCUGACCCGACUCGCCCUGGCCUCCAUCUGGAGCACGUUUAAAGAUGGGAAAGUUGAGGGCUUAUGGGAUUCCCACGCUGGGAUUCAUCUCCCCGAGUCACGUGGGGGUUUAGCCCACGUGGAGAGAUAAUUAGUGAGGAAUCAUUAAUUGAUAUCACGAACACAUAACCUACACAUCAGUCAGCUGAAACACGUGAACACAGUGUGCUGAGAGAUCAUUAAAAUGAUUAAGUAAUAAAGGAUGUUUUGUAAGAAUGAACGCGGCUUAAAGCAUCAGCUGACAUUUUGAAUACCUUACCUUGAACUGGGGCUGUUGUGGUAAACCAGUGUUGGCUUUAACUGUCUUAAAAUGUUGAUAUUGUACUAAAAAUAAGCAAACGAUAAUACCCUGACUUUACUGUACGCUGGUUACCACGCUUCACAAAAUGGAGGAUAGACGAAGAAGAAGUAGCAGACUGCUAGUGAGCUAAAUGUAGCAGCCGACUGAGAGACAAUUAGGCACUUUUAGAGCCGAUAUUUAAGAUUUAUUUUGAAUCCAGAAACAUUAGAGCUUGUGCCGCUUUGGGUUACUAAUCAACUGAACAUUUACACUCUGACUGCUAUUUUUCUUUUAGUUAUGUAACUUACAAUUUACUGAAAGAAACAUACAGGAAUUAAUUAUGUUUUUAAGAGAUAGUAUUGUACUUCUUACAUAUUUUGAAAACAAAAGUGAACUUCAAAUGUUCAAAAGUUACAGAUUACAAGGUUAAUGUGUGUUGAAUAGGGUGACCAUAUUCUGAUUUCCCAAAAAUAGGACACGACUACGCGGGGGCGGAGUCACGGAGUUGCAUGAAGUUACGUUUUUUGGGUCAGAUUGAGUGUCUUUUACGUGCUUCUAACUCAGUAACUUCACAUGACACAAACUCGAAACUUCAAUACAAAAUAUAUAUAUAUAAAUAUAUUUGAAGGAUUUUAGAAACUUCCCCAGACAAAGCUGGACAGCCCCCCAAAAACAGGACAUGUCCUGGUACAAGAGGACGUAUGGUCACCCUAGUGUUGAAGUUAAGCUACAAAUGGCUCGUUCAGGCAGACAGUCACACGAGAAUUCAAUGAGAUCAUUACGAGAUGAGGUCAAAUGGUGACAUCACCAGACAUUGAAUCUAGGGUUCUAGAACGCUGCAUUCAGUGUUCUGGAAUUCUGGGGGAGGGGUCCCUUAAAGGGACAGCGUCUCAGACAGAGGCUGAAAUAUGCUCAGAACAUGUUCAACUGUAAAUCUUGUAGAGCUGCUAAGAAAUACUCAGAGGGAUGUUGUAGAGGCGAAAAAUAAGCAAAAUACCCCUUUUUAAGUAUAUUUAGUAAUGUGUGGCUUAUCUCUCCUUAAUUUGACUGAUUGUGUUGUUUUAUUUUCAACUUUAUGGUAAAUAGCGCCCUCAUCAUUGAUAUUCUACGACCAUGAUAACCGUGAUGUGAACAUCUGCCUUGACAUAUAACAGCUGACAUAUAAUCAAAGGUAGACAUAUUAGCGAUUGAGGAACACCAGGAAAUGAUUAUAAUAAAAUGAAUUGUUAGAAAAUUAAUCCAAAUUCCGAUGUGUAAAAAUAGCUUUAAUGCAUCAGUGAUCAGCUCUGUAGGCCUGUAGCAACAUUCUAGUCAGUUACUAUUCCUGUCUCUUCAAUAUUAACUGACACUUUACCAGGUACAGCUGUGAGUCUGAGCCGCUGUAAUCAUCCUCUGUAUCAUCUUUUUUUGAACAGCUUCGAUGUCUUAAAGCUUGUGUAGUUGUGCUGUAAAGUCUAAUCACACAAUCUUUUGAUUUACGUCCCUCAUCGUUUGAGAGGCUGUAGAUUCUUCUGUUGAAAUAUCGUGUCACAAUGACAGGCUGGGGAUUUUAUUAGAGACGCUGUUUAAUACGAGAGUUUGACAACAUCUUUAAAUUUACUGCAUAUAGACAGGAGAUGGAGACAGUUAUUAAUAAAGUGGUGAGUUAAAAAUAAGUGCAGGUAAACGACGUUUCAGUUACUCCACGAUCAUCAGACCGCUUAAACAUCCAUGUAAAAAUUCUGGAGAGCCGUACAUAAUGUUAGCUUUAACCUCAAUUUGUCACCCUUGGUCGGCUGAAUCAACGCUUGUGAGCAUUGAAUGAUUAAUGAAAAUAGGAUUUGCUGCAGAGCAGUGAAUUGGAUUGAAAUAGAGUAAAACGGUGACUCAGAGUGUAAAUAGUUCCCCUCAGGAAAUACUGUAUGUCUGCGAAGAUGCCAGGCUAAUUUCUGCUGUUUUAUCAUCAAUUAAACGCCAGUGAAAUUGUGUAAGGGUCUCAUUUAAAAUAAUUUGCACGCGAUUAAACGCCUCCGCUCUGUCUCAGGUAUCCAUGAAAAGCAAAGGGGGGGAGAGCAUCAGCAAAGAUUCCGAGGUUUAGAGCGGAACAAUCAGACACAGCAUAAAAAGAGGAGUUAAUGGAGGGGAACGUAGUUUGGAGCUAGUCCAGGCAGGCUAAAGCAGUUUUAAUAGAAUGCCCAUUUUGGUAUCGUGAAGUUAAUUGACUGAGCAGUCGGGUAAGAUGGGCUGGCAAAAGGAUCAGCUGUUAUUUUAUGGCCUGCCUGAACUAACACUACACUCAAGGUCUUCUGUUGAAUGGUUGAUUAAACUUUAUCUCAUAAAAGCGCAGAAAUGUUUCAUCGAGGCGGGAAUUUAGAGGCAGCUCUGGUAUUUUAUUUUAGCAGCAGUGGAUCUAAAAGUGACCCUCGGUUCUUACCAAGACCUGAGGACGUCCACUUGUGGGUUUUCUAGGAACAGUCCAAAAGCUGCUAAGAAAAAAAACAUUAUGUGUGAUGACAGUAACCCAGCUCUUGUGGGAGAAAAAGACGCUCUGAAAGGCAGCUCAAGAGAGCGAAUUUAUUAGGCUGAUAAUUUCUCCCUUGUGCUGAUUCUCCAGCUGAACAAAUGAAAUCCUUGGGCGAGUGAAUCUGCAGAACGCAUUUCAAAUUAUGCUCACAAAACUCUGGUCCAAAGAGUGUCGUUGAUGUAACACAGAGUCCCAGCAGUGUCUCUUGAAGCUUCAGUGCUGUAUUAAAACAGUAUAUUUGUUUUGUCUGAAAACCAAUCACAGCUGACAUACAUGUGCAUGUUCGUACCGAGCUGAUUUACUGCACACAGGUUGCAGUUUCAGACACAGUGAAGAAAGUUUGCCAGCCCUUCCCUCGGACAUGCUGCAGCAGGAAUACUCUGCAGAACUAUCCCUUUUGGAUUUACUGUCAGUCAUUCUGCUCGGAUGACUGUGUUUACCUUGACAGAUAUUUAUUCAGUCCACAAAAACAUUCCACCUCUGGUCAGGGAUGGUUCCACAGUGCCUCAUUACUUUUACAUUUCGUCCCGGUAAUCAAAAAGUCAAGUUUGACGGAAAAAUUGAUGUUACUGCGUUGUGAAAAUCCAUAAAUAUCAGGGUGAUGAAGUAAACGACAUGAAAUAUUCACCGAAUGUUGCCACAGUCAGUGAAGGUAGUGCAUUUGUACGCAUUUCAGGAUGGCAGGGUGUUUCUAAAGGGAAAAAAGUCUUGAUUUCUGGGUUUAUAAUGUAUUGUUUUUCCAAGCAGGGGCUGUAAUAAUGGCCACGAAGCAGACAAACUUGGAGUUCAGUGAUGGAAAAGGACGUCACCUCUUACAUAUUUGAUUUACAAACCACGAAGAGCUGCUGCUGCUGCUGCUGCUGCUGCUGCGCUUCGCUCCUCUCAUUAAUUUAACAAACACUCACCUGUCCUCCCAUGUCUCCUCUCUCCGCAGCGUCGCAGUGGGUGUGGGUUUCUACGGCAACAGCGAGACGAAUGACGGCGUGUACCAGUUGACCUACUCCCUCUACAAUGCCAAUCACACGCUGGGCGGAGUGGACAGUCUGGUGAGUAAAACACAGGAGUCACAUGAAGGAUGUCUCCUGAAUAUAAAAACCACCGACUGACUUUAAAGACUCAAGACUUUCACAAAAGUGAAACCAAAACACUCCACGACUGUGACUUGUGAAGAUUAACUUGAUGGUUUGAAACUUGACUUGAAACUUGUUAAGAUUAAUUUGGGACUUCUAAAAAUGACCCAAGACUUGGCUUAAAAUUUCAAAAGACUUUCUCGGUUUUGUGCGAAAUGACUUGAAACCGCUAACAGACUCGUUGGGAACCUGUCAUAGACUUGUAUUGUUGGACCUGAAAUUUGACUUUAGAUGCAACACUUGUUAGGGUUGCUUUUAUACUUGGCUCAAGACUUGCAGAUGACCAAACACUUUAUAAAUUGACUUGAGACUGACUUGGACCUUGUUAGUGAGUUGAGACUAGGACCUAAUUAUUUGUAACAGCACCCUUAAUGUGGCAAGUUAAACUCUGGACUUGUAACAACUGACAGAAGUCAUGACUUGUGACUUGGAAGAUGAAUCAGCAAUAACACAUACUGACUUGAAAACUGAAUUAAGACUAGUCAUAUCCUGCCCACAUGGGAAUUAUAAAGACUGACUUGAUUCAGCACUUGAAACAUGGGUAGAUAGACUUGAGACUUGAUUUUUAGGUUCAUUCACAUUAAUCUAAGACUUGAGUUUAAACUUGUUAAGAUUAACUUGAGACAGAAAGGGAGUAAUUUAUGCAAACUUUGUGGAUUGACUUGUGACUUGACUCAAGUCUUUUGAUUAGUGAAUUAAGACUAGUAAUUCACGUGUGUAACUUGACUAGGCAUUUGUCGAGUUUAUCUUGGGACUUGUGGGAUUGACCAAGGACAUGACUUGUUGACAAAACAAGUUCAAACACUAUUUUUCUCUCCAAUUCACACACGUCUCAAGUCAAGACACAUAUGAGCCAAGUCACUGUACCUAGUUUUGAACCAAGUCUUACGUCAAUCUAUUCAACUGACAGGAGUAAUGUUAACAAGUCAUGAUACAGGUUUCAAGGGAUUUGGUACAAGUCAAAGUCAUGUCCUCAGUUGGUUUCUGGUUUGAUAUAUAUUGACUUGAAACCUAAAUUAAGACUUAAAAUUGACUGAAAUUAACACUUGGACAUAAAUUAGCAUGGUAAGAACCAAUUAAAAUGACUCACUCCGUGUUUUCAGAACUUAAUCCAUGUCUCAUCUGUUAACAUGGAGGAGACAGACCUCAUGAUGUUUAUUACAGUUAGUCAGUUCUUGGAAGCUGAAAAUGCUUUGGCGUCACUUUUUGGAUCUGUCACACCAUCCAUCUUUAUACAGUAUAUAGUUUAAACACAUAACGUAUUAAGGAAGUGUAGAAUAACGUUAUUGAUUUGUUAAACAACCCAAAUAGAAACCAUUCAGUUCAUGUGAAGUUUACAGAGCCAUGCAGCCAGAAACAAACAGCUCUGAGUGAAGACUUCAAAAUGCUCUUUGUGAUGCACACAGACACAGAAGAGAAAAGGAAAGCCCGGAGGACUCCAUUUAAAACGUCUUUAAAUGUUUUUAUGGUUCUUUUUAUGGCUUUUUUCUGCUACACACAAAUUGACAGCUUCUAAACACAAAAUCUCAUUCCCUCCAGACACACAAACACUCUCUCUCUCUCGCUCUCUCUCUCUCUCACCCUGCCCAGCCUUUUCCCAGCCCGCUGUGGCCUCAGCAGAACAAAGAGCCGUCCUGUGCCUUUCUUGUUCUCACUUUAGCUCAGUGUGUGUGCAUGAUCUUUUUCUAUUUUUACCCGAUUCAGCUCCCGUCUGAAAAGACGCUCUUCACACAACCCCUAAAUGUAGCUCGCUGUUGAAAAUUUCAAACUGAUGACUAGAAGGUUUUGUGUUUUAAGGCAGGUGUCAAACACCGAGCAGAGUGAUACCCCUGGGUGUUUUUCUAUCCGGCAUUUCUUUAUAAACUGUUUUGAAGUCAUGUUAGUAAUUUUAAUAGUACAAGCUAAUUACCUGUCAGCAGUGUCAGUUCACAGCAGCUUGGCUCAGCAGUGUGCGGUAUUGUGUUGUCAGAUAGGCUGUAUGGUUAAGACUUGAGAACUUGAGCACCGACCUGAGGGAAUUACAAAAACCUGUGGCUUCACUGAAAAAAUUUGAGAUUUUUCUAAAAUCAGUUUAAGACUUGGCUUACCAAAGACCUGUGAAAGUAGAAACCAGAUAUAGAUUAACCUGAUACUUAGUUUGGGAUUUGUGUCAAAACUUUGACAAAUUUACUGAGGACCAAGACUUAAUUGAUCCAGUUCUAGACUUGACACUUGUGUAGAUUGACUUGGGACUUGACUUAAAUCUUGUAAACAGUGAAUUUUGACAAUUAGUGGAUCAACUUGAGUUUAAACUUUUGAAGAUUAACUUGAGGCCAGUGCAUGACUUGUGAUUAAAAACCUUGACUCAUACAAACUGACUUGAAACCUGAACUAAGACUUGUCAUAUCAGGCCACAGACUUGCAGUGAUUGACUGACCUGAUACACCUCUUAAGACAUGGUUGGAUUAACUGAAGACUGAAUAUCAGAUUUUUGACAUUGAUCCAAGGCUCGGGUUUCAACUUGUCAAAAUUAACUUGAGAUAAAAACGGAGUACAUUGAAAUUCGACCUCAAUUUAUUGAGGUGUUUGGACUCGACGAAAACUGUCAAAAACUAGAUUUACCAUUGACUUGUGUUGAACAGGGCGAGUUUGUUGCCAUGAAUAUUGAAAAGUUGAGCUUUACAGAGGUUUGAUUUAAGACUUGUCAGAGUGAAUUUUGGGCUUCUAUGAACUGACUUGGUGCCUGGUUGAAGACUUGUGAAAAAGCACUUGACACUAGAUUUAUACCAACGUAGAGGGGCUUUACUUGAAGCUUGUAAAAAUCAUACUUCGAGACUGAUUGAAACUAGAUUUAGACCUGUAAAGAUGAACCUGGGACUUGUGCAUUUUGACUCGAGACUUGAUUUCAGGUGUGUUUAAAAUGAAUGUGCGCUGACCUGACACUUGACUUGAGACUUGUUAAAAUCGACCAGACUGAACUCUAGACUUGUCUAGUCGUGUUGGGACUUGGUUUAACCUAAAUCAGGACUAAAUUGGAACCUGCUUUGGCUGAUUUGAUGUCGGCAUAUUUUCUGGAGGGAAUAGGUUUGUGUUACCGCCUUUGGGUUGCAUGACCAGCAUCAACGCCGGUAGGGACCGGGGCAUUGCUCGCUGUCGUGAGGCAGGGAUUAAGUCUCAAUCUGAGUUAAUGGAGAUUAAUGUGGUGGUAUGUGAAACACUUACUGCUGUGACUCGGUGUGGCCUCAGCUGUAAACACUUUACCAAGAGUAUAGAUCACUCGACACACUUGGAGUGUAGGUCUAUGUCAGGACUUACCGCUCUUAUGAUGAGGGGGAAACCAUGUCAGAUCUUAAUGGCGAGUCGUCCUGAGCUGUCUGGCUCUGACUGAUGCGUGUGAUGACAGAUUUACAGUGGAAACAUGUACGAACCCUGCGAUUACUCAUGUUGGACCGCUGUAGAUUGUCAGCUGGUAUUAUAAUGUGACGUGCAUUAACCAUUCACUCGAACAGUGAAUAUUAUACUCGAUAUGAUUAACUCAAUUUAAUCAGCAUCUCCGCAUUUAGGUUGUUCUUUUCUUUACACAAAGAGACGGGAGAGCCUGCAGAUCAUGUGAAUUAUUCACCCAUUGUUUCGCAUGCUUGUAAAGCACUUAGCCACCUUCAUUUCUCAAAGGCGCAUUAGCGGAAGGAGAGAAAUAAUUAACAUAUAGCUCAUUUGAAAUCUUGUCAGUGUCCCUCCGGGAUGUGUGAACUCGUGCAAACACAUAAUUGGACAUGGUGGCCUUUAUUUUAGCAUCUCACGUGUGAGCGCACUCAUUUCUGUGUGCAUGAGUGAGUUCAUUGCAGCCAUCUAUAGACUGUUGAGGAGUCUAAGUUCUCGAGCGGGACAAAGAGCCUAGUGUGCCACACACAGUUCCCAGUCUCCCCCCACCUAAUCAACCAUGAGCCCGGGAGACAAAGCCGUUUGACAGGGAAGGACAAGCAGCAAUGCUGGCCCGUCUGAUUGGCAGAAUCGGGAUUGAAAUCUGUAUUGAGAGCAGUGACAAUGAAGGCCUCGCUGCCAUUUGGCCCACACAAAUGCCUUUUAGCCCCGAUCCAAGAGCGCCAAGAAGUGAGCUGGCCUCUAAAGAGUCUGUGUUAAAGACGGGAAAGAAAGGCUGUGAGGCUCAUUAUCAGGAGAUGCUUUUUUUGCUUGGCUACUAUUGAGACCUUGAUUAGUUACAGUCUGGAAUAUAUGCGUAUGAUGUUUUUAUGUACGCUCUGACUCAUGCAUAAAAAAUACACCGUCUUUCAGAGCGAGGAUCCGAAUGGGGAAAAAGCACUUGAAUACUAAUUGUGGUGCAUUCAGAGAUGUUACUUUUAACAGGGAUGCUAAAACUUGGUUGCAAAAACAUGGAAAGUUGCCAACUGAGAUGCUUCGCCGAUGCUGUAAUGGGACUGUUGUGACAUUUGAAGUCUUUAGACGCACUAAUAAUAACUCCAUUGUUUGGAGAAAGGGGGCUGUGUGAGAGUUUUGGCAGCCAGCAGUCACCCAGUGGACUCGGUCGAUGUCUGGGUCAGUCCUUGAGCAUUUGGCCAGAACUCAGACAUGGUUUGGAAGCUGGCCACAACCUAAUUAGAAAACAUGCACAUCUCCGCAGCAUUAACAUAAUAAGCUUUUCUUAAUGGUUGGAAAUAUUAAUGUAUUCAUUAACGGUUAUUAAUUGAAAUAUGUGACUGGAAUUUUGUUUAGUCUCUGAGCGAAGAAUUGAAUGAUAAUGAAUUUCAUUAACCCUGAGGGACGAUGAAUGUUCUCUUCGCUCGCUGAGUUUUUGAUAUUCAACCAGCUUCUCCGCAGGGGAGGAAGUUUUCAUAGAAAUGAGAGGACAGUCAAACUCUAGACAGACAGCCUCAGGUGGAAUUCAGAUCUUCCGUAGAAGUGUUUGUUUUCAGUCGACAAAAUGUUGAAUCGCAAUCACAAAGGCUAGCUGGAAUCAGCCGUCACUUUGACUUCAUCAUAAGCAGCUAUGAUCAAUGUGAAACAAGGUUUGGAAGCUCAAGGUAACUCCCAAGGGUGGGCCGAUGUAUCUUCAACAUGUUGUGUAACAGCAGUACGAACUAUCAGGCAGCUACAGGUGGAGAGAGGAGAGCAGGGAGAGGAACAGGAGGAGGCAGGUGUGCGCCUGAAAAGCCAAAGGACAAAGGAAUGACAGCAAUAAUAAGUAACAAAGAGCACAAACAAGUGCUCAAAAGUGAGAGACAUUCCUCUGAAUCAUUAUAAAAACCAGGUCCAAGUCUUGACAUAGUAAAGGACGUUAUAGAAAAGCUUGAAAAGACCGAACGAUUUGUUUAAUCUGUCAUCUGUGAUAAAGUGUACAUGGUAAAUAUUAAUUCAAGGCUCUCAGAGUGAAGAAUUGAUGCAUGGUCCUACAAUACUCUCGACUUGUUGGGUAAUAUCUCAAUAGGCUGACUCCUGCCCCCUUCUAUUGGUUUCAAGGGUCAGAAAUUACAGUAUAGAAAUUGUUGGUCUUGUAAACAAUCAUAAGAAAAGCAUCAAUUUGUGUUUCAGUCUUUUUUAUGAACGCUAUCAGGUUAAUAGCUCAAGUUAAUUGUAGAAAAUUCAAUUUUUCUUGAUUUAUUCCUGUCUAAUCUUGGCUUUUUUAGGACUUAUAGGAAACAAACAGACACAUAGAUUGACAGUAACUCUACUUACACCCAGAGCAGCAGCUGCAGCUCUCCUCGGUUUGGUGUCGCUUGAGAGUCCGAUGAUAGAGAGAAAUCUGUUCCACCCCAGAAAAGGACACUCAGUCAUUUUGGUGUGUUUAAGGAAAUUGAAAGUACUCACUGAAAAGUUGCUUUUGAAAGGUGCUGAAGUGUGUGUGCUUGAGAAUGUAAUCCAGUCGAGACAUGACUGAUAGACACUUGUGCUGACUUCCCCGGCUCUCUUUUGUAGGUAUAAGGGCGGCCUUGUUAAGUUGAAGGUAAAGUACCAUUCACACUGGGCCAGAGGUCAGCUCUGCGGCCAAACCACUUUCCACUCCACUCGGCAUCACUGUGAACUCUUGCUCUCUGUAAAGCUAAACUGCGGACAUUCCCAAAGUGGUUUGAAUGACUUUCAUCUACCCAUGAAUCACCGUACUUACAGCAAAGUAUUUUUGUCCGUUCUGAUUUUUUCCUUUGGUCAACAAACUUCGCUGUGUGAGGUUUUCUGAAGGACCUGAUUCAACAAACCAAUAAACACCUUUUCGCAAAAAGCUACAGGAAGUAUCCGAGAGAAGGAUAUAUAUUUUUAAAGAGAUGUUCUGCUCGGAUUCGUGGUCCAUAUCUUUGGGGUGAAUAAGCGGCUAAAGCACUCCAGAUCCAUGUUGCAUUUCACGCUCUGGCUCCUGCAUUCAAUUUUAAUUAUAGCAAGGCUUUCCACCGUCAAACAAAGACAUGGACUUAGACCAGGGAAGAUGGUUAAUCCUUUAGCUUUGUUACACUUUGACAGAUUCACUCACGGUUCAUCAAGUAUCAAGAAAUAACCGAACAAGCAAAGAGUGGUUUUGGAGUGAUUCUCAGAUGUCCGCUGAACCCUAAAAUGAACUUAACUACAUCAUAAAACAAAAGCUCUGUCGCAGCUGUGUGUUAUAUAAUAAGUUGAGUUUGUUUAGUUAUAAAUAAACUCUUGAACAGAUCCCACAUUCAGAAAAUCUUGCUGUGGAGUUCCAGUGUGUGCUGUUGGGUUCACAAUGUGCAGUUUCUGUGCGACUGUGUAGCUGUUACAGGAAGCGUACACACUGUGCGAAUCAUAUCAUAUCUUGAUGAAAUGAUGAAUUACUCUGCCAUCUGUUAAUUUGGUGAAAUGGAUUUUGCUUUCUCAACCUGCUGUCACAUUCAAGCUUAUAAUUAUGACGCUAGCACCAUCGUUGUUACAGUUAAUAAUAAUAAUAAUAAUAGAUUUUAUUUGUAACGCACUUUACAUUUAAAAAUAAAUCUCAAAGUGCACAACAAGACAACAAUAACAGUAAAAACCAAGCAACAAAGUUACAGUUAGGAGUGACCUGUGUCCUGGUAACUUACAGUUAGGGAUGUCCCAGUCUGAUAUUGAUAUUGGAUAUCGGUCCAAUAUCAGCAACAAAACGAAUAUCAGAUUAUGUAGGCCUGUGUCUAAAAUCUCAGAUAUAAGCAUUUCGAUAAAAGGAGUCCAUUCCAGAUUCCAGUCCAGCACCUCUAUCUAGCAGCACUCACGUAAUCACAACAACAGUGUGUACUAAGGUACAAACAAAGUAUCCAGGAGUAAGAGUGAUUAGGGCUGGGCAAUAUGGCCUCAAAUCGAUAUCACGAUAUAUUGAGCAGUUCACCUCAAUAACGAUAAAUGGACGAUAACUACUUCACAAGCUGCUCACCCCCUCCCACAUUAACUUCGUCUGCUACAACUUUUGAACCAUCCUCCAUCUCCACACCUGUGAUUCCCUCUUUGUUACAGACUGGAUGGGGGGUGGAGUCACGUGUCCGACAGCUUCUUAAAGAGACAUGAGACCAUAACCCCCCAAACCAACUUUUAAUUAUCUAUUUUUUUGACAUCAAACAUUGGCAAGAUGACGUCGGUUAUCGUCGUAAAUUUUGGAAUCUUUUAAAUUUUCGGUUUAUCGCCCAGCCCUAAUAUCAGAUUAAUAUCAAUAUCAACCAAUACGGAAGGCUACAAUAUCGGUAUCGUAUCAGAAGUAAAAAAGUUGUAUCGGGACACCCCUAGCUCCAGUCAAAUGAUGGUUUGUUGCUUGGAAGGUUACUCCACUCUAGUGUCUGCCCUGUGAUGUGAAUACCAACACAAAGCCCAUUUUCAAACAGCAAAAAUGGUGCAUCAUAUACUUAAAAUUCUAUAGUGUACUCCCAAAAGCAAAGGAGGCAGUAUUAUAAUGUAUUCUGCAAACCUCUCACUGAUGAGUCGUCCUCUCAGUCCUGCUUUAUUAACUCUGAAACGUUAAUAAAUGGUCCAGCAGAAGUCCUUAUGCAGUUUUAAUGGUAAUACAAUUGGUUCUCGUGUAUCGUGCGAGCCGUGGCAUUGAUUUUAAGCUCCUCCGUAAGACUGAAUUCAUAAAUCUCCGGUCUGUAUGUGUAAUUACAGAUAAAAUUUUAUCGUUUUAUAAUGGAGCCAAUGAGGCAAAGAAAGAGAUGUAAGAUUAAAUGACUAAACCAACCCCCACAUCGCCCAGAGUCUGAAUACACGCUCGUGUAAACCAGAACCUUUACAUAAUGCCCAUUGAUACAUAUUUUCUUCCCUUUCCCCAGCUUGAAUCCACAUUUGAUAUUUGACGGCUCUGUCAUGUUUUCAGCCCAGGGCCUCUUGUCAUUUGUCACAGCAGUCAUUUAUCUGGAUUUCUCACGGUUUCUUGUUUGUUGUUACCCUCUGGCGAAUAGAGAAAAAGAAUGUUCCACUAUAAAAUAGCUUCACGCCGAACACAUUUCUGCUGCUUGUUUAGAAAAUUGUGAGGCAGAGAAUGCUUCUCCGUGCCCUCAAAACAUCAGACUUGAGAUAAAGAGAGGAGAAAGACUGGGACUGGGACUGGGAAUCGUAUCUUCACGAUCUGUGGAGAUCACUUACACGAUGAGGAGCGGACCAAGGCGAGGAGAGAUUAGCGGGACUGGUUGUCUCCCCGGGCGUUUGAGAUAAGAUUGUCACACAGGAGGCGAAUAUCAGAUACAAACCUUCAUUUCUCAUCUGUGAUUUCAUGUGCUCAGUCUGAGAGUGACUGAGUGAUCAGAUAGCAGACUUCAGAGCACCCCGGGCUUGUGAAUAUGAUCUCAGUGGUUGCUUUUGUUUCGUUUUCAAAUAUUCAAACCGCUCAGUGUUGGGUCUUCAUGUGGGUUUAACAUCUUCAGAAUCCUCUGAUGGUGAAAACAUGAUAGUAGUGCAUUUUUGAACACUUAUGUAAGGUGCAGACGUUGAAGACUUACAAUAAUAUGGUUCUUAUUCCCUUUGACUGACGAAAACCUCUCUUACAUGUUAUCAGACAGGGAGGUGAAACAUAUAUAGAAUUAGCUGUUUAAUGUUUUUUAUACUCUUGACUUUUCUUUAGCACCAACAUGAUGCUGGUUUUGAUUGUUGUAACAUGAGAUUUGACCACAAAAAUACUAAAAACUCUUAGCAUCCAGUUUUCUGCAUGCUUGUUCUUCUUAAGAAUAUUCCCAUCAUGCUUUUAUUUUGAAAUCUGAACGUGUAAGCUGUUUGCAGUGAGCUUUAAAGUUCUUGGACUGUUCUUCAUAGAGAUGCUACGUCUAGCUUACAAGCGGCUAAGAUACAGGAUAUUACUGUAUGUUUAUUUUAAAGGGAUAUUCCAGAAUUAUUAACACAGAGUUGGACACCCCCUCAAGAGAUGAAUGUUGCUGACCGCUUGCUUCUCUAGUUAUACCAACUUUAUAAUCAUAUUUUAUCAUUUCCUUGAAGUAUUGAUCAUCAUAUUAAUCAUUUUGCACUGCAGACGCGGUAGUUCUUCUGUCUUAGCGUCUCAGUCUGAUCGCAUUUAUAUAAAGAAAUGAUCAUAAAUGUUCUUCCUUGAGCUGCGUCACCCCGCUGUAGUCCCUAAUGGAUUGGCCGAGGUCCCAAACAAGUGGCUGCUGGAAGAGAGUAGGUGAGUUGUGUUUAGUCUCUUUGCUAAAGAAAUAAGUCAAAGUUUAAAAAGAUGUUUAAUGGCUAGUGCUAUGGCUAGGACCCUAUAUGUACUGUUGAUGAAGUUAGGUGCUGAUCUGAGCAUUAUUUGGCGUUUUGGUUGAGGUUUGUCUGGAUUAUCCCUUUAAGCAGAAACUUGCAAAGGUGGUUUUAGUUGAUACCAGUCACUUACUGGAACAAGCUUAAUCAGGCUGUGAAGUGGAGGAGUUAAAAUUGGUCCUAUUUGUGUUUCCUCGCCUUUUACAGCCAGCCUCAAGUGGACUCUUGAACAUCCACUGUGUUUUCCACUUCCUGAUUGGUUUCAUUUUUCAACACCAGAGGUUUCGGCUUGAUUCUGACUCUGGCUUUCAGCUCAAAGAACAUUUUUUCCCAGGAACAGCCUCACAGAGGCAGUAGACUCUCAGACUUGUUUGUUGUUGGGCCGCACAUUGAAUACAAACCCGACUAAUUACUUCUCCCCCAACCUCCCCUUGCCUCAGCUUCAGAAAAUCCCGUCCCUGACAAACACGGCAACAAUAUGAGUUGUCUCUCCUGCGAAUGCAAAGUACCCAGGGCUGAAUGAAAGCAUUAAUUAGCCUCUUUUUGAUUAUCAAAUAGCAGGAUGUCUCUGUGAAUGCCAUUCCCUGUAAACAACUUCUCCCCUCAAGCAAAGUGGAGGGUAAUUAAACCCAAAGAAACUGUAACAGUACAGGAACGGUUGGCUCUUACAUAAAAUCUGCUCCGUCUGUCUUCUUGGCCAUCGAGGUAAAAAUCUGGCGUCUAAAACAAAAAUAUUUGCCUGUAUUAGUUUUGUUUGUUGACCACCUUUAAGAGUCCCAAUCUUUCCUCCGCAGAAUGGAUUAGUUGCUAUGUGAUUACAUGGCUUACACAAGUAAACAAACUAUCCGAUUCAUUAGCGAGGUAUCAAUUCGGAUAAAAAGUCUGACAAACAACGGCGGCCCUGGAAUGAAACAGCUCCAGCAAAAGCAAACCUACUAUUUCAACUCUGAGUACUUGAGUUUUGGAUGUUUUCCAAGCUGAGCCGUUCGCUGAAAAGGGACCUCUUCACCAACACCCACAAUCAGUAUUCAAGCUCCCCCGCACUGGCCUCUGUUUCAACUCUGCUGCUGAUUGGCAGCACAGACCAGCCUCACGUUAGCUUCACCUCUGCACGCUCAGGGCAGGGUUUUUCUCCUGGGCAGGAAAGUUGACUGAGAGCCGACACUUAUGAGGAGAAAUCUGUGCUUUUUCACUUGAAGGUGAAUCUGAUAAGUACACCUACGGUUGCAGGGAGAUUUUUAAAGGAGUGCAUGAACUGUUGUUUGCAAAAUUUAAGAAUCAAAAUCUCUUGAUAUUGACGGGUGCAUGGGCUGAUAUACAAACUAACACACAUACUGAACCUUCUAAAUUUUGGAGAACCUCUCAAAGGGAUAUUCCAGCGUAAAAUUUAUUUAGGGUCAAACACACCAUAACACCGAGUUAGAAGCCCCGUCGAGAGAUGAAUGUUGCCGACCGCUUACUUCUCUAGUUAUAUCAACUUUAGUAACGACCGCAGGAUAGCAAUACAGAGAGCCACGAGCUCAACCAAAACGCCACUUUACAGCCACAAAUAAUACUCAGAACAGCACCUAACUUCAUCAACAGUACAUAUAGGGUCCCAGCCAUAGUACUAGACACCAAACAUCUUAUUAACUUUGACUCAUUUCUUUAGCAAAGGGACUAAACACAACUCACCUACUCUCUUCCAGCAGCCGCUUGUUUGUUGUGGCGAGACCUCAGGCCAGUCCAUUACGAACUGCUGCGGGGUGCCGCAGCUCAAGGAAGAACAUCUAUGAUAAUUUCUUUAUCAUUUCCUUGAAGUAAUAAUCAUCAUAUUAAUCAAUUUACUCUGCAGACAUUGUAGUUCUGCUUUAGUGUCUCAGUCUGAUUGCAUUUCCAUGAAGAAAUUAUCAUAAAUGUUUCCGUGUCAUGGUUAUCCUGAAGACUUCAAAAUCAGACAACUAGAGAGGACAGAUGGUUUGAAAGUCUUUACCAGUCUGGAGAAACCCUCUCUGAACAGAAGAGGUGGACUAACCUCUCCAACACUUACAGUGCAGUUCUUAGCUCUCUCCCCAGGAAGCUCCACAAACAUUCACACCUGGGACAAUGUGUCCACAACACCUCACAUGGAAGGGGUAGGUAACGACCCACUCAGGUUAACGACCUCGGGAUCAUUACCCGGACAUGGGUGUCUACAACCCAUUCAUUCCAGCUCCUCCCAGUCGUUGUUUUUCCCUUCUCCAGUAAGAUAAAUACCUGCUCCCCUCACUAGCUAUUUUAGAACUGAAGAAGCUUCUUGGAUUAGAGGUGAAACAUCUUUGAGGUGAUCAUAAAUGUUCUUCCUUGAGCUGCGUCACCCCGCUGUUGUCCGCAAUGGACUGGCCUGAGGUCUCGCUACAAACAAGCGGCUGCUGGAAGAGAGUAGGUGAGUUGUGUUUAGUCUCUUUGCUAAAGAAAUUAGUCAAAGUUCAAAAGAUGUUUGUUGGCUAGUACUAUGGCUAGGACCCUAUAUGUACUGUUGAUGAAGUUAGGUGCUGUUCUGAGCAUUAUUUGUGGCGUUUUGGUUGAGGUUUGUUUAUGGCUCCUCAGACUGCUGUGUUACUAAAGUUGGUAUAACUAGAGAAGUAAGUGAUCGUCAACAUUCAUCUCUUGAGGGGGUGUCUAACUCUGUGUUACGGUGUGUUUGACCCUAAUUAAAUUUUACGCCGGAAUAUCCCUUUAAAACCUUCAGCAUCUACAUUCACUCCAUGUUAUAAAAUCUCUUCCUCCUCCAUCAUUCUUGGAAUAAAUCUAAACUUGAAUUCAAGUCCAGUCUGCAGCGCUGUCACACAUUCAUCUCACCUCCUCUUCCUCUUCCUCUCCUUCCUCCCUCCUGUGCCCUCCAGGUGACUGGAACCAUGGGCAGCAUGAAGAGCGGCCUGCAGAUGCACCUCGCAAGGCUGGACGAGAUCUUCGCCACGCGGGGCGACUACGUGCAGACCCUGCAGUUCAUGCAGCAGAUGGCGGACAACGUGAUCAAGCAGCUGCUGGGGCUGCCCGACUGGGAGGACGCUAAAGUGGACCUGGCAGCCAUUGCUGAUCAAACGGCGCACGUCGAGUACUACAGGUGAGGAAGUCAACAUGAGUCACUCCUGUAAUAGCUGGAAUUACAAACAGAUUUGAGUUUCGAGUUUAACACGGAGAGAGAGAAAAACAAAAUUGGAGCUGGAUUAAAGCUGAGGAGGCAGAAUUUGGGAUUUUCUUCAAAACUCAAAAGGUUGUUUGCCGUUGCCAUGGAUAUUUCCAAGGGUAUAAAGCGCCCACAGUUACGUGGGAGGCGAAAUGUACACAAGCAUUUUUAAAUGCAAAUCAGUCAGGAACAUUAUUAUAAGCACGGUUAUUUAUAACACGGGAACAAGAUGUAUCUCCAUACAAAGCUUCGUGGAUCGUGUCGUUUUGGCGGCAGGAGUCUUCGCCUCAGGACAGACGCACGCUGAUGUAUUUGAACGGUACAAAUUAAAGUUUAAGAAAGACAUUCUCCGUUCAGAUAAGCGUGAGUAAUCCUUUUGUAGUACGUCUCUUCUGUGGAAACUGUCAGCCGAACAUGCAGAUGAGCGGGUAAUUCGUGUGCGGAUAGCUACAUUUGCACAUAAUGACCUGAAUAAAUCACAUGAUGUUUAAAGGGAUGGGAUGAAGUAACGUGGCUGCAUGUGUUCAUCAUCCACUUGUGUUAACAGAAAAGAGAACUAUCCCGUUAAAUCAUCAGCAAUUAUUGCAUCAGCUCUGAAAACAACAGCUUUAACGACUACAGUAUGUUCAGACUUAUUACCUGUCUCAUUACCAUUAAACUCUGAGAGGCUCCGAGUCAUUUUCCCGUCCUUGUGUGCGGCUGAUGAGUCUCCUCUCAGAGUCUGCGGUAAGUGACAGGCUGGUGUGUUCGUAUUGAUCGGUAAUGUGACUCCUCUUUUCUGCCGAUAAUUCAAUACCUCAUAGCUCAGAACUAAUGAAGUGGGCAGAAAGACAGCAGACAGCCAGACACUGAAAGCUGUUAAUGGACUGGUUAUCGCUCGUCGCCCUCCAAUGAGUAGUUUGUGAAGAGUGUGUGUGAGAGAGAGAGAGGGCUUGGGCGUGUUUUUGAUUCAACUCGGCAAAGUCCGAGUGCGGCUCUCUGUAGAAAAUCAACUUUUCCUCAAACACAGACAUUAAUUUGUCGUCUGAUUAUGAUUCAUCGUUCAUUUCAGAGAUGACAGAAGGCUGAAAUUGACUGUUUUGACAGCUCGUCUCUUAAGUAGUCCUCCAGCGGCGUCGAAGUCCCGUAUGUACACAAAGAUGUAAGCUCGGCGCGUUUCAUUUUUCAUAGCAUAUCAUAAAUACGGCAAUAUAUGAGCUGUGCGAUGUUAACAAGAAGGUUCGGGGACGCCAUAAAUGGAGCCUGUUAAAACAUUCAUGUGCAGGUACUUUGGCUGAGCAGCUCUGAGAACAAAAGCAGAGCGUCUUGGAUGAUCACUUAGCUACACGUGUAAGAGUCAGGAGGGAGCGAAGAGGAGGAGGGUUUACGAUUUUCAGAGGACGUUUUUUCUCCACAGAUUGAUGUCAGAAAGUCUUCACAUUAUUCAACCUUCUUCAUCGACAUUUAGGAUUUUGGAUUUUGACUCCAUUCUUAUAUUUUUGACUUUGCUCUCAAAGUGUUUAGUGAAACAGUUUAUUUCUGGUCUCACAGUCUGAGUGGAUUUUACAGUAAGUAAAAUGUUUGGAUCACUCCUGUCCUCUGUCCACUCUGGUUAUUUCUUUAAAUCUUUGAUCGGUGUUGACGCUGACUGCCUCUCAUGAUGUGUCACGCUUUUGUCCAAGGUUCAAAUCCUGAAUGAGCCCCCUAUUUGUCGCGACACAAAAAAAGGGGGAGGACAGGGUCAACUCGAGGGUGACCAUAUUCUGAUUCCCAAAAAGAGGACAUGACUACACAGGAGCGGACUCACAGAGUUGCACGAAGUUAAUUUUGAGACUUUCUAGCGAAACUAACUUACUGAGAUAGUUUCACUUCUAACUCAGUAAGUCCACGUGACAAAAACUCAAAACUUACGUACAAAACUGUGAACGAUUUUAUAAAUUUAUCCAGUUAAAAGAGGACGUAUAGUCACCCUAGUCAACUCAAACUAUAAUAUUUCAAUACAAAACUAAUAUUUUAUCAACAAAAGGAAUGAAGUGUGUGCCUCAGUUGAUCAGCGUGUCUGUUGUUGGUUAAGUAAUAAAUGUAUUUGUGCAGCAUGUCCUCAAGUGUAAAACCAAAGUCCAAAGGAGGCUAAAGCCAACCAAACUAAACCCUGUUGCCGUGAGAAUGAGAGAGAGAGAGAGAGAGAGAGAGGGCCAGGAACUCCCAAGUUCAGCUACCAGCAGCCUGCGAAAGGAACAAGAAAAACCAGGAAAAGGAACCAACAACAAGUCCCGACUAGACCUUCGGAUCGCCACAAUUUCAGCGUUUGAGGUCGAAGUAGUUCAGUCCCAACUACUGGUUUCAACAUUUUCGGCUCGAUAUUCAGUCAAAGACUAAAAGAACAGCCUCCAGAGGACCUCUGCAAAGACAUAACCACACUUUAGUCAUAAAUUUGAUAUUUACUGUGGCAGUCUGCCAACGUUUGCAUUUCCUGACACUUCGCUUCAACUGAAGAAAAACUGCUUUAGAGUUUUAACUUGUCCAUCAAAAAGAGAGGAGGUGAAAAUCUCUUUACUUCUUUUCUGCAGGAGUUUGGUUUAAUACUGUAGGAGCCAUUUAAUUACUGCUUUUCAUAGACAAAGAUGACCUUUGACCUCUGCUUAAACUGGGUUAAAUAAAGCAUCCCUGCAAUUACAGUUAUCAUGCUUUGAAACUGAAGCGAGCCCAUUAGCAGCUGCUGUCUGCGAUCACACGUUCGAGCUUCUUUAAGACACGGACUUUUCUAUUAUAGAUAAAUCUCCUCGCCACAUCUCCACGUGUCUCUAUUCCGCACCCAGUUUGACUCUAAUUGGAUUAAGAUAACACAGACAAACAUGGUGGCAGUGUCACCCCAGAGCCUCCGUGUGCAUGUUGAUGUCGCUGCUUCUUGUGCCGGCGCCCGCAAAGAUGGGGGGAAAAGAUGAAACGAGGAAGACACGGCAGGGAGGGAGAGAGAGGAGGGCAAAAGAGGGCUGAAGGCAAAGAGACCGGGGGGAGGGAGAUUAAAGAGGGAGAGAAAGCAGGGGAGGACAAAAAGACAGAUAAAUGAGGGGAAAAAAGAUGAGCAAAGAAAUAAUUCAAAACCAAAGAUGACAAAGAGAGCGACUUGUACGAGAUAAAAAUCAAUAUUUCUCUGCGGAAAGGUGAUAAAACUGGUCCAAUCUCAUUUUUUCCACCACAGAAAACAUUCAGCCAUAUGGGUUCGAGUCCAUUCAUUUCAAACCAUCUGGACAGGCUUCCUUUGUCCAAAGACUGACCACCACUCAAAUAACAGAUGGACACCCUGAACAAGGCCGGACAGGACAGGAGUGUACCCUCCAGCCGCAGACACACACACACACACACAGCGAUGACUGCUAUUUAGUUUAGAGGUGAAAAGAAGUGGGACUCUGGCUGACCUCAACAUUGUUCUCCAAAGAUCUUGACUCCAGCUUUCUUUAUUUUCCAUUACUUGUAAGACUGCGCUCAGUUUUGAAACUCGCUCUUUGUUAAAUAUAAUCCUGUCAAGGUUUGUUUUCACAUGUCCCGUAGCUUUAAAGGUUACAGGGCUGAAAGUUUCCAACCAGACCUCUCAGAAAGUUUGUCACUGAUUUGAACAAAGACGCUGACAAUAUUAGGAUUUAUAAUCUCUGAGCACCAGCUCUUAAUUUCCCCGGCUAAACCCACAGCAGGUUUCACUGGGAUUAGCUAGCUAGUGAAUAAGAAUAGCAUGAACUAGCCUAAUAAGCUAACGUCAGUAGAUUUAAUUUGAGCUUUAGCUGCAGCAUGCCAAAUGGUCAAUCUGUAUCAGUUGCAAAUAAUAAAUAUAAUCAUGUAUGACCCGAUAAGAAACUUUCACGAAUCAAGUUACUUUAAUAACGUAAAUAUUUGCAAUUAAAGCUCCAGUAAGGAGUUUCUUAUCAGUUAUCUAGCAGGUUGAAACUAAAAAUAAUAGAUUUUUAUGACUUACAUAAACAAAUUAGCCUGUUUGUGACGAUACAGACUUUUUAUUUAUUCAGUUAUUUUUGAUGCUGUAACUGCUGCCGCUGGUUAGGUGUCAGACCAGAUGGCUAACGGUGAGCUAAGAUUCUCAUUGAGUGAAAUAAAAGUGGUAAUUUUGUCCAAAAACAAGACCAACACAUGUAAAUGUCAAAAUUAGGAAAGAGAGUAGAUAUACAGUUUUGUCCAUAGGGGGCACUAGAGUCGAUUUAAAAGCUUAAAGCUCCACUUGCCACAAAAUUCAACUAAGUUUGAGCACAAACAGGAAGUUAACUGGACACUUAAAAUGUUUGUAUGGAAUUAUUAAAGUAUUAAACUUAAAUUUAGAAGAAUAGAGAACUUUGACUCACUUAGCUAAUGCUAACGCUCUAACUCCUUUGUAAAGGACAAAAGGCGAUAAAAAUGACCUGUUCAACAAAAACUCUGCUGUCUUGGAGUCUGUUUUCAGGCCCAAAUCCUAGUGGAACUUUCUCCACCGCUGGAAGUUUAUCCGAGUUAGAUUCCUCGCUUGGACACAUUUCCUCUUCAACUCCGCCCUUUCUUCUGUGGGCUUGCGUUUUCUUCGCACUUUUGGUGAUGUGGGGCAAGCAGAAGUGUUUUAUUUGUGACCUUCUCCACCACAGCUCCUGUAGCUAAGCUUCUACGCUACUUUUAGCCGGAAGAAAGCAGGGAGAGUGGGAGGGGAUGCGUCGGAACUACAGGAGAGGGGUGUGUCAAAUACAGCAAGGUGGUUGGAUGGAGAGGCGGAGCAAGAGAUUGACCAAUAGGAGCUGUCCGGGACGGAUGGCUCCCAUUGGUCAAUGUUUUUGCAGCCCUGCACCUGCUAGAGUGAACAGAUUUUUUCCAUUCUUUUUCUCUUCAACUUUGUAGAGAUCACACUAUAGGACCAUGAUUGCCAUAGAAACGAGGUUCAUAAUAAUUACCAAUCUCUCCAAUCGUCAACCAUGCCUUUAAGUGAGUGUGAUGAAACAGAAAAGCUAACAUAUAUAACCUCCUCAAGGAUAAGGGUGUUCAUAUUUACCACUAAUCAGGUCUGUAGGUGGCUACUACAGUGAUGCUCGCACAGACCAGGGCGUCUGUCAUCUACCUGAAGAAACUACAAACUACGAGAUAACCAAAAUCUCCUGUUUUACCCACGAGACAUCCACCUGCAGCUGACAAUUAUCUGUGUCUGUGUGUUUCCGCAGGUGGCUCAUGUACCUGCUGCUCCUCAUCGUGGACCUGAUCAUCUGCCUGCUGGCCUGUCUGGGUCUGGCCAAGCAGUCUCGCUGGCUGCUCACCACGUGAGUCUAAUAUUCCCUCCAACACUCGAAUAAUCCCACAAAUAGGAGCCGUGUGUUUACAGAGAGGAGAGGCAGCCUGUUCUAUUUUUGAGGGAUUUCUGUUUUAUCCCGAGCAGCAGAAGGAGAGACUGGGAGUGAAAAGCCAGGGGGCAGAAUAUGUGAGGGGAGAUUAGCAGACUGAGUAAACGGCAUCUAAGUGGGAGACAUCAUCAAAACAAGAUGCAUUCAUUAUGUUUUAGGCCGAGCAGCUGCUGCAGAUGUUACAACAAAGAACUGGCUGUCCUCCAAUCAAACAGAACUUUAUUGCUUAUACAUUCCUCAUACGUUCAUAUUUGCUUCACUCUGUCACGGAUGUAUUUACUCACCCGGAGUCGGCGUGGAAAAAACACUUUGAAGCGAGUGGCUGCAAAUCUUCAAGUUUGUACUUUCUGCUGUGGCAGACGAAUCCAAAUCUUUUCAUGCAUGAACCUUUUAUUUUUCCAUACAGUUAACAGCAAAAAUCAUCCAUUUCACCGCCCGAUAAUAUGAAUAAGUAUGAGUGGGUAUAGGCAGAGAGUGCUUGAGGCAGGGUUUGCUUCUCUUCCCAUGGGAAAUUGCCUGUGAACAAGUCCUUGUACAAACACUGCCCGGCUAGCCCUUGUUGUAUUUCACCAUUUGCUCACAGCGAUGCCAGCGGUGGGCCUGAACUCGCUCCCAGUGUUGCCGUCUCAGUGGCUUCGCUCUGCAAAUUGGAUUGGAGAGCCGUGGAGAGAUGGGAGCGAAGACAUUUGAUGUUAUCUGCGAUAUAACUUCCUGAAGAUUGUGAUUCCAGUUUAACACUUGACCUGCUUUGAGCCGCCUCGGACAUGAAUUACCCCCCCGAUAACGGACACAAUGUCCUGCCUCUAUGGACCUUUGUGAAGCAGGUCAUUCAUUAUUUAGCUUUGAGUUUUAAGGUCUUUUUUUAGGAUCGAUGUUUUAUUGAUUUGACCUUCUUUAAAUAACUAAAAAAGCAAGAUAACCAAGAACGUAAAAGCACAUGAAAGGAAGGUUAAAACUUGGACAAGUUUAUUGUUUGAAUUUCUACACAAAGAGACUCUGUGUUUACUUAAACAGAGACCACAACCUCAGUUUUACAUCAUACAGUAAAGGGGAAACACUUUAGAUGAGGAAAACACAGAAACGUUUACAGUCUUUACAGUAGUAUGAGACCAAUAGGACCAUAGUAGGUGGGAGAUUACUACUUUUAUUAAAGUAAAUAUAUCAGAGUUUUUGUACUCUAAAAAUGUAAAAUUUUUAAAUUUUUAUAAGAGGUGGGCAUUUAGCUAUUUUAAAACCAUUUAAAGCCUGUAAUUAACUGAAAAUAUCACAGUGAAACAUAUCAAAUAAUAACAAUCAAAUGAGACAGGAGCAUUUUACCAUUAGGGGUCAAAGGAGACCAGUUUCUGAGGUUUAGGGUGGUGAAAUGUUGUUCUUGAUACAGGAUUUCAGUUUCACUAAAGUUCAGAGUCACAUUUGUUGUAUUUUUGGUUUUUGGUGCACCAAAUGGAUUACAGGCCGGUUUAGCACCUGGACUCUUCUACUACUAAGCCUCACUGUUGCUCCAAAACCUGUAUUGGUGUCCACCCAGAAAGGUAAACUAGCGUUACUAUAGACGCUCAAAUAUCCCAACACCAUCAUGGAUGCUGGCUUUAAAAAUGUUAUCUUACAGCAAACUGGGGCGAAAAGAGAAUGUAGCAUCCAUGAUUUCCAAAGAAAAUGUCAAAUUUUGAUACGUCACCUUAACUCGGCAUGUCCCAGAAAAGUCAGUUUCUUUUUGCAAGGUUUGAAAAGUUAUAAAUGAACAGAUAUUUUGACUCUUAAAGGCAGGAUCUGAGGAAGCACUAGUUUUUGGGAGAAAUCUUGAUUGUUUGUAAACUCUACCCCUCCAAACCAGUUUUCCCCUCAGCUCCUCCUCUCCCCUCCCUCUCUGCUCCAGCAAGCCCCGCCCACACACAGACGCUCCUGCUCGCUCGUAUCGUUCCAAUUAUUCAACAGUUCAAACAAUUUUCUGUACUUUCUGGUUGGUUUUCUACCGUCCGAUAUUGUAGCAUGCUAACUUUGUUUGUUUACAGUCGGAAAGAGCGGGCCGCUCAAAGAAUGUAAAAUGUUGACUACGCAGACAUAAUAAAACAACGCAAUAUCAUUAUAUUACCAAAUGUCAUCAAUAACUAAUAACUAUUGACUGAUAUUAACAGCUUUUUUGUAUAUACACAACAAAAAAAAGAUGCUUCUUUAAUGGAAUCCUGCCUACCCCACCUUUAAGUCAAAAUGCAGACUAAAAGUUUUAUAUUGCUUAAACAAUUUUUUUAUUGUUAUUGUUAGUCGUCAUCUCGCCGAUUUAUGUCUGAUCGUCUUCUUGGAUGUUUGAUGCUAAACUCCGGGUAAAGUACCGUGAUCGACCUCUCUGAGGAGCUGUCAAUCAAAAAGAAGAGCGGCGUAAACCUAACGAAAAGUUUCUGUCUCGACACAGAGGGCUGUUAUGCUGCAGAUUUUAUGUUGAGGGGCUUUUGCUUUUAAACCUGUUCGUUAAACGGGGUCCUGUUUUAGCUGAAGGGGCACGACUUCAGUACUCUGGCUGCAAAUGAGCAAUUUUGAUGAGUGUGUGGGCGCGUGUUUUGACAACAGGAAGAGGUGGAGAUGUGUCAUCCGUCUUCAUAUCCAUUCAGCGGUGCACAUCAGCAAAAAUAACCGUAAUUAUACUGUAUAUUCACAUGAUGUUCAGUCUCCUUACAGUACAUUUGGGUUAAGUUCACCCGUCUCCUCUUGACUGUGAUGAUUUAUUAUUUCUCCGUUUCUUCCUCCGUUCACGUCUCGUCCAAUCAGUCAGUUUAGGGUGUGCGCUGCAUUAAAGUCGCCCUACUAACCACAACAACCCCCUCACCCCUCUUCCCUCUCUCUCCCUCCCUUCUUUCCUCACCCUCCUGCGACACUACUCACACAAGAUGAGUCAGUGUCAAGAGUGUCUGCGCUCCUCCAGCCGAGUGGAAGUGGUUGAAGGCUUUUGGGAGCGGAUCACACUCUGGGGGCCUUCCGACUCUCUCCGGUGUUUAUAACCAGCCUGCUGUGAGUUAGCAUGACACGCGGUAACAGCCUAGACAGGAAGAUACGCCCACAAGUGAGGCGAGGAGGAGAGGCAUGCAUAGACCUCGCUGUCAGCUGUUUUAUUCUGAUUUCUCUUUGCUUUGCCUGCGCUGAUCCUUUUUGUCAGUUUGUUUAUGCUCUGAAUGCUGUAAACUCCCCACGCCGCUCUGAUUUAUCGGGGUGGCAGCUAUCUCAGACGCCGAUGUUUGAAUACACGAAAGCUUCAUACGGUUUCUCAAAGUCGGCUGAAUGGUGAAGUGUUAUGAAAGCGUGGCAAAUGAAGGUAAAAUACUAAACCAGCUUCCUCAGUGAACUUAUAACCCAAAUGGAAAUCAGAGCCGUUUAAAAGUGUUCAAACUGUCUGUUGACUGUAGGUAAAGUUUUUUUUUAAACCAAAAGUGAAGAAAAAAUGUCAUGAGGCGAAACUGCGGAGACACUUAAAGAGGCAAAAAAAAUUAGCUAUUUGUAAAUCAACUGAAAACACGUUAACAUGAAUUCACAGUUUCACUGUUUUUAAAUAAGUUUAAUCAGCUAGGAACACAUUUAAAGCAAUGUGGCUACAGCUUCAGGGCCUGUGUCCACUCACAGCAUUUUAUUUAUACUGUUAGUGUCCACAACCUUAAAGGGAUAUUCCGGCGUACAAUUAAUUUAGGGUCAAACACACCGAAGCACCGAGUUAGACACCCCCUGGAGAGAUGAAUGUUGCUGAUCGCUUGCUUCUCUAGUUAUACCAACUUUAGUAACGACCGCAGGAUAGCAAUACACAGCAGUCUGAGGAGCCAUAAACAAACCUCAACCAAAACGCCACUCUAUAGCCACAAAUAAUGAUCAGAACAGCACCUAACUUCAUCAACAGGACAUAUAGGGUCCCAGCCAUAGUACUAGCCACCAAAUAUAUUUUAACUUUCCCUUAAUCCUUUAGCAAAGAGACUAAACACAACUCACCUACUCUCUUCCUGCAGCCGCUUGUUUAUAGAAAGACCUCGGGCCAGUCCAUUACAGACUACAGCGGGUGACGCAGCUCAAGGAAGAACAUUUAUGAUCAUUUCUUUAUCAUUUGCCUGAAGUAAUAAUCAUCAUAUUUAUCAUUUUGAACUGCAGACGCUGUAGUUCUUCUGACUUAGCAUCUCGGUCUGAUUGUAUUUCCAUGAAGAAAUUAUCCUAAAUUAUCCAGUGUGUUUGACCCUAAAUUAAUUUUACACCAGAAUACCCCUUUAAUUUUAAAGCACUUCUCACUGGUUCUUACAGUUGCUAGGUAACAAAUGUUGUCCUCCGGCAUUUUCCUCUAUCUUUUUACUGAUGGUUAUGACUGUUUUAAAAUGCUCUGCAGUCUUCUUUUUUAAUGCCGUUUUCGAAACAGAUACCAGAUGUCCGUCCCAUCUUGAUUGCGAUGAAGACGUAACACUAACGAGUGCAGCUGUGUUUCAAACAUUGAGCUUUCUUCAGCUACACAGAUCUGCCAACACUGAUGGCGCAUUAGUGCUCAAAACACUGAUCACUGAAAAUGCUGAACUGUUUUGUAGAACAAUCAGCUGUUAGUGGAAACAGGCCCUUAAAGCUUUUACUGCCCUGACAUCCCGUGAUCGAAUCAAGCAGUUGAUCUGACCCUCAUUCGAUAAAUGAGCAUCUCAAAGCUCCGUGUCUCAUCUUACAGACAGGACUUUUCAAGCAUGAACAAAUCUACACAAUGAUGUGAUUUACAGAGAUUACAUCACAGUAGAAUUGGUUGUUUUUGGCGUAAACAAUCGUAUAAGCAAGACUGCGGCCCAUGAUUGUUCAUAUACAGUGAAACCUCUAGUUAUGAGAAUAUAGAUGGAUACGAAACUUGAUUAAGUUAAGUGAUAAUUAAUGGAUGAUAAUAAAAUUUUUGAAUCAAAAACUGGACUGUCAAAUAUUUGUAUUUAUGGUGUGCCACAAGGAAGCGUACACGGGCCUUUGUGGUUGUGCAAAUACACCGUUUAAAUGAGUGUACUGUACAAAUGUGUAUAAUAUGUAGGUAUUUAUACAGAUCUUUGUAGUUUAUACAAAUCAAUCAGCUCUUUGCUUCAUUCUGUUCCUUCUCAAACUGUUUAUUUUGACAUACAUGUGUUGUGUAAAUUUAUCUUUGACAUGUACAGUUGUUUGGUGAACAUAUGUAUGUUAUUUUGUUUGGUGUUUUCGUUUCUAGUUGUUUGAGAUAAAUAAAGAAGGAAGAAAGAAAGAAAGAAUUGCAGAAUCUAUCAAAUUUUGAGAAGACACAGUUCCUUAAAAAGGAUCUAAAUAUGGAUCUAAGCACUUUUUGUUCGACCUAAGAAGACAUAUCAGACUCCAAACCUUGUCUCUAUACUGUUUGUCAUUUCCUGUUUCUCAUCCCACCGGUCGCUUUUCAUUUCUGCAAUUUAAUACAGACAAAUGGCAGAAAAAAUAACCUUAAAAAAUGUGAUUUAUUGACUCAGCAGGAGCUGAAGGAAGCAGUCCGGUAGCCAAUCCACGUCAUGUCUGUGUGUUUGCAAAACCUCAGAGUCAGUUUCUUGUUCUUGGAUGGUUCAGCAAAAAAAACAGACUAAAGUUUGCAAUUAUCUCUCAUGAAUAAAAUCACUGCUGUCUUUAAGAAUAAAUUUUCUUUGUUACUGGGCAAGAUCAGAUCGAGAAAAUCAAGAGACAAGUUCAGUUAAGAAGCAAACCCAAGAGCCAAACGUCUCAUUAUUUCAGUCAAGUCUGUGUUUUCAGGGGAAUAAAUUCAACGCAGACACAAUCAAUCACUCGGAAAGUUAUUAUUUUCUGAGGAGCUCUAAUGUAGUUCACCUUCACAUUUCAGCCGUUUUUUUAAAGUGACAAUCACAAAGCAGGAAGCAUUACUCAGCCUUGAGGGAAUAAUAUGAGUGUUAUGAUGAGUUUCUUGGUUUUGGCAGCUUGUUCCUUUUUCUGUUUUUCUGCUCCGAGGAUCACAUCCCCUUUUAAUUUCUCUGUUAAUUUGAAACAAACAAACGCUUUAGUGGAGAUCUUUAAAAAGCAGGUAAAUGCGAAAGAGUCCAGAAACCCUUUUCCCUGCACUGACUUAAUCCAGAGUGACUCGGCUGCAUACUUUACCAGAGUCAUCUGCGCGGCUCAUCGGCCCCUGUAACUUUUUCACUUGAUUUGCUUUGUGUUACGUUUUCACCCGAUUCACUGCGACUCCUUUUAGCUCAGUGAAUCCCCUCUGCCCACCAGAGCACAAAACCAAACACAGUCUUAUUGGUUUGGAUGUGACCUGCUGGCACUGCAGAGGCCCCUGAAAGGGUUGCCAACUCACCCAGCUCACACAGUCCAAUAUCACACGCCCUGAAACCACAAACUGUCAGAGUGGCAUGACUUGGAAGACGCAAGCCAGUAGCUCUGGACUUUUUGGCUCGAGACCAAAGCAGUGUGUUUGUUUGUCUCUCACUGUAGCCUGCUAAUACUCUGGUUUGUCUUUGCUUUAUGUCUUUAAGUUGAGUGAUAUUGUCAAAUUAGAUACCAGGAGGUUUUGUGUGUGCCGGUAAAAUUUUACCACAAUGAUGGUCAAGACAAUGACGUGACAGUUUGUUGCAAAAGCCAAUAAGAGUUGGAUUUCUUGGCUUCCUGUGUUAUCUCAAAAAACCUAACACCUGUUAAUUUCCAAUCCAGUUUACUUUGUUUAUAUCACACAUUUAAAAAAACAAUCAAGUUGAGCAAAGUGCUGCACAGUGCAGUAAAAUAAUUACAAACACACAGAACUUAAAACGCUGUCGCAGAAUAAAGUAAAAUGAAAUAGAAGAAUUGUAAUGAAAACACUUUAAAAAAUAAAUAACAAAGAAAUACAAUUGAAUGAUAUAAAAGAGUCUUAAUAAAACCAAAUAAAAAAGCUCCAAAAAGAAAAUUAUAAAGAAAUAAAACAGGAUAAAAUAAAAAAGUCAUAAUAAAACCAAAUAAAGACACUUUGAAAAACAAAUAAUAAAGAUAUAGAUUUGAAUAAUAUUAAAGAGUCUUAAUAAAACAUCAUAAAAACACUUUAAAUAAUAAAUAAUAAAGAAAUAAAAUAAGAUAAAAGUCUUAAUAAAAUCACAUAAAAACACUUCAAAAAAUAAAUAAAAAAUAAAUAAAAUAGAAUAAAAUAAAAGAAUCAAUAAAAUCCCAUAAAAACACUUUAAAAAAUGAUAUAAAAAUAGAAUAAAGUAAAAACACUGUAAGAGCAAAUAAUAAAGAAAUAAAAGAACAGACACAGACAGACACCGCACAACUCUCAUGCUGGGUUAAAAGCCAAGGAGUUAAAAUAAAUUUUCAGGCGGGAUUCAAAAGCUGUUCAUUUUGGGGACAAUUAAGUAAAUCACAAGGUAACCUGUCAUUUUUGUAGGUUUUUACAGCUUUACUGUGUGACCUAUGAUUUACAGCUGUGUAUGUAUAUUUACAGUGAAGCUACGACUCUAGAAAACUGACAAGUCUGCUUUUUACCUGAUGGUGUGGGUGUUCCCAGUCCUUGCAUGUACAUAUGUGCUAUGAGCGUAUACAAAAAGCCAUGGCAGGUAGAGCAGCAGCAAAGGGGGUAGAGAACAGAGUCAGUAUCAGUGAUAACCAUAGACUGUAUUUAGAAUGGACGCCAUCUGCCUCCUCGCUGGGUGAGGCCUUCGUGAGAACAGCACCCUCUGGUGACGGGCUGCAGUAUAGGUCAUAAAUCCAGCAAAAUUAAUGGACAAACUUUAGAGACUAAUUACACAGAAUAUAGGACGUGGAGAAAACCUCGGAAAUACAGAGAGCUUUUCGGCUUCAAAUGCAUGUACUGACGGAAGGCAUAGCCAAGUUAUCCAUAGUAUCUACAGUCUGUUGAGAUUUAGAGAAACCUGCAGAGGAAUAUUCAGAGCUCUUGUUCAUAGUUUCGAGAUAGAUGCUUAGAUUGUGUGUGAAUGUAUGCAGACGAUACUGUGGAAAACAACUCUGAACCUGUCUGCAUCUGUUCUGCCUUGUGAUUUUAAAUCAAGACAAGGACUCGGUGAAGCCUUGCUCUCUUUGCUAUCUGUCUCGCUGUGAAGUGUCAGCGCUUGUGAGGGCUCUGCAUCUGAGAGAGGGAGGGAGGGAGAGAGGGAGGGAGACAGACUACCAGAGCAGAUAAAACUGGAAGCAGGAAGCAAGAUAGAGGAGAGAGAGGUGAAGGACUUGAGAGAGAGUGGGACUGAAAAGAAAAAACUGGAUCACAAAAGAUAAAGAACAAGUAGAGGCUUGUAAGUUCAAUGUUGGGAGUUCGGUAUCCUCUCAGCUCAUUGUGAAUAAAAUAACCGCCUGAAAGAUUGAGAGUGGUGAAAGACGACAUGCUGAAAAACGCCCGGACAUGCAAAUUCAAAUCAAACACAUGCUGUAAAAGGACGAUUGGAAAAGUGCCACAGCCGUCAAAUCAACGGGAGUUUAUUGGAUUUUCUGGACAGUGUUUCACCUAACAAGAGCCGCCGUUUGAUAGGACCAGAGUUCAUCUUUUAAUGGGUAUUGAUUUCCCUCUGUGUUGUUGUACACUAACAAAGAGGCACAGCACUCGCACCCCUGCGUGUCCACUAUCUCACCCAAAUCAUCCCAUUUACGCUCAUAUCUGAUGUCAUUACUGAUAUUAUGAGCUCAUCAGGGUGGGAGCAAACACUUAAACCAAACCACAUGUUUGUCCUCACGGGAGCAGAUAGCAGUCAUCCACCCGGGGGCCGUAAUCCGGAGCAGCGCCGCCCGGGAGAUGGUAUAUGCUCUGAUGCUCCUUCAUGAGGUCAUAAAGCCACAGGGCUGCAGCUGUGCAGGGCUGCGAAAUCAACUCUAGCAGAGAAAAAGCAUGACUCCUGACCUUUUCUGCAGAUGACGGAUCACUGAGAUCAGACACUUCAGUCUCUGGGAGCUGAGGCUGUAUCAUCUCUGUGUCGUAUCGCUCGUCGUUUUGAAAAAGCAGUUCUGGAAAUAACUCCAUCUGAGUUGCUUUUCUCCUUCUGUGGAACACCAGUAACCAAAUUCAUAAAACCCAUCUUUAGUUUUGAGAUUAUGAACAGUAUUAGUAAUGCAUUCUGUCCUGCUUUUCACAGUUUUCCUUCCUGAUGUUUAAACAUGUAUUCAGACUAAAAGCAACUGUAUGUAAUCGUCACUUAUACGAGUUGUGAGCGUGGGAUUUGAUUUGUGAAAAUCAGACGCAACUAUUUCUUGUUUCACUUCACUGAUGGACAUCAACUAUUACAGUGAGUCUCAGGCUCCGUUUAUACGUACCCGGUUAUUUUUCAAAACAGAGACGUUAACCAUCGUUUGCAACCUUCGUUUAGACGCAAACCGAGAAUUCGCCCCUGAAAAUGAUGCUUUUUAAAAACACCAGCCAGAGUUUUCAUGUCUGCAUGUAAACAGAGAAAAAAUUUGAUUUGGACAGCCGACGGCAGAUUGCAUGCAGGAAAGAAGGAAGUAUGGCUGCUGCGGGGUGACGCACGCGCACAUGCAUUGUCCGAUCAUACUCCGACUUUGCUGGUUACAUGGUGGAGAAAAUUGAAUUCCAAUCGCGUUAUUUGGGUGUCUUAAUUGGAGUUCACUGACUCCAAUCGAAGUUCUCAAACUCCGAUGACAGUCGGACUAAGGUGUUUACAUGCGUUUCAGUUAUCCAGUCUCAAUCAGAAAAAGGCAAUAAUUCGGUUUUCUUGAGUGUCACGUAAACAUACUGACUGUGAAUUAUCAGCUAAGCGGAGGCUGCACUCUGACUUACUACAGAGCUGUAAAAACAAAAAUGAAACAGAUCGACUAAACGUAAAUCUGUAGUGUUUAAUGCUAAAAGGGAAAUUAAAAUGUCACUUUUGAUGCAAUUUUUUAACUUUUAAAACAGUAGAAAUGAGACGAAUUAUGUGUCAGAUUAUUGGCCACAUCACCUGCUGCAGAUUUACACUUGAAAACUGACUGUCUUUGCUGCUGCUCUCCCUGCCUUGGGUUUUCAGUGGCACUGAUGUGGGCUCUCCCCUCCUCAGGUUUUAACAUUUCCAGGUAAGGACCUAGAAGGUUGGGGGCCUCCAAGAACAGAGCGAUACCAGGAAAUAAAACUGACUGCGUUAGUAUAAUUAGCAAUCUUUGACAGAAGUGGUCUUAGUUGGACUGAUUUUCAUAAAAACGUCGUGCGAACAUGGAAAUAUGAUCUGAAAGACAUUAUUACGCACAUAAAAGAGGGCUGGUACGUCUAAGUUCAGCAGGCCAACUGUUCCCAUUCAGUUCAAUUCAAUCCGAUGGCUUUAUUGGCAGGACUCGUGGAAAACUAUGUUGCCAAAGCACAUCUUGAUCUAGAAGUUGGACGAUUCAUUGACAAAAAAAACACACAUCAGCAACAUCGGGUUGAUGAAUACUGGAGCCAUCUCACCAGACUUUGAAUAAAGACUUUCUAUCUUGUUUACAUCUCUUUCCUUUGCAAGUCGAGACGAUAAACCCGAGUUAGCCUGCCAGUUUUCUAAUGAUGUGAUUUAUAAUCGAUUCAAAUUACUCUAAAAAAACGUACUCCGGAGUGGAGCGAGUGAAGCUCAUUAUCAAUCUUUGUGUUUGAAUUGAAAGGCUUUAAUUUAUGUGGAUAGAUGGCCGGCUUUAUGGAGCCAUCAUGGCUGCUGCGGCGUCAGUUAAUCUCCAUUUCCUGAUUGAUUAUUGUCGUUCUCUGACCCCGCUGUUGUUUCUUUGUGUCCCUGCAGGAUGAUGGUGUUCGGGGUGCUGACGCUGGUCCUGAGCUGGACGUCUCUGGGAGCUGACCUGGCCACUGCUGUGGUGAGCUGCUUGGCUUCUUCGCCUCUUUACUGACAGAUUUCCCCCCAACGAGAACCAAAGUAUAAACUGCUCUGUAAUCAGUUCUUGUCGCGCCUGUCAGUGGUGAUGAAUUACUCCAACUACACACACACUGCACUUGAAAAAUGUCUUGAUGAGGGGGUGAUUAUUCGCUGCUGCAUAUUUGCUAUUGUGCACUUACCUGCAUGAGGACAUUUAUGCAUAGAAAAAUGUGCAGUGUGCUGCAUUAUUUCAAAGUUGCAUUGAACCUUUCCCUUGAAGAUGUUUCGGUUAUUAUCUGUUAACCUUCAGAUGCAACAUUAACUCUGACAACAGACGCAUAUGAAGUCCCUCACAGGCGCCUUUAAAGUAAUAAUGAGACGAUUUCCUCAUGGAAAUGCAAUCAGACCCAGACACUAAGGCAGAAAAGCUACAGCGUCUGCCGUUCAAAAUGAUUAUUACUUCAAGGAAAUGAUAAAGACAUGAUCAUAAAUGUUCUUCCUUGAGCUGCGUCACCCCGCUGUAGUCUGUAAUGGACUGGCCUGAGGUCUUCGUACAAACAAGCGGCUGCUGGAAGAGAGUAGGUGAGUUGUGUUUAGUCUCUUUGCUAAAGAAAUUAGUCAAAGCUAAAAAAGAUGUUUGGUGGCUAGUGCUAUGGCUGGGAUCCUAUAUGUCCUGUUGAUGAAGUUAGGUGCUGUUCUGAGCAUUAUUUGUGGCUAUAGAGUGGCGUUUUGGUUGACGUUUGUUUAUGGCUCCUCAGACCGCUGUGUAUUACUAUCCUGCAGUCGUUACUAAAGUUGGUAAAACUAGAGAAGCAAGCGGUCAGCAACAUUCAUCUCUUGAGGGGGUGUCUCUGUGGUGUGACAGUUCUAUUCAACAGUUCGUUAAGUGAUAUCUGCCUUAUUUUUUGGCUCAUUAUUACUUUAAAAGUAACUUGGUUUUAAGAUGUGUUUGACCCUAAAUUAAUUUUACGCCGGAAUAUCCCUUUAAGCCUUUAAAGUGAAACACAAGGGCAUCAGUGUGCACUUGAUGAUUAUCUUGUCUAGCGCAGACAAGAAGAAAAACUACAAAUAAUAACUCCAGUGCAGAACAUAGUUGCCAAGUCUGCUUAUCAUAAGCAACUUUGGGUUCUGUUUUUCUCAGAAGUUGCUUGUAAAACUCGUGAGUCGGGGGUUCCGUUUUUUUGACUUGUUUUUAACUUGUAGUUAUUUAUUUGAGCUUGCUUUUCUGUCUGCGUGAAUCACCCCCGGUUAUCUCACAACUUCCAAACUAAAGCAUGAGUUCGUGGGUAGGUAAUUUGUCAGACCACCGUUUCCUGAAUUGCGCUCACUUGAGUACUCUGGGGGGUAUUUAAUUUAUCCAAAGUUGUAAUGUUAACUGUGUUUAUUAGAAUUUUGCCAUUGCUUAUGCAUAAUGUAAUGAUAAUUGUAUAUAUUUUCACCAUUAACAAGCGGCCCUUGGUUUACACAGUGUGGCGGGUUGCCUGUCUGGCAACUUAUUUUGGACUUGUUGGCUGCUUGUUUCUCUCAGCAGAUCUGGCAACACUGGUGCAGAACAAUUAAGUUGUAGCAAUGAGGUAAUUAACAUGUAAUUGCAGCUUAUAUCCAAAACUUAAUUAACCUGAGCCUUCAUUACAAUUAACUUGCAAGGUAAUAAGAUUGUGCACUCAAGAUAGAAGAUGGUUAUCUUGUGCAAACAUGAUGUGACUUCAUAAAGUUGGUAAACUUGAACACAGACCGGGUGCAAAAGAAAAAUAAAUUUGGAUCUAUGAGAAAAUAAAGGUAAACGUGCACAAGAGUUUAAAUUUGUGCACACAAGAUAAAUUACUUUAGUCACAAGAUGGUGCACAAAAUCAUUAACUUGUGCACCCUGUUAAUUAAGAUUAUCACCCUGCCUGCAUGAGAAAAUCUAGUUGUGUGAACUAAAUAAUUUGCUUUCGAUCACAAAUCAAUAAAUUGUGCACACAAGUAAUCUAAUUUGUAUCUAAAAGUCACAUACAGGUAUGCAAGAAAUUUAACUUAAGGCCAAAAGAUCAUCGACAUGUUUGAAGGAGUUGAUUUACAUACAUGUGCAAUAAAAAAACUAUUAAUUUGUGCGCAUAACCUAGUUAACAUGCACGCGUCAUGUAGGUAAUUUAAUUGAUUGCGCUUAACUUGCAUGCAUGCACAGGAUUAUUUUAUCUUACUUCUCACGCACAAGAUAACUAACUGCAUUAGAAAACCCAAAGGAUUAUUUUAUGUGGACGGGGUAAUUAACUCGAACACUCAAGAUAAUUAACUUGUGCAUAAAAGAUAAUUAACCUGAGUACGUCAGAUAAUUGCACACAGAAAAUAACAAACUGUUUUCCUACAAGAUAAUUAACUCCUGUGCCCACAAUAGUUAUCUGUAAUGUGAUUAUAUGGCGAUGCAUACAUAAAAGGAGAGUUAUUCAAAUAUGAAGAAUUUUCUGAUCUUUUUUCCCUGAUGCUGAAAUAGAUUAGAAAAUUCAGAAUCAGAAAACAGCAACAAAAGAACCGCAAACAUUUCCAGCGUUAUUAUUCAGUUUUGAAAACUCUCUUUAGUGCGAAGGCUCAUCAAGAAAAGAAACGCGGCUUUGAAGCUAAUCAUGGUUACGCAAUUUUUAAUGUUUUCCUUCAUUAUGUUCCCGCAUAAAAAAAGCCCAAAGAGUGUUAAAACGACCUCGAGUGUAACAAUUAGAGUGAGAUUGGAAAUAAAGAGAUACAUUAGAAAGAAAAGAUGUGCAGCGGUGUGUGUGUGUGAGCGUGUGUGUGACUCAUCAGCCUCAGGCGCGUGUGCUGUUUCUCUCAGGUUUGUUGUUUGAUGUUGUGUUUUGACUCGGGGCUGCGGAGGAUUGUUAGCAUGUGUGAAUUUAAGUUGGAGAUAAUUAGCAUCGGGUGGGAAGCAGCGGGAGGCGGGAUCAGUUACAAAAUAUUAGUCUCUGGUUUCAUCUCUUCUUUUCAUCUACGAGUUUAAAGCCCGCUUUACAAGACUGCGCUCUCUGUGGUCUACAUUCGCUGCAUCGGUGCCGGGACUCCUUUGGGAUUCCUCGUGAUGCCACUGAAAGGACACACUGAAGAUGUUUGGUUGAAAAAAAAGAAAAAAAACCUGCAAGCACACAAUGUUCAAAGAGACGCAUAAGACAGAAUUUCUAACAAACAGCAUAGAGACGAUCCAUUUCAGCGAGGCCGCCGCUCUGUGAAGUACAGUAUGUUGUGUGGAGGUGGGAAGGAGAUGUAGGAAAGACAAUCAGUAUCGCAAAUGAAGAUGGAGAGGUUGAGUACGACGUGAGAGCGUCAUGGCAACCAGGGAUGUUUCAAAGUAACCUGUACUUCUUUCAGUUUCAAUAAUGUCUCCCAUUAAUCAUGAAAAGAAGAUAACUGAUGAUAUUUUGUGGACAUCUGUAAAAACUGAAUAUCAUCAUCAGGAGACCGUCACUGGGCUAAUCGGUCAUCUGUGAUGUCCACUGGGAAAGUAUUGACAACAAAAAUUCAUCAUCUGAAGACCAUUGAUACCUUAACUCAAUUUUAAUGCUAUAUCUGUAGAGAAAUCACUGUUGAAUUACCCCCAAUUUUCACCGCAUCCAGAACGACUCCAACCCGAAACUGUGUCGAUUUUCGCCGUCCGUUAAUUCCUACUGGAUCCGUUGGUGAGGCGGAUUUCAUGGCGGAUUAUGGACAGUAGGAAGAACUCUCUCAUCCAUGGUGUCAUCGGGAUGAAAUGCUGUCUAUAAACCUUUCACUUGUUUGUCUUGUUGCAUGGUGUGAAAUACAAUCCACCUGAAACACGGAGUGUUUUAUUUUGAAAAGAGGCCGGAUGUUUUAUUUUGUGUCUGUGCCCGACUUCCUUUCCAGCACGGGUUAAUCUGUGCUGAAUUUAUCCAGCAUGCUCUGGCGUCAGAAGCGGAACAGAAGGAAGCCGGUGGAAAUUGACACAUUAACUUGAAUGGUGACGGUCAGCUACGAUCGGCAGAUACAGCCUUUUCGUAGCCGUUCCAGAUGCGGUGGAAAUUGGAGGUCAGUGUAGCUCUACUGAGCAUUUUUAGGUCUAAAAGAGGUCAAAUAGACGUCUAAAUGUAGCCUAAAUGACUGGUCUAAAAUCAGACUACCACAGGUCUAAAAAUUAACGUUUUUUUAGUCGUCUAAAUUUAGAUCAGGUUUAGACUAAAUCUAAAUCUGGGAUAUAUCUAUACUACACUGUAUAUUGCUCGACAGCUAUCAUAAUUAUUUUGGUGAAGUACUUGGAGAUCAGUUUUGCAAUAUUUAUCAAAAAAUUGGUUGAAGUGCAACGUCUAAAUUCUGUCUAAAAAUACGCAGAAUCUAGAUGGUUGAAAUUCGGUUUAAAAAAACUAAACCUCUUAUUGCUCAAUCUCAAAGUUAGGGAAGCCUGUGUGUUUGAAAAUCUUAAAGCUCCAGUAAAGAAUUUUAAUUCGUGUGGAUUUUAGCACCCCCUUGUGGGCAAAGCAGUACACUGACUCUUUUUUUUUUUUAAACUCAAGUUAUCGUCAUGAAUCUUUUCCAUGGAAAUGUUUAAAAAAAGACUCUUUCUUCAGCCUGCUGACACCUACCCUGUGGCUACAGAGUGAGGCAUUAAUCAUAACUUCGUGCUGACAGUCGGUCAUGUUGUAAUUAGUCUUGUUUGCGGUUGUGAGUCCUAAAAUUACCAAACCUUUCAAUCCCAACAGUCGCCUUGAAAAAGAAAUAAGUCAGAACUUGGAGAAAGAGACCGACUUUAGGGUGUUUGGAGAAAUGCAGGUGGCACUCUGUUACCACUUUGUUCAGGUCAUGUAACAAGCAUGUGGACAAAAGCAGAAAGAAAAGCUUUCAUCUAUACUCAGAGAUCUUAUUGUUGAACCAAAGUUGGAUCAGUUAUGGCUGAAAAAUCCUUCUUCAACACUCGGAUCAAGCGCCACAAAAAUACCUCAUAUUUUUCUGCAAAGUCUGAAUUACAAAAUAAAUCACAGCCGGUGCCUCCACCUGUGUUGUAACCUGUAUAUUAUUUGGUUUUAUUCGGUCUCCAGUGCGGCCAAUGUCCACUUCCCCUCUUUCUUUACUUAAGACCAACAGUUUCAAAAGGCUAAAGAUCGCUCAGGCAGGAGAAAAAUGGGUGUAAACAAAGAUAUUAAACGAACAUUUUUACUCUGCUGUGGGCUGAGUGUAAUGCUCUGUGUGUGUGGAAAAUUGUUUGCACUUUGGCCCAAGAGCAGCUGGACAGGAGUGUGUGUUUGUGUGUUUGUGUGUGUAUUGACCUGUGAGCAUGAAGGUUAAACAAACACUGAUAUAGAUGUUGGUGUGUGAGUGUUUGUGAAAAGCUGUGUGACUCAGUACAGUCAACACCAUCCUGAAUAGCAAAUAAUAGAUUAACAGUGGUUAUAAAAAGGGCUUUGUUGUCAUUGUUGGAUUAUAUAUGAAGUCUUUGAACUGUUGAAAUGGAGCCUGAAGCGAUCCCCUUAAAAACAGUCGAUACACCAAAUGAGAGACACUUUUAUCUGGUGAAAAAAGUUCCUUUAAUAGUCCUCAGACGAUGGCUGUGUAAGUGAGUUCAUCCACACAGACUUUAAGCAGAGUUAGACUUGUUAGAAGCCUUUAACAAAUGAAAAUUCACUAUUCCUCUUUAUUUGGUAGUUAAGAGUCGAUUAAUUAUGUUCAUCACCCCUUUAUGUCUCAUUAAAGCUCCUGUAGGGAACGCUCGAUCUGUGUGGGUCUUGGCGCCCCCUAUGGACAAAACAGUCAUUAAAAAUCCUCUCUCUCAUGAAUAUUUUAAUCCACUUCUACUAAAUCUGUAAAGCUACUCAGAGCUCAGAGGAGGGCCGAGAGGCGAUAUUUUUUGUUGUUGUUGGAUGGUUGGGGAAAGUCCCGCCCCGUUCGCCUCUGAUUGGCUAGAAAAGCUGGAAACGUCAUCACACGCUAAAACCAAAUGCGCGCUGUCGGCUCUGUACACCUAAUCCUAAUCCUAACCCUUACCGUAACCCAACAGAUGAUGACGUUUCACAGCCAUAAGGAAUAACCAAUCGAAGCCCAACACUUGUAGCCAAUCAGAGGCGAAGGGGGGCGGGACCAUCCUACAAAAAAAAAAAAUUGCAGCCGGGAGAAUGGGAGGGGACGAGUCGGAACUACUGGAGAGGGGUGUGUCGAAUACAGCGAGGUGAUUGGACGGAGAAGCAGAGCAGGAGAUUGACCAAUAGGAGCUGUUUAGGACGGAUGGCUCCCAUUGGUCAAUGUUUUUGCAGCCCUGCACCUGAUAGGGUGAACGGAUUUUUUCCAUUCUUAUUUCUUUUCACUUUUUGGAGAUUGCACUAUAGGACCAUGAUCGCCAUAGAAACGAGGCUCAUAAUAAUAACCAAUCUCUCCAAUUGUCAACCAUGCCUUUUAGGCUUUCAGACGUAAAAACAAAGAUGUAAACAGAUGGGUGUUAGAUUUGUCCUCCACACAGAACUUCUGUUUGCACAAAAAGGAGCUAAUGGAGAAAAAGAACAUUUAAUGUCUUUAAAAGCCUCAAACUAAUUAAUGACGUCAUUUUUCUUUCAAAAUUCAUGUUACGAAACAGAAUAGGAGGAAAUCCUCUCAUUAAAGAAGCUGGAAUAAGUGAAUUUUUGGCUUUUGCCUGAUAGCGCCUGACUUCAAUGCUGCAAACUGAAUUAUAUUCAAUCGGAAAAUUAAUUAAUGGAUGAAUUGUUUCAGUCUUUUAUGAAGGGCUUUGAUAAGUUCUGAGGAAUUUUUGCCUCAGUUCAGACUCUAAACUUAACUUCAGACAGUUCAACUCCAAUUCCUCAUUUGAUGUAUUACACAAACACCAGUCAUACUUUUAUAUUUCUCUUCUGGGCAGACCAUCUUUCUAAAGGAGGCUGAAAUAAAUCAGCGCUCACCUCCAGGAGGUGAACUCGUGUGUUAAUGGAAGGUCUCACCAUAACAACCGUGACCAGCGAGGCUUUAACAGCGUUCAAACUCUCAAUCUGCUGUGUGACAAUGUGUGAAAAUCACUGAGAGACUUUCCUCGCACAUCCCGCCAUGACUUUUGAUGAUGUAUUUGCGUCUGCCAUCAGACGGACGGGUUUCGAAUUAGAUGUGAUCAUGGUGCCAGACAGCCGACGCAACCUUCAUGCCUGUGUGUUUGUUUGUCUGUGUGAGGACGGGCCUGUGCAGCUGCAGCCUGUGUGUUUGUCAGGUGUGUUUUCAGGAUAUUUUUGUGCCUGACGGGAAGCAGAUGUUUGUGCGUCUGCGGGGGAAUCUUCAAAUUAUGCAUGCGUGGAGACGACAGUUAGAUUACAGUCUCAGAUCAGAAUGAAUUAAUGCAUAAUGAAUGCAAACCCGUCGCAGAACUCCUAAUUACAGACAGCGGGUAGUCAGGACUGUGCAUCCUCUGUGAAUCACUGCCUCUCUAUCAGGAAUUCCUACAAAGAGCUCCUGCUUUGUUAGGGCGCCCAGUAUCGCUCUUUUCGCUCAAACUAUCCUGGGUUUGCAGAGGAUUCGAGUCUGUUUCAUCUCCUGUGUGCGCAGGGCUCAUUAGCACUCCCUCCAGAGAAAAUUUAGCUUCAUGGAGUGUGUGUUUGUCCUGAGUCUGGGGAACAUUUAACAUUCAGACAGCGCAAUUUGGAGGAGACCAUCACUCCUCACUUUUUGUUAUUUGCAGAGACAGGUUCCUUGUUAGCGCUGCCUGUUGGAGUGAAAGUGUCUGAGUGACAGAAUAGAAAAGUAUUUCUGUCUAGACAUGAUAAAGAGGAUUAUAAGGAGAGCCUGUCAUCUCUACUUUUCUCUGUGCGACAGAAAAUAAUAAAGAUGAUUGUUGUCUCUAUUGUUCGGCGUUGUCAGAAAGACUUGCAAAGUGUUAAUUAGGGAAUCCCACACAAGAGGCAGAGCUGUUGUAGAGGAUCUCGGCGCAGCUGUAGUUCAGUCAGGGAGGCCAAAGACAAGAUCAUCAACAAAUGUGUUCAAAUGUGAGAGUGAUUUUGAUUCUCAACAACCUUUCUGAAAGUGACAGGGUGACAACAGACUGCUGUUUGAUGUCUCCUUUAAGAAUUCACUUGACCCACAAACGUAUCAUAUCAAGAUUUAUAUUCCCAACAAACUCCUUAAUUUUGGAUAUGUGCUGACUACAAGUAUGAGGUGCAACAUUACAUACAAGACAAAAGGACCCAAUAUGAUACAAUUGAGUAUAAUGCAAUACAAAAUAUUGGAUUUGAUAUAUAUUAUGAUACUCUACUGUAUGAUAUGAUAUAAUAUGAUAUGAUAUAUGAUACUGUAUGAUAUGAUAUAUGAUAUGAUACUUUAUAUGAUAUGAUAUAAUAUGAUAUGAUAUGAUACUGUAUGAUAUAUGAUAUAAUAUGAUAUGAAAGGAUACUUUAUGAUAUAUGAUACUGUAUGAUAUGAUAUGAUAUGAUAUGAUAUGAUGCGAUAUGAUACGAUAAGAUAUGAUAUGACUGAAUUUGAUACAAUUCAAUUUGUUACGAUAUAAAACCAUAUGAUACAAAAUGAGAUGAAACCAUACGAUAUGAUAAAUGCGAUUUGAUUCCAUGAGAUACAAUAUGAUACAAUGCGUCACAAAAUAAUAUGACACGGUUUGACAGGACACCAUAUGCUAUAGUAUGAUAUGAAACCAUUCCAUAUUAUACGACAUAAUACAAUUUGACAUGAUAUAUCAUACCAUUCAAUCUGAUAUGAAACAAUACUUUUCGAUUCAGUUUGAUUAUAUGUAAUACGAUAUGUCAUGACAUGAUAUAUGAUACAGAAUAUAAUUCAUUACGAUGAGACAAAUAUGACACGAUGUGUCACAAUAUAAAAUGAUUUACAAUACGACACGAUACGAGAUACUAUAUGAUACGAGUCAUUUUUGUUCAAUAUGAUGAUGAUAUGACACAAUUUGAUAUGAUAUGAUACAGUGCAGAUUGUUUUGAUAUGAUGUGUGAUCAGGUUGUCAUUACUCAGCCUAACUACAGUCAGAUAUCGUGACAUUAAGUGAUAUUAUGAUGAACACAUUGUCAAAACAUCUGAUCAAUUAUCAGCUGAAACUGUGUGUUUAUAAUGAACUGUGGUUAUCAAACACUUUGAAAGUGACUCUCUAUUAACGAAUGAGUUUAAUCCCAUUAAUUCCAGAGCAGUUCAUAAAGGUGUUUUAUUUUCUACCCGCUCUCUUCACGCACGUCCUCUUGUCUUUUAGGGCACGAGUGAUUUCUGUGAGUGCCCGGACAAGUUCAUCUUGAGCCAAACAAAGACUUUCAUCGGUGCUGGUGAGCUACACUGUGAACGAUUUGAUUAAUAUUGCAUUUAUGGAGCAGUAGAUUUGAGCGCAGGUCAGUUUUAUUCUCUGUUUUUGUAUUUUCCACAGAUAUUGUUCAUUACUACAUGUACUGCAACCAGACUCUAGCCAACCCAUUCCAGCAGGUAAGAAACAGUCAGAGCGUCUGCUGAAUAUUGACGAAGAUGAUCUUUUCAGCUCUGAUAUGUUAUCAGAAUUUUAUAACUCGUUUAAAAAAUCUGGAUUUAAAAUUUUCUUUUAUUCUUUUUAAUUAAACCUCUUGACCAAGAGUUUCUGCUGACCUACCAUCUUUUUUUUCAUCUGUGAAAAAGUUUGGCUAAAGAGUGAAAUUCAAACAGGAAAGUGAGAAAAAAAAACACAGAGGGAAAUGAACAAAGAAAAUAUAAGAGAGAAAGAUGGAAAAAGAAGAAAAUAAGAGUGAGGAAGAAAGGAUGAAAGAAAAAAGAGGGAAGGAUAGAAGGAAAAUUAAAGCAAAUAUAGUGAAAGAAAGACUAACGGAAAAGGAAAAAAGCAAAAUAAGAUUCAGAUAAAAGAAAGAAGCACAGAAAGAAAUACUACAAGUAAAAAAAGUAAGAGGAACAUAAAAAGGAAAGAAAGAAAGAAAAGAUGGAAAAAAAGUAAUGAAAGAAAACAGACAAAGAGAGAGAAAAGGACAGAAAAGAAAAAGUAAUGAAAAAACAAACAGAGAUAAGAAAAAAAAGACGGAAGGAUGCAAAAUGAAAGAGAAAAAAGAAAGAGAAAAAAGAAAGAUAAAAAGGAAAAAGAAACAGAAAAAAGAGAGAAAACAAAAGACCGAAAAAGAAAGCUAAAAAGAAAAAAGAAAGAGAGAGAAAGAAACAAAAUUAAAGGAAGAGGAAAAAGAAAAAAGGAAAUGAAAAAGAAAAAAGAAUAAAGAAAGAACAGAAAGAAAAAGGAAAAGUAAUAAGGAAACAAACAGAGAUGAAGAACAAAACAAAAAGAAACAAAGACAGAUAGAAGGAUGCAAAAUGAAAGAUAAAAAGGAAAGAUAAAAAGGAAAAAAUAAAAACUAAGAAAUUGAAUCACACAUGUCUAUUAUAGUUUUGUUUGCUGUAUAAAUUUCAGUCCAUCAGAAAAACUCCUCACUGGAGCUUUAAGUCACGAGUCCAUUAGAUCCUCAGUUUUGGUUCUUAGUGUGAGUCCUGAACCAGAGAACUAAAACCCUGUAUAAUGGAGCAUCUCUUAGACCUUUCUGGAGGUGAAGUGGAUCCUACAGGAUGAAUAUAAACAUAAAGCUAAUAUGCAUAAACGCAUUCACUGAUUAAAAAGUUGAACAGGGUUGAGCUCCUGUUUUAAGGUUACAUAAAACCGCGCUCAAACAGCAUUUCAAUGACUAUAUUUAAAUCUAAAGCAGUCCUUUUCUACAUAAUGAAAUACAGUCAUUAAAACGCUCUUGAAAAAAAAUGGAGUUGAGUCACCCCGGACGUUUUAAAACCUCCACUUCCCGACGAUGAUUUGCUAAUUUUUGACCCCAACGUUCAGACGUCUUUUGACCCGUGAUUUUCUGAAUCGCCGCUCCAUGGAGGGUUCAUUUCGCUGCCCUUAAGCCUCAUCUUCAUCACACUCUUCCUCUCUGUUCGGCCCUGUCUGUCUGAGUCAUGUCCUGAUUUCACCUCACGAGUCUGGCAGCAUGUUACAACCCUAUCUCUGAGCCUGUCACUACCACUUUGCCCUCUCUCUUGUUAAAGUCCUUCAGCAAACAAGCCGAAAGUUACUAAAAGAAACGUCGCAAAAUCGCAGAAGAGUUGGCGCGGUUUAGAAAAUCUCCCUGAGUUUACUCGUCAGAAAAAACAGAGCAGGAAUUGUGGGUCACAUCGCUGACUUGGCUGCUUACAUCAGUCAGCAGUAAAGUCAAUUUCUGCAAGCUGUGGCUCAGCAGAGCUCAGAUCUUAUUAUCCGGCUCUGGUAGACAUACCCUGAGGAUAACAAGAGCAGAGCAGCAGAGGUCUGACAGCCGUCACCCCGCCUGGUAAACAAAGUCAGCUCUCUUUUCUCUGCCACACAGACGCCCAACAGGUGCAAAGUUCACAAGCAAGCUGGCAGAAGCAAGAAUUCACUCCGAUUUGCAAACAUAUAAGCUCUCCUCUCUCUUCCUUUUCCUCCAAAGUCUUUCUCUAAAAUCUUCUUCGUGUAUUUUCAGCCUUAAACAUAGCCGUGCCCGGUACUUCUUCUACCCUUGGUGAACUUGUACUUCAUCGCUCUGGGCGCCACUCUUCCGUCACCCCUGCUCCUUUUUCUCUGGCUCUUCUUCAUUUCCUUUCAUCAUCAUCUCUUUUUCCACUUUCUCUGCCCUAUAUUUUUAUUUUUAUACUUUAUUUGGCUCUGGAAAAGCUGAUUUAAAAAAAAAAAUAAAAAACCCAACCUGAUCAGGCUGUUUGGAUUGUGCAGCGGCGAGCAGUUUGACCACGAACGGUCAUGCAGAUCCAGAAAGAAACGUCAGAUCAAAGGAAGGCAAUUACAUUUGUGGAUGGUCGAGGUAAUUGACCAUAUCCUGUUUCAAUUUAAGAUCCCGCCGCGAGCUGGGCAGGUUCCAAACGAUCUGAGUGAGGUUAGGCGACUGUGAAGAUACAAUUUAACUCUGAGAUCCAGCAGAUUGAUUCAUUCAUGGUUGCGCCUGAGUGUUAAUUCAAAAACAGUCAUGGUGCAGAAGGUGCUGUCUUUAGAUAUGUGAUUAUCAAUGUGCUGAAAAUGGAGGCUUACUUUGCCCCCUGUUGGCAAGAACGUGAACCUACAGGGACACAAACUUUUAACUUCUUAUCAAGCAUUAAAAGAGUGAUUUAACAGCAGUUCAGUGCUUUAAAUUCAGACUUUAAAUCUGCUUUUUUAUCGGAUUUCUUACACAGUAACUGUCAUAUCUUUACAUACACAUUUGAGCAAAAAGUGUCAACAUUUCAAAGAAUUAUGAAAGUGCUGCUUGUAACACAUCUGCAGGAGUAGCUGUGCUUUUCCAUUGUCAAUGUCUUGACCUUUGCUGUAUAUGUUUUGCUGUAUUUUUUUUCAUUAUAUUAUUAAACUAAUUUGUUUAUUAUUAUUAAUUUUUUUAUUAUUAUUUUAUUAUUAUUAUUUUAUCCUUUUAUUUAUUAACAUUAAUAUUUUAUUUUAUUUAUAUAUUAUUAUUAUUAUUAUUAUUAUUAUUAUUUUAUCCUUUUAUUUAUUUACAUUUAUAUUUUAUUUUAUUUAUUAUUAUUAUUAUUAUCAUUAUUAUUAUUUUUUAUUUUAUUUUAUCCUUUUAUUUAUUUACAUAUAUAUUUAUCUUUAAUUGUUAUUAUUAUUAUCGUUAUCGUUAUAAUUAUAAUUAUUUUAUUUUAUCCUUUUAUUUUAUCUUUUAUUUAUUUAUUUACAUUAAUAUUUUCUUUUAUUUAUUUGGGUGAAAUUUUUGUUCUGUCGUUAUUAAAGUUGUAUACUGUUUAUGAAAAAAUGUUAUUAAAUUAAUUGUUUUUUAUAAAAAAUGCAUCAAAGCUCAAUAACUGCAUAGAAAGUUAGCUUAGCAAGUGAAACUAGUUCACCAACCAUCUCGUACCUUUCUCUAUAAAACUAAGACAAAUCUGCUGUUCUCGUGUACCAAACAGUUUUUGUUUAAUUAGCUGCAAUAACUAAUUAUAACAGAGAUAAACAAACUGAGGCAUAUAGUAAUCCUGCUAAAAGCUUAUGAGUCUAGCUUAACUGUCUGCUACAUCGUCUGGACGACAGCUGCUAUUUUAAUCUUGUUUUCUUGUUUUUGUUUAGGGGUAGAUAUUCGUGUGCAUGUAAGGUUUUGUAGAUCAGUUUGACACCCUAGUUAAGCAGCUUUAAGAGCACAAAGCUGUCUUGUGAUCUGUUUUUGAUGUCUGUUUUAUUCACUGAGGGAAAAUAUUAAUUAUGAUUUAGUUUCCUUCUGGUUUAAAGAUAACUCUGGCCUCCCACUCAGCCUUUUAUCUUUUUUAUUCAAUAACAGAAAAAUUAGAUCCAUUAUGUAUCAUAUGAUCCUGCACUCGUGUUUAAGCCUGUGAAAAACAUCUUUUCUUAGUUGUUUUGGCUUUCCCUGAAUACCUUUCUCUCAUAAUGUCCUGAAAAUCAAAGCUUUCUCCAUCUGCAUGCUGUUGUUUACGAGCAUUUUCUCGUUCGCAGCCUCUAACCAUCUUCCAGAGAUCCCUGACCACCAUGCAGAUCCAGAUCCAGGGUCUGCUGCAGUUCGCCGUGCCUCUGUUUCCUACAGCUGAGGUAUCACAAGCGCACAAGCUUUGCUGCAGUGUAAUAGCGAUCACAUUUUCACGAACAGUAAGAUCUGUGCUAACUUCUCCACAGAGAGACCUGCUGGGUAUCCAGCAUUUGCUCAACUCCUCGGAGGCCAGUCUGCACCAGCUGACCGCCCUGCUGGACUGCAGGGGGCUCAACAAGGUUGGUUUAGUGCUUCUCUAAUUGGCACCACUGCAGCACAACCGGGUCAGUAGGGGAGUGAGCGGUCAUGCAAAAAAAACAGCAGGAAACUGAAAGUGGAGUUUUGAAGAGAGAGACGAGCAAACACAAAAUGAGGGAAUCUGAAAUUUAACCAGGUUCAAAUUUGAAGCUGUUUUCCUCCGGUUGUGUUUGCUGCACAGUUUAACUUGUGCUGCUUGGCUCGUGACUGCUGUGCUGUUUAUAUGAAUAAUGUGCAACUUCCCGCUGGAUGUGCAUGACAUGAAUGAAAUAUAUGUCUUCCUGGAGAUGCCACGCUCCACUGCUCCGAGUGCUUUUUCAUCUUGACUUCAUUUUCUCUUCUGUGAAUUCAAAUGUGACAGCAAGAAUCCUCCUACAAGCGGUUUUCCUCCUCUUUAUGUGUUUGACCUGUUUUAGGACUACCUUGAUGCGAUGGUGGGGGUGUGCUAUGACGGGGUAGAAGGUCUGCUCUACCUCUGCCUCUUCUCCACCCUGGCAGCCUGUGCCUUCACUGUCAUGCUGUGUGCCAUUCCCCGGGCGUGGAGACAAAUGGCCUGCAGGUGAGUUUGUUCUCUGCACGCCUGCCCCGGCGUCCUCGUUUUCUCCUGCAGGCAUCUUUCUGCAGCUUUAUGUCCUCUACGAGCCAACAGACGAUAAUUUAACAUCCCAUAACGUUUUGCCCAGAUGUUUUGCUUCGAAUACAACACCAAUGGUGCAAGUGCAGGGCUGCAGAAUACCCUCAUUCUUAGCAAAUAAACUGAACUGCAAACCCACAUAAGGCAGGUUUUCUGUCUAUUUUCGCCAACUUAAAUACAAAAUAAUUCAUGUAUUAUGAAAGCUCUAUGCAGACAUGCAGCUAUACAUUAUAUUUUGCUCUAUAUUUCAGUUGUCUUUAUUCAUCUCAGGGUAUUUACCUAUUUUCAAGCUAUUUUCGCAGCUGAACAGAUUCCUUGAUCUCAUCAUCUUUAAGCUCCUGUAAGUAGUUUUUUUUAAAUUAACUAAAUAGACUUAAAUUCCUCUCCAUGAUAUCUGAAAGUAAACAAGACCAUAAAAAGACAACAUUGAUGAUGUUUUUAUUGUUAUUUUUAAUGCCUAAAACUAUUGUGAGGGGGUAGAUGUCAGCCGAGCAGCAGGAGAAAUGGUCCUGCUUUUAUGAUUUCCACAUUAGAUAUUCACAAUAAAUGAUAUUUUUGACCAAAAAGAGACAGCCAAGUUAAGCAAAAACUAUUUUGUCCACCAAAGUUGACAUAAUCAGAAAGUUUUUCACAGGAGCUUUAAGAUAAUUGAGUUCUGCCUCUUAUUUUUGACUCAUUAUUUCCAGAAAACAAUCAGAAACAACACUCAAACAUGGGAAAAUAGAGUAAAAAUAGUGGUAGUAGUAACCAUAAAUUUUGAAUAUAAAAUACUGAUAUUUUUAAAAAUAGGCAUAUAGUUAUACGUGUAAGCGAUAAGUUUAUAGUGAGGAGUGGUAGUGGUUGCAGAAAAAAGACGGGAAAUGUUAGCAGUAAGGAUGAGGGAGCACAUUCAGCUGAGGGUCUUUGGGUUUGUGUUGCAUAUGUUCCCCAUGAUGUGGUUAAAUAUUAUUUUUUGCUCUUCUUUUAACCUAGAACAGACAGCAACGAUUGAUUAAAUGCAGAGUUUAGAGGCCUGCUUUAGACAGGCUAUCCAUCUCCAUGAGAUAUCUCUCACCUUCAUGUCUUUGUGACUUACAUUCAUUUUGUGGUAAUAAAGACGUAAGCAGGAGCUGCAGUGAAACAUCCUCUUAAAAUAUCCCAAAACUCCAAGUAUAAACUACUGAGAAGCUUCACCAGCUAUUUUUAUGUCUUUGAAUAUUAUAUGUUUGGAUUUCUGUCACCAGAACUUGUAAAUGUUCUGAAGCCGAGUGUCAAAACUUGGAUUUCUUUGCCCUGAGAAACAUCACUGACGGAGGAACCCUGCUCACAGCUGUAAUGUUACAUAACGGCAUCACACACAGUAUGUGGAAAAAAAAAAGUGGUGAAAUGUCAGUUAUGAUCGCUUACAUGUAUAUAGAAAGUUUAAAGACUCUUCAGUCGAGUUUAUCAGACAGAGCUGCAGAAAAAAAUGUCUUCCUGUAAGGGAUGGGGUCACCCAAAACCUCCUCCGUGCAACUUGAAAUGACUGGGAGCUAUGUUGCAUAAUGCAGCAAGCUACAGCACUCGAAGUGCACUUUGAGUUCAAAGUUCAGGCUAAUGCAAUGCGAGUGUGUGCAAAUCUUUCAUUGUGCAACAUUAUUGUUAAUAAUCCAUCUUUCCUCAGUUUUGAGAGUCUUAAACUCAAAACGUUUGGAGGUUCUGCAGUGAAGUUAUGUGGCUUACACUGCAGAUUAUAACAUGAGCCAAGCUUUGCUUUGCAUCUAUUUUUUUAGUUCUGCUAUAUUUGCACAACUCAAAGUAUGCCCAAACAGAUAUGUAUAGUUCUUGUCGGCAGUAUAGCUUCAUACAGACAGAAAAUUAAAGAUAACUUUGAUGCUGAAAGAGAAAUUAAACAUUCAAAGGCAAAUUCGGCGUCUCUUUUCCUAAUGUGGAUAUUUUUAAAUGUGUGUGUGGACAUCAAAGAUGAAGAUUAACUUUAAAAAUAUAAUCCACACUGACUCUAAAAAUGCACAUCUUCCAAAUGCUAUAUUUGCCCCCCUUGGGAUGUUACCCCCCACAGUUUAAACACCUCCAGCCUAAGCUAAUAUCUGCGUCCUCCUUCUUCUCUUAUGUUGCUCCAGGGAAAGAGAUUAUGACGACAUCGACGAGGAGGACCCAUUCAACCCCCGGGCGAGGAGGAUAGGCUCCCAGAACCCCAACCUCACUAACAUGCACAGCUUCUGCAGCUACAGCAGCAGCAUGGGCAGCCAGAGCAGCCUGCACCGGCCCACCCCAGCUCUCACCAACGCCCCCAUGUCUGAGUACAUGUGAGCGCACAGAGAUCUCAGGUCUAUAUUUAAUGUGCUGCUGAUUUCUUGGAAUUUGAGUCCCUUCUUUCCCUCUGUCUCCCUCAGGAACCACACAGCGCUGUUCGGGGGAAAUCCACGGUACGAGAACGUGCCUCUGAUAGGACGAGGCUCUCCGCCACCCUCGGUGCGUUGGGUCCCAGAGGCCAAGUCCUUCCUAUGAUGUCACUUCCUUCUGAGCUAGCAGACAGAUUAAGCUUCAAAGUACAGGAAAUUACUUCAUGUCUACAGUUAUAAUAUUCACUCAGUGGCUGUUUUCCUCUGGUGGUAAUCUCAGGAUGUGAAGCUAAGAUGCUGUUAUGCUUUACUGCUGUUUAUAUCAGAAUUAUACAUAGUUAGUGGUCGAAGUUAAAGGGAUAAUCUGGCAUAAAAUUAAGUUAAAUCACUGCUGUGGGAUGACACAGCUCAAGGAAGAACAUUUAUGAUCAUUUCUUAAUCAUUUCCUUGAAGUAAUAAUCACCAUAUUAAUCGUUUUGCUCUGCAGACACGGUAGUUCUUCUACCUUAGCGUCUCGGUCUGAUUGCAUUUCCAUGAAGAAAUGAUCAUAAAUGUUCUUCCUUGAGCUGUGGCACCCCGCUGCAGCCAAUGGACUCACCCAGAGGUCUCCGUACAAACAAAUGGCUGCUGGAAGAGAGUAGGUGAGUUGUGUGAAACAAGAAAUCAGGCUAAGCUAAAAAGGUGUUUGGUGGCUAGUACUAUGGCUGGGACCCUCCUAUAUUCUAACUUUCAUAUUUACACUGUGCGAGGUGAACCGGCUCUGCUGCCGUUGCCUGGAUUGCAGGACAAGAUCUUAUAUUUAAGGCUGUGAAGAUAUCACAUUCACACCUUGGAAUUAUCUAAUUCUGAAAUAACCACACUGUUCAGCCCAUAAUUUAGCAUUUUUGCCUCUGCAUCAACACGCAGAAGUAAACUGAUAAACAGAUUUUUGUAGUCGGUCAGAGUUAAAAGCCGUCAUUCAGCCAAUCAGAAUCAAGUAUUUCUUAAAAGAAGGUUGAAUAGUACAAAAGUCGGGUAAUACUAGUGUCAAACUACCUCCUCGUUAAUGGUGCUGCUGAUUUUGGUGUGGCUGCAUGCUUAAGUUGGCUAAUAUCUGACUGUAGCUUGUAGUUGUUUUUACCUUAAUUUUCUCUUUUUUCUUUUUUGAGAAUGAAAUUUUCAGUGAAAUCAAAAUGCACCCCCUUGAUAAAUCAGUAUAACAGCAUAUAGGCCUCAUGUUUUGGCCCAUAAUAGGAGGAAAACGGCUGCUGAGUGAAUAAUGUCAAUAAGAUUUAAACUUAAACUUGGUGAGUGCGAUCACUUAUUGCUCCUCACAUUUACGAAGACCAACUCUCUGGUCAACUUUGGGUCAUUUGAACGACUUUUGAACGAGGUACUCUUUCGCUGUGCGCUGUGCCUUCAUCUGUUCCCCACAACUUACCAGAGGCUGACUUACCGUACCAAAGCAAAGGGAGGAGAAAUAACGUCGUUAAUAUUUAAUCAUGAGCUGAACAUCAUUUAGCUUCUCUCAGGCCAGGUUCCCAGGAGGAAGUGACACGGGUCUUCACCUAUAAGCACUCCCCUUGACACUAAAGGUUUUCUUAUGCAAUGAAUAAUUUCAUCACCAGCUGGGACUCUCUGGUCUCCCGUGACUUUACAUCAUGAAGCUAAAAAUAGAACGAAUUUAGAUUAAUAUUUCAUAGGGCACAGCUUCCUGAUAACCCACCACAUGAGUGUGUGAUGAAAUGUAGCAAUAAAUGCUUAAUGCAGGAACCUCAUCGAGUACAGACCGGCGUUUCAUAACUUUGUUUAAAAGGGUCACUUAGAGAAACAUCCACAUUUCCACUGGCAGGACCAGGAACUUUCUCACGUUAGGUGCUUUUCAACAGCAGGAACUUUCUUGAGGAGCUAGGAACUCUGUUCAUUUCCAUUGCAGAAACCAGGGUCUAGAUUUAGGUCAGGGGGUAACUCAACUACCCUUUGAAAAGUCCUGCAGGAACCUUUGGGGCAAGGUGCGGGUACAGACUCUGAUUCCUGCAGUGGAAACAUACUGAUCUGCUCUAAAGGUUCUCUGUCCCUUGAGAAAUGUCCUGCAGUGGAAACCUUUCUAAUGUUGUGAUCAUGAGCAUGUGAAAGUCAUAUAACUACAAAUACAUAUGUUUAAGUAUUUGAUGAUUUAAUAUUGUUGUACAGAGAGGUUUAAAAUCCAUACAUCUGUAACUGAGACUUAUAUAUUUUGUACUUAUCCUUUAAGUGUUUUAUUAUGUUUGCUUUUCUGUCAUUAUUCUCAUCUCUGUAGAGUUUAAACUUCUGUUUUAUUGUGAUUCAGUCUGCCUUAUGACGGGUUUCCUAAUUAAAAGCAGCCAGCGUUGUUUAAUUAAAUCUCCCACAUGACUUCAACUGUGCAGCAACAUGCAGUAGUCUGCGGCUAACAGCUUCUUUUAUGUACUUUUUGUUUGUUCGUUUGUCAUGUUUGUUUGUUUGUAUCUUUCAUUUUCUAUUCUUCCGCUUUUCUUUAAUCAACUUUUGGAGAUAUACUCUCAGCAGUAUAGAAACCGAGUAAGUCUUUUCUACUCUUUUCCACAGGACUAACUCAUUUUUCCUCUGUCGCACCUCCAUCUUUUCUCUUCUCCUUCAGAUCACUUCACUUUGUUUGGCCCUUGUGUAGUUUUUUCCUUUUGUUGCAUGGCUUUUUGAGACACAAACGGCUGUCCUCAUUCCAGAGUCUGUUUGAGUCAGUGAGGGUUUGUCUGCCCCUGGUGGUCACAGGGUGCUACUGUAGUUAUUUCCCCUUUUCCACUGAAAGCCUCCCUGUGCAUGCAGUUCAGCUGUAGUCACUCAGUAUAUUAACCUGUACUCCCUCAAGGUUUUUGAACUUAUUCACUCUGACUAUUACCAGAUUUACACCAGUGUUACGCUAAUUAUUGAUGCUAUAAUUGGUAAAAAUAUGAUUGGUGAUGAAUGUUUAAAAAAUCUGAAGAUUACAGAUGUGUGACUUAAAGGAACAGUCCACAGAAAUCUUACCUCCGAAGGCGGAACUGUAGCAGCUUGGACUCAAAGGAAAUCUAAAAGCAAUCCUGAGUAGUAUGCAAAAGUUUUUAAGAACUCCUAAAACCUCUCCAUUAGUAUGCACUUUGUAAAAAUGAUCUCAUAACAGCACAGACAGAGCUGAAAGUUGACCUACAUUUGCAAGUUGCAGUCAAAGCAAGGGGAAUAGUACAUGAAGCCAAAAAAGACUGUCAAGGAAUAAGUAGAAAGGCAAAAAUAAUCUCAGAAGCUGGCAAGAUAGAAAGUUAGACAGCUCUGUUGGGAGGGUUUGUCAUAUUAAAGGAUAUAUAGGAAGGAGCAAAAGCAGAAUUUAAACGCACUUUAAAACUCUUCGAUCAGCAGUUGUCGAAGUUUUAGAUUCACAGGGGUCGCUAAUUCGUUAGCUAGGAGCCGUGACUUUCUGCACCUCUGGAAAAUAAGUAGCCAAAUGAUUUUAGUAAUGUACUUUAAUCAAAUUAGAUUUGAUAAAAAUCAGCUUGAGCGGUUGUAAAUUACCAAAGUCUUUCCAUUUUAUUCAACUUUACACCUCCAUUCCAUUACGCUAAGUAGCUGUUAUCCUAAAUCCAGUUUUUAUGCUAGGCUAAGCUGAAAUGUCCCCCGAGUCCACUUUUAAUUCAAUUACUCCGUGUUUUAUGCAGUGCCAAGUUUUUUACCUCAAUCUAAUGAUGGCUCAUGGAAAGUUUAUUUCAAAAAACACAUUGGGGAGUUUCCUGGUAAAACAUCAAAUACUGCGAGAAUGAGACAAGCUAGGAGAUGAGUCAGCAUUUUCAUGUCUCUGGUUUCCUCGAGGUCAGUCGAGUGUUAUUUUGAAUUUUUCUGGGUUAAUUUAAUCUAUGAGGUUUUUUUCAAGUGCUUUAACAUUUUUAACAUCCUAAUUGUAAAAAGAAAAAUUAAGCUUUUUGGUGCCUUUAGGCUAAUGCUAGCAAGUGGCUAAAUGAUAUUACAGAGGUUGAGGAGAUAAACACCAAUAUAUUGAAUAUGUACGGUCCAUGUAUUAUCCGUCCAUUCAGUUAUUCCAUUCAAUCAAGUAAACGAAAAAUGAAAAAAAUGAGUCAAUAUUUUGUUUAUUUGUUUUUUUCUGUAUAACCAAAAAAUAAAAAAAUUGUUUUCAUUUCCAUCUCUAUUAUAUAUUCUGUUUUGAACUGAAAAUACAAAAACAAAACAAACAUAAUAUUGACUCGUUUUUUCGUUUUUCAUUUACUAGAUUGAACAGAAUAACUGAAUGGACGAAUAAUACAUGGACCAUGUACAAACUGAAAGCUUAGUGUUUGUCCCUUUAAAGUAAGGAAACUGUGGUCUUCAGUAGUAGUUUAUAAUGUAGUAAUAGUAUCGUAAUAAAGUAGUAAUAGUCAAUUAAGUGGCCUUGUUUAAACCCCAGUAUUUACCGUUGUCGGCUACUAAAACAUCAGGAGAGUGGUGUUUGUUUUAACAGCUUCUUAACUGAUCCUUGCUCUAACGCUAUCAAUGUUUUUCUCAAGGUAACCAGGGUAAUUCUAGCUUCUCGGUUCCUUUACAAAAAGCAUAAUCCUUGAAGAAUUGUUACAGCCAGAUCUGCCACUGAAAAGGAUUGCAACUUCCAUGAAUCAAAGCUGGAUACAGCCGCUAUUCAUUACUAAAGCUUUAAUCUCCACAGAAACACGUUGUAAUCUUACAUGUGAUAAAAUUUUGAUACCAUAAUGACAGAUUUUUGCGGACUGUUCCUUUAAAUUCCCCCAAGAUGAUGUUUUGUUUUUGUUUUUUAACCUCACCUGCUACUCUCAGAAUUAGCCUAUAAUGUCCUUUCUGUCUGUGUCUGUGUGUUUGCCUUUCCUCCACAGUACUCCCCCAGUAUGAGGGCCACCUAUCUGUCCAUGACCGAGGAACAGAGAAGACACUUUGGGAACGACUUCCAAGCAUAGACUUCUUUUCGCUGAUUGAGGCUGGAAACAGCGUCACAAACACACAUUCACCUUCAGCAGACAGAGUGGAUCGUGUGUAACAUGUUGUUGGUCCUGGAUGGUGUUGUGCCAGGACAGAGGAACCACAUCUGUGCGCUCGUAAAUGUUUAAUCACAAUUUUUCACAUUUGGAGCAAGUCGCUUAAUAUUUCUGACAUGCUGUCAAGUUUAACCCGCUCUCAGUGUGUUGUGUUACAUUGCUUGACGGGCUGUGUCAUCAAUUGGUGAAGCAUUAUGGGAAAAUAGGUAAGAAAGCAAAGGUUUUAACUUUAGUUUAGAUUUUGAAAUAAAUCAGAUGAUUAAUUACUUUUAGGAAAGAGGUAAAGAAAGCAGUUAUGAUGAUUUAUUUCUCAAUAACUCCAACACAAGCUUUCAUCAAUGGAGUCAAGAAUAAAGAUAAUUUAAAUGGGCUGUCUCUCCUGCUAUAGCACAUUUUUCAAAAACUCAAAUCAGGCCUCCAAAGAGAAAAAUGUGAGCAUGACAGCUGGUGUAAACACGGCAUAUUAUUUUCUACGUUUUGUGCUCCAGGCUUUUUAUUUAUGAGGCACAGAGCCAGCAGUGGCAGCACACAGCGGGUGGAAGAGGCUUUGUUGAGGUAUAAUUUAUUUACAUUCACACACAGGCAUGCUCGGAGUGAAGCUUUGUGUUUCUGGAGAUGGCACUACCUUGAGACCACAGCUUCUGUAUAUAAGAUGUACAAUAACAGACUGUUGUUGCAUUCUGAUGUGGUUCAUUUUGAUUUGGUGCCAUUUUUAUACUUUUUAUUUCUAGUCCUGAGUGGCAAUGUCACAUAGGGUCACUGUUUCAAACAUUGUAUUUCCUAAAGGGCAAAUAAUUCAUGUUUUUUUUUUCACAUCUAACCCUGCUAAUAAAAAAGAGGUAGUUUCUGUCAUAACUCGGGAAGCUGUGCUCCUCUUAACAAUGAUUAAUUAGAAUAUUCUGGUAAUAUUUCUAUCACUUCAAACCAUUAAAACAUGUUCCUAUCGACUAACCAUAAUUUUCGGUAGAGUAUUAAAAACAUAAAGUUUUGUUAAUUAUUUUUUUAAGUGUCAUUAUUUCAGCAUGUUACAUUGUACAGGCACUAUUGGUGGUGCUUAAUUUUGUGUGCGACCUGAAACUUUGAGGUCUAACUGUGAGUUGAAUAAAUCAGUUUUGAGUACAAA